GUGACCCCUCCUGACACCCAAUCCUCCAAUGAGGCCUUGCCACAGCCAAUGACAUGCUCCGGCCGUGUGACAUCAUUGCCGUAUAAAGACCUCCUCCCGAGCGCCCGGCCCCUCUGAGCAGGCUCAGCGGUCCCGGCCCGGACGCCUCGGCUGGAGGGAGCGCUGUGAGGAGGAAAAACAAAACUACACGGCUAAGAGAGCCUGUAGUUUUGUUUUUUUGUUUUUCGAGGCUUGAGGCUCGCUUCUUCUCGCUUUGGACUGUUUGUACUAAACCCGGAUUUAGGACUUCUCGGACACCCCCUGCCUCCCCCCCCAUCCCCUCCCUCGGCAUCCUUGACUGACAGGGAGCCGAGCAACAUGUCGACACAGGCGCCGACUUUCACACAGCCGCUGCAGAGCGUCGUGGCACUGGAGGGUAGUGCCGCCACGUUCGAGGCGCAAGUGAGCGGUUCUCCAGUUCCUGAGGUGAGCUGGUUUCGUGAUGGCCAGGUUCUUUCCGCUGCUGCUUUGCCCGGCGUUCAGAUCUCGUUCAGUGAUGGCCGCGCUGUUCUGAGGAUCUCCGCCGUGACCGCCGCACACAGUGGAAGAUUUUCUGUCAGAGCAACCAAUGGAGCUGGACAAGCAACCAGUACUGCCGAACUCCUCGUGACAGCGGAGACGGCGCCUCCUAACUUCCUUCAGAGACUUCAAAGCUCCACAGUGAGACAAGGCAGUAAAGUGAGACUCAAUGUCCAAGUGACGGGCAUUCCAACACCUGUGGUUAAGUUCUACCGAGAGGGAGCCGAGAUCCAGAGCUCGGCCGACUUCAAGAUCCUCCAGGAAGGAGACCAGUACAGUCUGAUGAUUGCUGAGGCAUUCCCGGAGGAUUCCGGGACAUAUUCUGUGACUGCAACCAACAGCAGUGGCCGAGCCACGUCCACUGCUGAACUUCUGGUUCAAGGUGAAGAGGCUGUUCCUGCUAAGAAAACCAAAACCAUCAUUUCCUCAUCGCAGAUUGGUGUCCAGAGGAUGGAGAGCAGCUUCCAGACCUCUACAAUGGAGAUGCACAUGGAAGGUGGAAUGAUGAGUCAGCAGUUAGCUCACAGGACCCCCCCAAGGGUUCCACCGAAGCCCACAUCCAAAUCCCCACCGUCCUAUUUUGCCAAAGUGACCGGUGGACGGCAGCAGUCACCUUCACCUGUCAGACAUGUAAAGGGGCCGACGCCCACAGCCGUCAGACCGAUAUCUCCCUCCACCAGACUGUCUCUGUCUGUCUCUCCCAUCCGACCCGUGAAGUCCCCCAUCAUGACUCGCAAGCAGGUGUCAGCCUCAUCAGAUGUGCUUCCGCCGUGGAAGCAGGGCGACUACGUGGCCGAAGCCAGCUACACAAGUGUGACUAGCGUGAGCAGCGCCACCCGGCUACAGGUGGGCAAACAGUGGGAGCAGCAGGUCACCGCCACCAGAGAGGCCGAGCAUGCGCCCCAGUCCGGUCGAAGUGUUGCCGUGGCGACUGUGAUGGCGGCCGUGGAUCAGGCCCGUAGCCGCAGGGCACCGCCUGAUGCUGGUGUGCCCGCUGAGCAGCAGGCGGAGGGCAGCCAACAAACAAAAAUGGCCGCUGCAGAGGUCGUUGAAGUGGUACAGGUGGUGCACGAUGAUGGCAGGCAGACUGAAAGGAAGGCCACAGAGAUGGAAGUGAAGCAACGGGUGGCAGCAGAGAAGCAUUUCUCAGCGAGUAAAAUCUUGCUGUCAGCGCAGAUUGAGACGACCACUUCCUCCGGUGUGGAUGCCGGCUCCACCUCGCCCUCGCUUCCACAUUUCACCGUUGCUAAAGUUUCCGUUCCCAAAGUUGAUGCUAGUCGCGAGGUGUCCAUGACAGGCUCCGCCAUCGCCACUCUGCACAAAGAGAUGUCCUCCCCCACCAGGCCCCAAAAGGUCAUCAAGCCCGUCAAGUCGCCUAGUCCAUCUCGCCGGGUGGUGCCAGAGGUUCAAGUGGCACCGGAGCUCCUUCCACCGCCAUUUAAGGCCCCCAGAUAUCAGAGUCAGUUUGAGGUGGGCAGGCUUUGUACUGAGGAGGAGUUUGAGGAUUGGGAGCCUCAGGAGGUGGUCGCAGUGCCCACCAGAGCCCAAGAGCCCGUUGUUCCACCCACUCUUGUUGCAGGAUUGAAGAACUUGACAGUGACCGAAGGCGAGUCAGUGACGCUGGAGUGCCAAAUCAGUGGCCAGCCCGCCCCCGUCAUCAUGUGGUUCAGAGAGGAUUACAAGAUCGAGAGCUCCAUUGACUUCCAGAUUAGCUAUGAGCAGGGUUUUGCCCGACUGGUGAUCCGCGAGGCGUUUGCUGAGGACAGUGGUCGCUUCACCUGCACCGCCACCAGUGAGGCAGGAACUGUCAGCACUUCCUGCUACCUGCUGGUCAAAGUUUCCGAGGAACUUGAGAGCAGAGAAGAGACAAUGGCUGUCACACAAGUGGAAAUGACUCAUGAGAAAACUGUUGCAGUCGAGACUAAAGAGGAAACAUCAGUGGAGGUGAGCACAGGAGAGCCCGCCGCUCCUUUCUUCAUCAAGAAGCCGAUGGUCCAGAAGCUAGUGGAGGGAGCCAGCGUCGCCUUUGAGUGCCAAGUGGGGGGAAACCCCAAACCUCACAUCAUUUGGAAGAAGAACGGCAUCGUUCUCACCACUGGAUACAGAUAUAAAGUGACCUACAAGAGAGAGACUGGUGAAUGCAGACUGGAGAUCUCCAUGACGUUUGCUGAUGAUGCUGGAGAAUAUUCCAUUUUAGCCAGGAACUCACAUGGGGAAGCCUUAGCCUCCAUCAGCCUGCUGGAGGAAGAGGCGUACGAAGCCCACAUGAAGCAGCUUGACGUGACCUAUAAAACUGAAGUGACGACAACGACGGUGGUUGAGGAGCCGUCUGUGACUGUGAGUCAGUACGAACUGGAACACAAGAGAGGAACAUCAAUGAGCUUUGUCUCCGAAACGGAAUUCUUCAUUUCAGCAUUUGAAGAGCGGAUCAUCCAGGAGAUUGAGCUCCGCAUCAUGAGGAUUAGCUAUAGAGAACUGGUGGCAGAGGAUGGGGAACUGAUGGUGACUGCCUCAGAUGAGGAGGCAGUGCAGUCCACCUUUGAUACACCAGUUAAAAACUAUCGGAUCAUGGAGGGAAUGGGCGUUACUUUCCACUGCAAAAUGGCAGGAAUGCCGUUGCCAAAGAUUGCUUGGUACAAAGAUGGUCAGCGCAUUCAACCUGGUGGACGAUACCAAGUGGAGGUUCUUCAGGAUGGACGCGCAAGUCUGCGCCUGCCAGUGGUUCUACCAGAGGAUGAGGGUGUGUACACCGCCUUUGCCGCCAAUAUGAAGGGUAACGCCGUCAGCUCUGGGAAGCUCUACGUGGAGCCUUCUGGAACAGUGUCACCUCAGAGAUACACGCCACAGCCAGCCAUGCAGAGGAUUCAAUCCACAUCUCCACGCUCUCUGAGCCGUUCACCGGGGCGUUCUCCAAGUCGUUCUCCUGGACGUUCUCCUGCCCGACGGUUGGACGACACAGACGAGGCUCAGCUAGAAAGACUCUACAAACCCGUCUUUGUCAUGAAGCCGACUUCGCUAAAAUGCUCCGAGGGGCAAACUGCCAGAUUUGACCUGAAGGUCGUUGGCAGACCCAUGCCUGACACAUACUGGUUUCACAAUGGACAACAAGUGGUCAAUGACUAUACACACAAGAUAGUAAUUAAGGAGGAUGGCGUUCAGUCCCUGAUUAUUGUCCCUGCAAUGCCCCAAGACUCUGGUGAGUGGACAGUUGUUGCUCAGAACCGAGCAGGACGAACCUCCAUCUCUGUGACCCUUACUGUUGAAGCACGAGAAAGCCUGACAAGGCCUCACUUUGUUCAGAAGCUAAGGAACAUAACAGUAAAACAGGGAACCCUGGUUGAAUUGGCAGUUAGAGCUAUUGGAAACCCAGUGCCUGACAUUGUCUGGCUGAAAAACAGUGACAUCAUAAGCCCACACAAGCACCCACAUAUCAAGAUUGAUGGCACUAAGGGAGAUGCCAAAUUCCAGAUCCCAUCUGCUUCAGGAUCAGACAGUGCUUGGUACACAGCCACAGCGAUCAACAAGGCUGGCAGGGACACCACCCGCUGCAGAGUGAAUGUGGAGGUGGACUUUACUGCACCGCAAACAGAGAGGAAGCUCAUUAUUACCAAAGGAACCUACAAGGCCAAAGAGAUUGCCGCUCCUGAGCUGGAGCCUCUUCAUCUCCGUUAUGGCCAAGAGCAGUGGGAGGAGGGAGAUCUUUACGAUAAAGAGAAGCAGCAGAAACCCCAAUUUAAGAAGAAACUGACCUCCAUUCGAAUGAAGAAGUUUGGCCCCGCUCAUUUUGAGUGCAGGCUGACUCCUAUUGGUGACCCCACCAUGGUGGUGGAGUGGCUUCAUGAUGGCAAACCCCUGGCAGCAGCUAACAGGCUACGCAUGGUGAAUGAAUUCGGCUAUUGCAGUCUUGACUAUGAAGUAGCUUAUGCGAGAGACAGUGGUGUCAUCACCUGCAGAGCCACUAACAAGUUUGGAGUGGACCAGACCUCGGCCACCCUGAUUGUCAAGGAUGAAAAGGGUCUUGUCGAGGAAAGCCAGCUUCCUGAAGGAAGGAAGGGAGCUCACAGAAUUGAUGAGAUUGAGCGCAUAGCUCAUGAGGGAGGACCUGCUGGAGUCAGCACUGAUGAGGAAUCUGAAAAGACCAAACCCGAAAUUGUCCUACUUCCCGAGCCAGCAAGAGUGCUGGAAGGUGACAUUGCUCGAUUCCGCUGCAGAGUGACCGGUUACCCUGCACCCAAAGUUAACUGGUACCUCAAUGGACAACUUAUCCGCAAGAGCAAGCGAUACAGACUUCGUUAUGAUGGUAUUUACUACUUGGAGAUUGUUGACAUCAAGUCCUAUGAUUCAGGGGAGGUCAGGGUGGUUGCAGAUAACCCUUUGGGUACAACAGAGCACAUUGUGAAGCUAGAAGUCACACAGAGAGAGGACUUUAGAGCUGUCCUACGUCGUGCUCCAGAACCCAAGGUAGCAGAACCUCCACAUGAGUCUGGCCGAAUUGGUUUUGGUGUUGUGAAGGUGGACCAACCUGUUGAGGUCACACAAGACAGAGAAGUUGUCAAACUGAGGAAGACACAGAGAAUUGUUCAUGAGAAAACCUCAGAGGAGUCAGAGGAACUGAAGAGCAAGUUCAAGCGCAGAACAGAAGAAGGCUUUUAUGAGUCAAUUUCUGCGGUGGAAUUUAAGUCUCGGAAGAGGGAUGACUCCUAUGAGGAUUUGUUGAAGAAGACUAAGGAUGAGCUGCUUCAUCACCUGAAAGAGAAAGAAGAGGCUGAGAGGAAGAAAAUGGAGGAGCAGGGGACAGUGACCAUCCCCACCAUCAAACCUGAGAGGAUCCAGCUCUCCCCCAGCAUGGAAGCUCCCAAGAUUCUAGAACGCAUCGCAAGCAAGACCGUUGCUCCAAUGGACGAGGUUCGUUUCCGACUUCGAGUUGUGGGCAGACCAGAGCCUGAGUGUCAGUGGUUCAAAAAUGGUAUUGAACUGGAGAAGUCUGACCGCAUCUACUGGUACUGGCCAGAAGACCAUUUGUGUGAGCUUGUGAUCCGAGACGUCACCCCUGAUGAUUCUGCCAGCAUCAUGGUCAAAGCUGUGAACAUCGCUGGAGAGGCCUCAAGCCACGCCUUUUUGCUGGUGCAAGCAAAGGCAGCUGUUAGCUUUACCCAAAACCUGGAGGAUGCAAGCGCCCGUGAGAAGGACACCAUGGUGACCUUUGAGUGUGAAACCAGCGAACCAUUUGUCAAAGUGAAAUGGCUGAAGAACAACUUGGAGAUCUUCUCUGGUGACAAAUAUAGAAUGCACUCUGAUAGGAAGGUCCACUUCCUGUCUGUGUUGAUGAUCGACAUGAGGGAUGAUGCAGAGUACACCUGCGUGAUUGCAGAGGAUGAGAGCGUCUACACAAAUGCAAGGCUUUAUGUUGAAGGUGCUGCUCUAGAGCUCAUCAAAAACCUGGAGAGCAUUGAAGUUCCAGAGACCUACUCUGGAGAGUUUGAGGUUGAGUUGUCUCGUGAGGAUGCUGAGGGCUGCUGGUUCUUUGGAGACAAGGAGCUGUCUCCCAGCGGUAAACAUGUCAUCUCCUCCCGACGGGGAAGACAAACCCUGACUGUGAAGGACGUCAAGAAGGAAGACCAGGGGAAGUACACCUUUGUAUGUGGAGAACUGAGGACCAGCGCCUCACUAAAGAUGAAAUUGCGCCCAGUGACGUUGAUCCAGCCGUUGAGCGACCUCACGGUCUGUGAAGGUGACAUUGCUCAGCUGGAGGUCAAGUUCUCUCAGGAGAAUGUUGAGGGAACCUGGAUGAAGAACGGCCAAGCCAUCUCUGCCUCUGACCGUAUCCACAUCGUCAUUGACAAAGCUGUCCACAAACUUCUGGUGGAGAACAUCAGUCGGGAAGAUGCAGCUUCAUAUUCCUUUUCGGUCCCCUCCCAGUACAUCACCACCUCGUGCAAACUCAUUGUUCAGACCAUUGACAUUGUGGUGCCCCUAAAAGAUGUGACUUCCAUUGAAGGCACCAAGUCUGUUUUGGAAACUAAGAUCUCUGCUCAAGAUGUUGGUUCAGUCAAAUGGUAUCACAACGACAAACCCAUGAUGGCCAGUGACAGGAUCCAAAUGGUGGCAAAAGGAGCCAAGCAGCGACUUGUGUUUAACAGAACUUUUGCCUCGGAUGAAGGACACUACAAGCUGGUGGUUGGGAAGGUCUCCACCAGCUGUAGUCUGACUGUGGAACAGGUUCACAUUGUGAAACACAUGGAGGACAAAGUGUGCUCCGAGUCUCAAAACGUCACCUUUGACGUUGAAAUUUCUCAUGAUGGUAUCGAUCCAGUCUGGACCUUCAGGAACCAACAGCUUAAGCCUGGACCCAAAUACAGGAUGGAGUCUAAAGACAAGGCUCACUCUCUGACUGUCAUCGACACCAUGAAGGACGAGGAGGGACAGUACACCUUCCAUGCCGGUGAAAAAACUUCCAGCGCUAAUCUCACUGUCUCUGGUGGCGCCAUCACCCGUCCCUUGCAAGAUGUGACUGUAGCUGAGUCACAGACUGCAGAAUUGGAGUGUGAAGUUGCCAAUGCUAACGCUGAGGGCAAAUGGUUGAAGGAAGGUCAGCCAGUGGACUUCAACGACAAUGUGGUGAGUGAGGUAAAGGGAGCUGUCCGACGUCUCGUCAUCGUCAUCACGCGACCUCAAGAUGUGGCCGAGUACACCUACCAAGUGGCCAACUCUAAAACCUCCGCCAACCUCAGGGUGGAGGCGGUGAAGAUAAAGAAAACUCUCAGGAACCAGACUGUGACAGAAACACAGGAGGCGGUGUUCACACUGGAGCUCACCCACAUUGAUGUUAAAGGAGCUCAGUGGGUCAGGAACGGUGUGGAGCUGCACAACAGCGACAAGUAUGAAAUCACUUCUGAGGGCACGGUCCAUACGCUGAAGGUCAAGAACUGCAACACGCAGGAUGAGACCGUUUACUCCUUCAAACUGGGAAAACUGACCGCCAACGCACGACUAAACGUUGAGACCAUCAAGAUUGUGAAGAAGAUCAAGGAUGUAACAUCUCUGCUAGACGGUACCAUCUCCUUUGAGAUGAGUCUAUCACAUGACAACAUCCCGGUCAGGUGGAUGCAUAAAGGAGUGGAGCUGAAGUCCAGUGACACAUGUAAGAUCCUCUCGGAGCGCAAAGCUCACAAACUGGUCCUCCAGAACGUGGACAGCAGCAGUGAAGGAGAGUACACGGCAUUGGUUGGGCACUUGCAGUGCAGCGCCACACUUACCGUCGAAGCUCUUCGCGUGACUAGACCCUUGAAAAGUGUGGAAGUGGCUGAGACACAAGUGGCCACCUUUGAAUGUGAAGUGUCUCACUUCAACGUCCCCUCCACCUGGCUGAAGGACGGUGUGGAGAUUGAGAUGAGCGAGAAGUUCAGGAUCGUGGUCCAGGGAAAACUCCACCAGCUGAAGAUCAUGAACACCAGCAGGAAUGACUCAGCCGAGUACACAUUUGUGUGCGGGAAUGACCGAGUGUCUGCCACACUCACCGUCAGCCCCGUCUUGAUCACCUCCAUGCUGAAGGACCUCAACGCUCAGGAGCGAGACACCAUUACCUUUGAGGUCACCGUCAACUAUGAGGGCAUCACCUACAAAUGGCUGAAGAAUGGCGUUGAGAUCAAGUCGUCGGACAGAUGCCAAGUCCGAAGCCGGCAGCUCACGCACUCGCUAACCAUUCGUAAUGUUCACUUUGGGGAUGGAGGAGAGUAUCAAUUUGUGGCUGGCUCUGCUGCCAGCGCUGCCAACUUGUUUGUCGAAGCUCGUGUAAUUGAGUUCACCAAGAAGAUCAAAGACAUAAAGAUCACAGAGAAGAAGAAGGCAAUAUUUGAAUGUGAGGUGUCUGAGCCAAACAUCCAAGUUAUUUGGAUGAAGGACGGUCAGGAGCUGGAUGUGUCAGAGGAAAGGUAUGUCGUGACGGCAGAGAAGUAUGUUCACCGGCUCAUGAUCCAGACUGUACGCAUAUCAGAUGCUGGAGAGUUUUCGGUGGUGGCCGGCUCGAGUGUGUCAAAGGCUCAGCUCACUGUGGAAGGUCGAGACAUCCGCAUCUCUGAGCCAGCUGAACGAGUAGUCACGGUUCUGGAGAAACACAGAGCAACUUUUGAAUUUGAGGUUAAUGAGGAUGACGUGGAAGGGCGGUGGCUGAGGAACGGCGUGGAGAUUCAGUUCUCAGCAGAGGAGCGGUUCAGCUAUGUCGCCAUUAGGAAGCUCCACCGUCUCACCAUCUCUGAAACCUACAGGAGCGACACUGGCGAGUACACCUUCAUUGCCGGCAAGAACAGAAGUACAAUCAACCUGAGAGUUAACAUCCCGGAACCGCCUCAAAUCCUCCGCCAUAUGGAGGCCCAGUCAGUGGAGGCAGGCAAGCCGGCUCGCUUCUCUGUGCAGGUGAGCGGCGUUCCUCAGCCUCAGGUCUUCUGGUACAAGAACUCGCAAGCGCUGUCUCCGGGCUUCAAGUGCAAGUUCCUUCAUGAUGCCAACGAGCACACCCUGCUGCUGAUCGAGGUCUUCCCAGAGGAUGCAGCCAUCUAUACAUGUGAGGCCAAAAACGACUAUGGCGUCGCCACCAGUACUGCUACGCUCAACGUGGAAGUGUUGGAAGUGGUUUCUCCAGACUCUGCUGCUUCUGUUGCCCCACCUGUACUCAUCUCACCCAUUGCCAGCACUUCCACUCAUGAGGGAGAACCAGCUCGCUUCCAGUGCAGAAUUCGAGGAGAUGAUGUGAAGAUCAGCUGGUUCCACAAGGAAAAGGAGAUCAAACAGUCAGACUUCUUCCGGAUGUCUCAGUUUGAUGACAGUUGUCAGUUGGAGAUCGCCAGAGUUUACCCGGAGGAUGAGGGCGAGUACAUGUGUGUGGCCAGCAACAAUGGCGGAACUGCAUCCAGCUCGGCCACCCUCACGCUGGACGUGAGUCAUGUGAGAGAGCAGAUCGAAGCCACUAUUGAGCAGGAGGUCAAAGAAUGUUCUAGCACCACCGUCACUACAGUGGAGGAACAAGAGGAAACCUACUACACUGGUGUCCAGUUACCGCAGAAAACAAAAACACUUGAACUCAUGCCAGAGUAUAAAAGCUACUCUUCCACUUUAGAGAAGAAAAAGGAAAAACCAGUUUUUCUCAGCCAGCUCGCUCCAGUAGCAGUAAGCUCUGGAGAGACUGCCACAUUUACUGUCAAGUUGUCCGGAACGCCAAAGCCAACAGUUCAGUGGUCUCACGAUGGGAAAGUGAUCAAGAGCUCUUCUAGAUAUAAGCUGAUAGAGGAGAAGGAGGAGUUUACGUUAACUAUUACACAUGUCACAUCUGAAUACGAGGGCGAAUAUUCCUGCACUGCCUCCAACAGAUUUGGCCAGACAACAUGUACCACGUACCUGGAAGUGAUAAAGGAUGAUGUUAGCCAGGCACAGAAAUGGGUUGAGAAAAUGUUUAAAAUGACAGGCCAACCUCCAACCUUCUUAGCACAGAUCCAACCUGUGAGGUGCUCAGAAGGGGGUGAGGUUUAUUUUAAUUACAAAGUCAUUGGUGAGCCAGCCCCUAAAGUUAAGUGGUACAAGGGUGCUUUUGAGAUCCAGUCUAGUAGAAACUGCAUUAUUACAGCCAACCCAGAUGGAUCUGGCUUCAUUACUAUUAAAAGUGUCAAACAGGAAGACAGUGGCAUGUACACUUGCAAAGCUUCCAACCAGUUGGGGGAAGUGUCUAGUAGUGCUGAACUGGUUGUGUUCAGGAAAUCACUUUCUGUGUCAGACAAACAGGAAAAGCUAACGGUGGUUCAGAAGAAAGGUUAUAAGGUUUCUGUGACAGAGCAGGCUACAGAGUCUCGCUUGUACCAGGUCAAUCUACCAGGUCAGGACAGGGCAAGAUCAGAUCAGAUGGUUUACACCAUAGGCACAGAGGACCGGCAGAUUAUUCCCAGUGAGCAAGUGGGCUCUCUUACAGAGCUCGAUAUUUCUGCUGCAUCUAUUCAGCGUGAGCAUCUCACCCAUCAGGCAGCAGUCCUUCAGUGUCACGAGGUAGAGGAAAGGGUGUCAGUGGUCCUCACGCCCCCACCACAGGUUUCGGCUGUUCCUCAUAAGCAGCUUCACAUGGCGGCAUUUACUUCAUCUGUUGAAGAGAGUCAGGACCUCACAGAGCAGCACUGUGAUCGUAUUUUGAGUCCGGAGGUCAUCGAGCUCCAGGCAGCCAAAGAAAAGAGGUCAAAGGUCAUGUCAGCUGUAGCCGAGGAGCUCACUCCACUUUCUACCACGAGCAUUGAGCCCUUGGCUGACAGAAAGUCUGCUUUAAUAAAGCCAAGCCCAGAGCCCAAACAUCUAGUUAGUGGACAUCAAGUGGAGUUACCACUGUCAAUUGUGAAGGAACAGUCUCAAGACCUCCCCAGACCACAGGAGGAGAAAGGUUACAAGGUUAAAGAGGGUGUUAAAAUCCUAUACUCCGCCCAGUCGACAGAGAAAUAUAAGCUUGCAGAGGGUCACACCACAGAAGUAGCUACAGCAGAUUCUGCAAUUAAGACAUCUGUCAAGCAAGAGCAACGCAGUUCAGUUCUGGCCUCUGUCAGCGAGUCCAAGCAAACUUUGGCCAAGGAGAUUACAUUCUCCAUGCAGAGGCCAGCUGAGGAAAUUGCCCUUUUGUCUAAGGAUAAAAUGAUGAAGGUUAGUCUAACUACUGAAGAAAAGCGCACACUUCAGGCUGAGUGUUCUCAGGAGUUGCCUUCUUUAGAUAGUACCACAUCCAUUCAGUCACAGUUAGAGGGAGAGCAGGUGUUGCACCUGCAGGUUAUCAGUGACCAAGACUUACUCCCCUCCGAGACCUGUUUCACUUGUGAGAAACCAAACCCACAGCAGGCAGGUAGCAGAAAGAGUCCCACAGUAUUGCACACUGUCAGCCAGGAUGAACAGAGAACAGCCAUUUGUGAGGAUACAUCUGAGUUUAAGGCCAGAGCUAGCACUAUUGCCAUUCAGCCACAUAAGGAAUCCCCUUCUCUGCUCCACCUCCAGUCAAGCCAGUCCAUUGAGGUGCUGCCCAAGGAAAGUAUUCUUGUAACAACAAAGCCUGAACAACAAUUAGCAACACAGAAAUUAGAAAAGGCUCGCAGCCAUGCAGCUAUCUCAGAGGAGAAACGAGAACUGACAGCAGAUCAGCACUCAGAACUUGGAUUGUCUGUGACUGGAGUUCAGUCUCAGCUUCGAACUGAGCCCAGGCCUCAAAACAUCCUCCAGCUGUCAUUCCAGCCCAUGCAGCUGCCGAAGGAGACGCCAGUCACUUCUGACAUUAAGCAGCAACGUGCAUUAGUACACAAGGAGGAUCGCUGGAAUGUUAUGCACCUCACCAGUGUGGCAGAAAGUCAAGUAUUAGAGGCAGGAAACACUGAGACACUUGCAGCUAUAGACAUAGUCACCUGCCAGACAAACGUAGAGGCAAAAGUUUCCACUGAGCCAGUCCAAAUUGAGGAGAAGGGGAUUUGCACAGAGAGCACUGCCCUUCUUGAGGCUGCAGAGCAGGACUUUGCCGUCCAGAUCCAGGAAGGUCAGUCAGUCAGGCAGUCGAUAGUAAUGGAUGAGAAGCAAGUUUUGACAGGAGAGCUCUCUCAAGAGCUCACAAAGUCUGAGUCCACCAAAGUCACUGCUACUAAGCAACCAAAGCUGUCCAUGCGAGUGUCAGAAUCCAAAGACAGCAUGACUCUUCCCAAAGAAAUUACAUUUGUACUUCAGGUACCAAAGCCAUCAAAUGUAAAUGUACGUCGACAGCUCAGAGACGCACUUCAGUCUGCUGUAGCCAGAGAGCAGCCUGUGUUACUCGCUGAUAUUGUAGGAAGGCUCCAGGCUGUAGAAAUCCAUGAAGUCAAAGUCCAAAGAGAACCGAAGUGCACCAUCUUUACCUACCUGAUCACAUCAACAGGCACACCUUUGGAGAUCACUCUGGCUUUUGAGGGUGAAUAUCCUCAGACAGCUGACCUCAGAACUGAACUUCAAGCAGCUUUUCAUGCCAUUGUGCACCAGGAGGCCCAUCUUUUAACUUCAGAUCAGCCUGGUACUAUGCAGUUAGAUAAACCUCAGAGAGCACAGGUCACCUCAGCCCGCUCAAAGCAAAUUAAUUCCUCCAUUGUGCAGACAGCAAGUGUGCAAGAAAGCUCAGUGGAUUUCACUGCUGUUGAAUCCCAGGCAGCAGCCCUCAGGACUGAGUCUGAAAUGGAGGCGGAAUGUGCUUCAGCUCAGCAGCAGGUUGUUGUCCAGGAAUCCAGGGAAGCAAGGAUGGCACAAGCUAUCUCAUCGCAGGUCCAAAUUUCCACUGAGGCCACCGUGGCCUUUGAGCAGUCGGUGGUGGUAUCAAAACAGGAGAUAAGGUCUACAAUGAAGAGCCAAGAGAAGGCUGAGGGGGCCGCUGUGUUCACAACCAUCUUAUCAACCACCACCACCCCCUCUGAACUGGCUCAGGAUGUCAGCAUCCAAAAGGAGCACAUGGUGGAAGUUUUCAAAGAGGAGCUGUCAAUUUCCAGGAGAGAGCAAAAAGAAUGUCCCGUAAUAGUCACCACUCUGGAAGAUAUAACAGUUGAGGAAAACGGUAAAGUGACAUUUAUCACCACCAUUAAGUAUGUCACAAAGGUGAACUGGUUUUUCAAUGGCCAAUUGGUGAAAUCUGGCAAUGAGUUCAAGUGUUUCACAGACGUCGACACACACUCACUGGUAAUCAGCAAUGUUGUCAAGGAGAAACAUCAAGGAGAAUAUGUUUGUGAGGCUGAGAAUGAAGCUGGCAGAACAACAACAUCUUCAAGACUCACAGUGGUCUCAAGAGUUCCUCCCAUCUUUAGGCAGAAAAUCACUCCUUUGGAGAUAAACAUUGGCAGCCACGCAAAGUUUGAGUGCGCGAUCGAGGAUGCACCAAGUGUGACCUUCAAAUGGUACAAGUCUGGCAUGGAGAUCAGACAAAGUGAGAAGUACCGGAUCAUCAGCCGACACACUGGAUCUUCUCUGGAGAUCUUGAAUGCAGUUAAAGCCGACAGUGGAGAAUUCAGUUGUAAAGCUACAAACCAGCAUGGAGCUGACAGCUGCAGUGCCUCUGUCGUUGUCACUGAAAUGUACCCGCCGCUAUUUGUAUCAAAACCAGAGCCAAUGACCUCCUAUGUGGGAAAAGCAGCUGUGCUCCAGUGUUCACUCACUGGAUCCUCACCCAUAGAAGUGGUCUGGCACAAAGACAACAUUGCCAUCUCGCCCAGUGACCACCAUGUCAUGAAAUGUGACAAGAACAAGUAUUCCCUCCACAUUACCAAUCUUGAGCUGGGUAAUCAGGGAGUAUACUUGUGCAAGGCGUCCAACAGUGUUGGCACUGCUACUUUUAGCACAGAGCUAAAGGUAAUCAACAAGCCCAAUUUCAUUAGGAGCAUUGAGCCAAUGUCAGCAGCUGUCAAUGAGCUGCUGAGGCUUGAGUGCCAGCUGGAUGAGGACACAUGUGUGACUGUCACCUGGACCCGGGAUGGCAAAAAGGUCCACCAGAGCCUUGAGUGUAGGCUGUCUUUUGAGGACAAGGUAGCUGUUCUUGAGAUCCCAAAGUCCAAAGUGAAGGACUCUGGAAUGUAUGUGUGCACAGCCUCAAAUGAGGCAGGGAGCACUUCCUGUGAGGCUUUGGUGACAGUUCAAGAGCCUCCUAGCUUUGUCAAGAAAGUGGAGCCAAGUGUCACAUGGAAGCAUGGAAUAGCUGCACGCUUGCACUGCACCAUAAAAGGUUCUCCAGAACUCCACAUCCACUGGUUCUGGAACGAGAGCGAGCUAAGCUCUGGAGAGAAACAUAAAAUGUCUUUCACGAACGGGACUGCCACUUUGGAGAUAACUAAUGUUCAUGUCACAGAUAGUGGGAGCUACACCUGUGAGGUGUCCAACAAUGCAGGCAGCGAGAGCUGCAGUGCCACUGUAUCAGUUAAAGAGCCACCAUCCAUUAGGAAAGAACUGCAGACUGUGGAGGUGGUGAAAGGCACAACUGCUCAACUGGAAUGUGAAAUUGCAGGAAGUUCUCCCUUUGACAUCACUUGGUUGAAAAAUAAGAAAGCCAUCAGUAGCAAUAAUAAAUAUAAAGUCAUCUCCCAAGAGUCCAUGUCGAGGCUGGAGAUACAGCCAUUUGAAAGUGCAGAUGUGGGUGAUUAUCAGUGUGUCAUAUCCAAUGACGUCGGCAAAGUUACUACUAAGGCUGUAGCUAAACUUAAAGAGCCACCAACCUUCUCAAGGAGGGUUGAGAGUGUGACAGCAGUGUUGGGAAAUGCAGUGAAACUCCAGGGAACCCUGAAGGGCUCAGCUCCCAUGACGGUCAAAUGGAUGAAAGACUCUGAAAUACUGAGAGAUGAUGAUCCAAACAUCAGUAUGGCAUUUGAGAACAAUGUUGCAAGUUUGUCCAUAUCAGUCGUGGCCAUCAGCCAUGGCGGUAAAUACUUGUGCCAAGCCGAGAAUGAAGCUGGUCAACAAAAAUGUGAAGCUGCCCUGACAGUACAUGAACCUGCUAGAAUUGUAGAACCGGCAGAAUCCAUCAGUGUGACUGCCGGUGAUUCAGCCAUGCUGGAGUGCACCAUCUCUGGAAGCCCAGAUCUGAAAGUCAAGUGGUUUAGAGACGGCAAAGAGAUGAUCAGUGGACGCAAAUAUAAGAUGAGCCAGAAGGACAAUGUCGUCUCCAUGAAGAUUCUUAAAGCAGAGAAAGGAGAUACCUCUGAGUACAAGAUGGAGGUUUCAAAUAAAGUUGGGAAAGACCAGUGCACAUGCUCAGUUACAGUUCUAGAUCGUAUAAUGCCACCAAACUUUACCAAGUUCCUAAAAAGAGUUGAUGGUAACAUUGGCAGUGACAUCUUCUUGGAGUGUAAGGUGUCUGGAUCUCAGCCCAUCACCAUCACUUGGUUCAAAGAUGAGCAGGAAAUUGAGUCUGGAGCCAAAUUUUGUCCUGAAUUCAAGGAGAGCUCUGCCAAGCUGACAAUCACUCGGCUGGAGAAAGCCGACUCUGGAGUUUAUAAAUGCAGAGCUACCAACUCAGCCGGCGUUAAAGAAACAAGUGGCACACUUUACGUCAAAGAGCCGCCUGUAUUCACAGCAACACCCGACAAGCAGGAUGUUAUACCUGGAACGACAGUUUGCCUUCAGGCAGCUUUCACUGGAACCCCUCCUCUAUCUGUGAAGUGGUUCAGAGAGGACAGGGAGAUGAUCAGUGGCGGCACCUGUUUCAUCAAGAAAGAAGCUUCUUCAAGCACUUUGGAGCUUCCCUCCGUGAAGCCCAGUGACUCUGCUACAUAUACCUGCCAAGUGUCAAAUGAUGCUGGCAAGGUGGACUGCACCACAGUCCUCUUUGUGAAAGAACCUCCCGUCUUUGUGACCAAGCCAGAGGCGACCAAGCUGGUCAUCAGUGAUGACUCAGUCAAACUAGAGUGCAAAGUGACAGGCAGUCCUGUCAUAGGUUUUAUGUGGCUGAAGGAUGGGAUGGCAAUCAGCCAUAGUCCAAAAUACACAAUAACUUCAGUGGACUUUUUGUCCUGUCUGGAAAUAGUCAAGUGCACCGUAGAGGACAAUGGAGAUUAUGUGUGUGUGGCUUCCAGUGAGGCUGGCAGCGACCGCUGCAGCAGCACAGUCACAGUCAAAGAGCCCCCGGUGUUUGUCCGUUUCUUGGAACCAAAAGAUGUGGUCAAGGGUUCUGAGAUGAUGCUUGAGGGCCAAGUCUCUGGUUCCGCUCCAUUCACUGUGUUGUUUCAUAAAAACACAAAGCUGGUGAGAAAUGAUAAGAGACACAGGAUCACCGUGAAAGAUGACCUGGUGGCCCUUCAGCUGCUAGCGGUGGAGGCCGGAGACGUGGGCUUAUACCAGUGUACGGUCGAGAAUGAAGUGGGGAGGGCCACUUGUGAUUGUCAAGUCACUCUUAAAGAGCCACCAUCAUUUGUCCAAAAGCUGGAGAGUGUCAGUGCCUUGGUAGACAGCGAAGUGUCUUUGCGGUGCACCUUGAAGGGCUCGGAGCCUAUGGUUGUGACCUGGCACAAAGACAACCGUGAGCUCAAGGAAGCUGAAAACAUUCAGAUGACAUACAAGAACCAAUCAGCUUUACUGCACAUCAGGAAGGUCUUCAGCAAACAUGGCGGCAAAUACUCAUGUCAUGCACAGAAUCAGGCCGGAAGUCAGACCUCUUCUGCUGUCUUGACAGUCAAAGAACCCGCUACAGUCACAGAGGAAGUCAAGUCCAUCAGUGUGACUCAGGGAGAUCUGGCCACACUGGCUGCCAGGUUCUCAGGCACAAAGCCACUGAAGGUUCAGUGGCUGAAGGCCGGCAAAGAGCUAUCCUCAAGCCAGAGAUACAAAGUUCAAAGCACAGACUCCAGCUCUGUGCUCAAAAUCAAUAAAACAGAUAAAAGUGAUGCAGGUGACUACAUGUUUGAGGUUUCAAAUGAUGUUGGCCGCAGCUCUUGCGAGGCUACACUCACCAUUUUGGAUCAAAUAAUUGCACCAAAUUUCACAAGAAAGCUGAAGCAAACGGAAGGUAUCAAAGGGUCGUUUGCUCAUCUGGAGUGUGUGGUGUCAGGCUCGCUGCCACUAAGCGUCCAGUGGUACAAAGAUGAGAACCAGAUCCAAACUGAUGACAAACACAAGUGCAAGUUCUUUGAGAAUGUUGCUCUUCUUGAAAUCUCGGAUCUUGACAGCAGAGACAGCGGCAGCUACACCUGCAUCGCUAAGAACAAGGCGGGAAGUGCACAGUGCUCUGGGAUCUUGUUUGUCAAAGAGCCACCGUGCAUUGUUGAACAGCCAGAAUCUAUGAAUGUUCUUCCGGGCUCAAAGGUUAAUUUUAGUGUUUUGGUCUCGGGCACGCCGCCAUUGACCAUCAAAUGGUUUAAGAACCAGAAAGAGAUAUUAUCCAACUCAGAUUGCUUGGUGAUUAAAGACAACACAUCCACUUCCCUGGAACUCUUCUUUGUCAAAACCUCGGACUCUGGCGAGUAUGUCUGCGAAGUGCACAAUGAUGUCGGCGCCACCUCCUGCCAGACCACCCUCUUUGUCAAAGAGCCGCCAAAAUUCACACGGACCCCGGCACGCUUGUCCGUGAUUCGUCCAGGUCAAAGUAAAAUGUUUGAGUGCCAAGUGAGCGGCACACCUGAGAUAGACAUCUACUGGUUCAAGGAGGGCUCCGAGGUCAUCCCCAGCAAUUGCUUCAAGAUGGCCUUCGUUAACUCUGUGGCCACACUGGAGCUUUGUGGAGCCGACGUCAAAGACAGUGGAAUUUACUUCUGUGAAGCUCGCAAUGAAGCCGGUAGUGAGAGCUGUAGUAUGGAGCUUAAGGUCAAAGAGCCACCAUUGUUUGUGCGAGAGCUGAUGCCGGCUAACAUUGUGAAAGGCUGCAGUGCCUGGUUGGACUGUCAGCUGGCAGGGACACCUCCCUUUGAGAUAACAUGGAACAAAGAUGGCAAGGAGCUCAAAUCUAGUGCUAAACAUGGCCUCUCUCUGGUCAGUGACACUGUGGGCCUAGAGGUCAACAGAUGUGAUGCUGGAGAUGUUGGUGAAUACCAGUGCACUGUUGCCAAUGAGGUGGGAAGCUGCAGUUGUAAGACAAUGCUAAGCCUCAAAGAGCCGCCAACAUUUACAAAGCGAAUGGAAAAUGCUACCUGCGUUCUCGGUAAGAAAGUGGUCUUUGAGUGUGUUGUCAGUGGCUCUCCCAACCUCUCUGUGCAAUGGCAAAAAGACGGGAACUGGAUUUUGGAAGAUCCAAAGAUAGAGAGAACAUUUGAAAAAAAUGUAGCCACUCUCAGAAUCCCUGCAUGUGAAGCGGAUCACAGCGGGUCAUACACUUGCCAGGUGAUGAACGAGGCCGGACAGGAUAAGUGCAUUGCCACCCUGGCAGUCCAAGAACCUCCUCAAAUCUCAGAGAAACCUGAGGUGGUAAAGGUGACGACUGGAGAUCCGGUCAGCCUGGACUGUAAGGUAACGGGCUCAGCUGAGCUCAAAGUAAGAUGGAUGAAAGAUGGCAAGGAGCUUCAGUCCAUCAGGCAGCACAAGUUGAGCUUUGAGAACAACAUGAGCAGCCUGAAGAUUCAGUCAGCUCAGAGAGAGGAUGAAGGAGAUUACAUCUUUGAGGUGUCCAACCACAUCAGCAGCUGCAGCUGCACAGUCAAAGUGGUUGUAUUAGAACAAGUCAUCCCACCAAGCUUCAUUAAACCCCUGACAGACAUGCAAGAGAUUUUGGGCUCCUUUGUUCAAAUCGGUUGCAAAAUAUCCGGUUCCAUUCCAAUCUCAGUGGAAUGGCAGAAAGACGGAACCAAGAUCUCAAGUGGCGUGAAACACAAACUUAUUCAGCAGGACAAUUCUGUGUAUGUGGAAAUUGAACAUUUAGAAAUUUGGGAUGCAGGGUCCUACUCUUGCAAACUGAACAAUGCAGCGGGAAGUUGUGAAUGCACUGGAUUCCUGAAGGUCAAAGAACCUCCCAGCUUUGUGACCGUGCCUGAGUCUCAGGCGGCCAUACCCAACACCACGGUGCGCUUCAAAGGAACAUUCAAGGGAACACCACCAUUCAUUGUGAAAUGGUUUAAGGAUGACACAGAGCUGAUGACCGGACCCACUUGUCUCAUGGGACUGGAGGGGCUUUCAUGCCUCUUAGAGCUUUAUUCAGUGGGUGUCAACCACAGUGGUGUCUACUCCUGUCAAGUCAGCAAUGACGCUGGUUCUGUACGCUGUAGUGCAGACUUGAUGGUCAAAGAACCACCAGAGUUUGUGCUGAAACUCCCUGCCGAUAAGUGUGUGAAGCAAGGUGAGCCACUCCGCCUGGAGUGCAGAGUCACUGGUACCGGACCUCUCAAGGUGACCUGGUACAAACAGGACACUAGGCUCACUGAUGGUGGCAACUGCAGCACGUCAUUUAUUGAUUCUGUGGCUGUCCUUGAGCUGUUCGCUGCCAAUUUUGAUGAUGAUGGAGUUUAUACAUGUGAAGCUCACAACGAUGCUGGCAGUGUCAGUUGCAGCACCACUAUAACUGUAAAAGACCCACCAUCAUUUAUUAAAGUACCUGAACCGGUAGAGGAGCUGAAAGGGAAGGACGUUGGUCUUUACUGCGAGAUGCGUGGUACAGCUCCCUUCCAGAUUACAUGGUUCAAAGACAAAAAGCCUUUGAUGGACAGCAGGAAAUAUAAGAUGUUGAGCGAAGGGAGCUCGGCCACGCUGCACGUCAUCGGGAUUGAGCUGGCGGAUGCCGGCCAAUACGAGUGCAAAGUGUCAAACAGUGUAGGAAGCGAUAUCUGCCACACAGAAGUGAAACUCAGAGAGCCACCAUCUUUCGUGAAGAAACUGUCAAACAUGACGGUGAUUCUGGGACAGGAGGUGACCCUUGUGGCCACAGUUCAAGGCUCUGAACCCAUUACUGUGUCCUGGGUUCAGGACAAGGAUCACAUUCUCAGAGACGGUGACAACAGGAAAAUCACCUUUGAGAACAACCAGGUUGCUCUUAAAGUACUUGCGGCUGACGCAGCGGCGGCAGGCAGAUACACCUGCCAGCUCAGAAACGAUGCUGGGAGUGUGGAGUGUUUUGCUAAUUUGACUGUUCUAGAACCGGCCAGGAUCGUGGAUAAGCCUGAUGCUCUGAGUGUGACUGCAGGCGAUAUUGCCGCUCUAGAGGUCAAAGUGUGCGGCACCCCAGAGCUCACACCUAAGUGGUUCAAGGACGGUGUGGAGCUGGCCUCCGGGAGGAAAUACAAAAUCUCAUUUACCCGGAUGAUUUCCAGCCUAAAUGUGCUGUCGGCUGACAAAAUGGACUCAGGAGAGUACAUGUUUCAGGUCAUGAACGAAGUCGGGAAGGAUCUCAGCAAAAUUAAUCUCACUGUCCUAGAUAAAAUCAUGCCGCCAUCCUUUACAAGAAAGCUGAAGGACUGUAACGCCGUGGUUGGGCACGCUGGUGAGAUGGAGUGUAAAGUGUCUGGAUCGCCACCAUUCACGAUUACUUGGUAUCAUGGUGGCGAGGAGCUUCAUAGCGGGCCCAAUCACGACAUAUCCUUUAGGGACAACAGCUGCACUCUCAGGGUGCCCACGCUCAAGCUGUCUGACUCCGGACUCUAUAAAUGUAAGGCCGUAAACGAGGCAGGAUUCAGUGAGACGACAGCUUCCCUCGAGGUCAAAGAGCCGCCAUCCUUUGUGGUGCCGCCCCAGCCGACUGAGGCCUUGCCAGGAUCUGACGUGACCUUCUCGGCCAUUGUCAAGGGCAGCGCCCCCCUCAGGCUGAAGUGGUUCAGGGGAACCAAGGAGCUGGAAGCUGGACGGGGCUGUAAUUUCUCUCUGAAGGACAACCAAGUCAUGCUGGAGCUCUUCAGAGUAGACAGAAGUCACGCUGGAGAGUAUACCUGCCAGGUCAUCAACGAUGUGGGCAAGGAGAGUUUCCCCGUCAACCUGAUGCUCAAAGAGCCAGCAUCCUUUGUGAAGAGGCUGAAAGACGUGUCAGUCGAGAAAGGCAAACCUUUGACGCUUGAGUGUUCCUACGCGGGGACUCCAAAGAUCUCGGUAAGCUGGUUCAAAGACAAGCAGCAGAUCUUUGCGUCGUACAAGUACAACAUGACCACGACCGAGAGCGCCUGCAUCCUGGAGUGUCUCAGCACCGAAGAUAAGGACGCUGCUGGGAUGUUUUCUUGUCACGUGUCUAACGACGCCGGCGAGGAUACCUGCGAGUCAACCGUGACCAUUCUGGAGCCGCCUUAUUUUGUGGAGACACUGGAGCCCAUGGAGGUGACGUCAGGCGACGCCGUGUGCCUCAAGUGUCACGUGGCGGGGACGCCUGAAAUCAAAGUGUCUUGGUUCAAGGGCGACGGCAAAGUGCGCUCUAGCCCCACUUGCAGGUUGGAGUACACCAAGGGUGUCGCCUGCCUCAAACUCAACAAAGCCACAAAGGCCGACAUCGGCGAGUACACCUGCAAGGCAGAGAACAGGAUUGGCUCCGUUUCUUCCACAUGCCGACUUAGCGUGCAAGAGGCCAAAACACCACCAUCCUUCCCCAAGAAAAUCACCAGCCUCCAGCAGACCAAGGGUCAAACCGUGCGUUUCGAGUGCCGUGUGGCCGGGUCCUCGCCCAUUGAAGUGUCAUGGCUGAAAGAUGGCCAGCUUCUGGGCCAGGGGGAGGAGUUCUCCAUGCUGUACGAUGAUAACACCGCCGUGCUAGAGAUCAGUCACAGUGAGCUUAAGCAUUCAGGAGAGUACACUUGUGUGGCAACCAACAGUGUUGGCUCCGCCUCCUGCAGAGCAAAGCUUACCUUGCAAGAGCCCAGGUAUCCUCCAGUCUUUGACCGAAAGUUGUCGCCAACACAGGUGGUGACAGUGGGCGACAGCAUUGAACUCGAAUGUCACAUGACCGGCUCUGCCCCCAUUAAAGUCACAUGGUCCAAAGACCAUAAAGAUAUUCGCAGUGGCGGGAAUUAUAAGAUACGAUUCGAGGACAACACGGCCCACCUGAGCAUAGUGAAGGCUGACAAAGACGACUCGGGCAGAUACUUUUGCCAUGCCUCCAAUGACAUGGGCAAGGACUCGUGCUCCUCUGAUAUUGCUGUGAAAGAGCGCAAAAACCCUCCGGUGUUCACCAAAAAGCCGUCAGAACACAUGGAUGACAUCGAAGGCAGGCUGGUCAAGAUGGAGGCUCGGGUCUCCGGCUCGCAGCCGGUGACAGUCUGCUGGUUGAAGGACGACGCAGAGAUCUCCAGCUCAGACAAAUAUGACAUCAGUUUUAAGAGUAACGUGGCUGUGCUGUGCAUCAAGAGCAGCCAAGUGAUUGACAGUGGCAGGUAUACCUGCCACGCCUCCAACGAGGCAGGGAAAGCAGUCUGCAAUGUCAAUCUGGGCAUCUCAGAGGCCAAGAAGCCACCGGUGUUCGACGUCUCGCUCAAACCAGCGACCGUGGAGGAGGGCGAAAAGCUCAGUCUCAGGUGUCACGUCUGUGGAUCCCCUCCUCUGACGAUUCAGUGGUUGAAGGACAGGAAGGAGCUGCUGUCGGCCGGAAGCACCAAGAUUAGCUUUUCUGAUGGGACAGCCUGUUUAGAGAUCGGCACCACUUCCCGUCAUGAUGCUGGCGACUACAUCUGCAAGGCCACCAACGAUGCCGGCAGCGAGCUUUGCAGAGCUAAAGUUACAAUCAAGGAUAAAGAAGCUCCGCCUCCAACUGAAACUGCUGCUGAUGCUGCUCCCACUAAGAAGCUGGAGCAGCUGUUCUUCAUCGAGGAGCCAAAGAGCGUGAAUGCCACUGAGAAGGGCUCAGCCACUUUCAUUGCCAAAGUAGGCGGAGACCCCAUUCCAAGCGUCAAGUGGAUGAAGGGCAAGUGGAGGCAACUCACGCACGGCGGCCGGGUCUCCAUCGAGCAAAAAGGCCAAGAGGCCAAACUGGAGAUCAAGGAGGUGACCAAGUCUGACUCGGGCCAAUACAGGUGCGUGGCCUCCAACAAACACGGCGAGAUUGAGUGCGGCACCGACCUUCAUGUGGACGAGAAGAAAGCGGCAGCUCAGCUGGAAGGAGACCUUCGAGCCAAACUGAAGAAGACUCCGUCAAAGCAGAAGAGUCCUGAGACAGAUAAAGACAUAGACAUUGUGGAACUGCUGAGGAACGUGGACCCCAAAGAGUAUGAGAAAUACGCUCGCAUGUACGGAAUCACCGACUAUCGAGGACUGUUGCAGGCCAUUGAGCAGCUCAAGCAGGAGAAAAUAGAAGAAAGUGGAAGACCGGACGUGGAACGUGCACCUAGAGAGCCUGACGAGGACAUGGCACGACUGGUAGCCGACCUGCAGAAAAGGAUGGAGCGGACUGAGCCCGUCACCGUCGUGAAGGACAUCUCGGAUCAGUCUGUCUUGGCCGACAAUGUGGCGGUGUUUGAGUGUGAGAUCAAGAUCAACUACCCUGAGAUUACUCUUUCCUGGUACAAAGGCACCCAGAAACUGGAUACUAGCGCCAAGUAUGACAUCAUCGUCAACGGCGAUUGCCACCAACUGAAAAUUAAGCAGUGCCAGGGGUCCGACCAGGGAAACUACAGGGUGGUGUGCGGGCCGCAUAUCUCCAGCGCCAAGCUCACAGUCCUGGAGCCUGAGGUGGAGAAGCACUUGCAGGACACAUCGGGUAAGGAAGGCCAGUCGUGCACGCUGUCUUGUCAGUUGUCCAUCCCUAACGUCGAGGCUCAGUGGUUUAAGAAUGGCCAGCAGUUAGAGAUGAAGGGCAGGUUCACAUCUGAGGUCAAACACAAGGUUCAAAAGCUUCAUAUCAGAGACCUGAAGACUGACGACCAGGGAAGAUACACGUGCAAGUACCAGCACCUGCAGUCCUCGGCGGACCUCUGGGUGGAAGUUGAACAAAUUCAUUUCACCAAACGCAUCCACAAUGUCGAAGUCAGCGAGCGCCAGUCGGCCACCUUCGAGUGUGAAGUGUCCUUUGACAACGCUAUCGUGUCGUGGUACAAAGAUACCUGGGAACUGAAAGAAUGCCCUAAGUAUAACUUUCGAAGUGAGGGGCGAAGACAUUUCAUGGUCAUCCGAAACGUAACCGUUGAAGAUGAAGGCGUGUACUCGGUGAUUGUGAGGUUGGAACCCAGAGGAGAGGCUAAGAGCACAGCUGAGCUUUAUUUGUCUGGCAAAGAGAUCCAAUUAGCAAUGGUUCCCUUUGAUGUUCAAGACUCGUCAGUUCAGAGGCCCGAGGCGCCGUCGUCGGUCGAGAUUCAAGAAUCAACUGAAUUCUAUCAAUACAAAGAAGAAAUUGAACAAACAGUAGUUGUCCAGGAGAGAGUGAAGACACAGGAAGUGGAAUUGGAAGUGAAAGAGGAAAAGACUUUCAAAGUGGCCAAAGCCGAGGAGCAAGAAGUCAAGUUGGUGACAGCUGAGAAGGAACCAGCACCACCAAAAGUGACCAAAGAACCAGUGGAGGAAAAGCUUCCUGUAGUUUCAGUUCCAGAGAAGAAAGUUACCACUGUUAAAGAACCUGAGGAGCUGAAAAAGCCGACAGGUGUUCCCUUACCACCACUGGAGCCAAGCAUGCCAAAAAAAGAUGAGCCGAAGCCUAAGGUACCAGCUGAGCCUAAAAAGUUGGUGCCUGCUGCUAAGCCAGAACCUGAAGCCAAGGUUGCAGCAAAGGCUGAGCCAGAGCCAGAAGCUAAGCCAGCUCCGCUGAAGAAGCCGACACUACCACCUUCCAAAGUCCUGGAAGAACCUACCAAGAUAAAGGCAGAACCUGAACCCAAAACACCAAAAACAGAGCCAGAAAAAAGAAAAGAGCAAGUGAGUAAACCUAAGGAAGAAGUGCCUUUGGCGCCACCUAAACCAGAGCCUGUAGUGAAAAAAGAUGAAUCACUAGAGGUGAAGAUGUCGAAAAUAGAACCACCAGCACCGAAGGAACCCGCCAAGAAAGUGCCAGAGAAACCAGUCAAGAAAGAGGCUGCUGCAGCCCCAGAGAAGGUGGACAGAACAGAUGAAGAAACACCAAAGAAGAAGUCUGUGGUCACCAAAGUUCCUGUGGAAGCAAAAAUAGCAGAAGAGCCAAAAGCAGCCAAGAAACCAGAAGCUGCUGUGGUUCCGCCCAAACAAGAGCCAGCAGAGCGAGAAAGAGAUUUGGAGCCCAAACCUGAUCUUGUAUGUGAAGACGAGCCUGUACUGCGAAAACAACCUCAGAAGAUGCUUGAUGAGGUUGUGAUGUCACUGACUAAAGCAAAGAGUCUUCCUUCUGACAAAGUACAUGACAAGCUUCCAGAGAAAACACAAGUACCAGAGAAACUUCCAGAUAGACAGCCUGAGAAAGUACCUCAGAAGCUUCCAGACGAAAUACAUGAGAAAGUACCAGAGAAGCUUCCAGAUGAAACAUGUGAGAAAGUACCAGAGAAGCUUCCAGAUAAAACACAUGAGAAAGUAGCAGAGAAGCUUUCCGAUAAAACACAUGACAAAGUACCAAAGAAGUUUCUAGAUAGAAAAUCACAAAAGAUACCAGAGAAGCUUUCAGAGGAAACACACCAGAAAGUACCAGAGAAGCUUCCAGAUAGAAAACCUGAGAAAGUACCGAAAAAGCUUCCAGAUAAAACACAUGAGAAAGUACAAGAGAAGCUUCCAGAUCAAAUGAGUGAGAAAACAACAGAUAACCUUUCAGAUAAAACACAUGACAAAUUACCUGAGAAGCUUCCAGAUAGAAAACCUGAGAAAGUACCUGAGAAGCUUCCAGAAGAAACACAAGAGAAAGCACCAGAGAAGCUUCCAUUUACAAAACCUGACAAAGUACCUGAGAAGCUUCCAGAAGAAACACACGAGAAAGUACCAGAGAAGCUUCCAGUGAGAAAACCUGAGAAAGUACUAGAGAAGCUUCCAGGUCAAGUUAAUGAGAAAACACCAGAGAAGCUUCCAGAUAGAAAACCAGAGAAGCUUCCAAAUAAAACAAAUGAGGAACUGCCAGAGAAGCUUCCAGAUAGAAAACCUGAGAAAGUACCUGAGAAGCUUCCACAAGAAACACAUGAAAAUGUACCAGAGAAGCUUACAGUAAGACAACCUGAGAAAGUACGAGAGAAGGUUCCACAUCAAAUAAAUGAGAAAACACCAGAGAAGCUUCCAGAUAGAAAAACUGAGGAAGUACGUGGGAAGCUACCAGAUAAAGCAAAUGAGAAACUGCCAGAAAAGUUUCCAGAUAGAAAACCUGAGAAAGUACCUAAGAGGCUUCCAGAUAAAACACAUGAGAAAGUACCAGAGAAGCUUCCAGAUCAAACAAGUGACAAAACAACAGAUAACCUUUCAGAUAAAACAUAUGACAAAUUACCUGAGAAGGUUCCAGAUCGAAAACCUGAGGAAAUACCUGAGAAGCUUCCAGAAGAAACAUAUGAGAAAGUACCAGAGAAAAUUCCAUAUACAAAACCUGAGAAAGUACCCGAGAAGCUUCCAGAAGAAACACACAAGAAAGUGACAGAGAAGCUUCCAGUGAGAAAACCUGAGAAAGUACUAGAGAAGCUUCCCGAUCAAAUAAAUGAGAAAGCACCAGAGAAGCUUCCAGAUAUAAAACCAGAGAAGCUUCCAAAUCAAACAAAUGAGGUACUGCCAGAUAAGCUUCCAGAUAGAAAACCUGAGAAAGUACCUAAGAGGCUUCCAGACAAAAUACAUGAGAAAGUACCAGAGACACUUUCACAUAAAACAAAUGAGAAAACACCACAGAAGCUUCCAGAUAGAAAACCUGAGAAAGUACCCGAGAAUCUUACAGAUCAAACACAUGAGAAAGUACCUGAGAAGCUUACAGAUCAAACAUACGAGAAAAUACCUGAGAAGCUAACAGGUAGAAAUCAUGAGAAAAUACCUGAUAAACUUUCAGAUAAAACACAUGUGAAAGUACCUGAGAAGCUUCUGGGGAAAACACAUGAAAAUGAACCAGAGAAGCCUUCUCAGAUUGCUGAUAAAGUUCUGACACCCGAGAAAAUGGGAGAAGAAGUCUUUGGCAAAGUGUCUGAAAAUGUUGCUGAGAAGCCACCAGGGGGCAGCGUUUUUGGAAAGAAGCCUAUUAAGGUUUUCCAGAAAGCAAAUGAAUAUGAGAUGGUUCCCAUGUUGAUACAUGAGAAGGAACUAUCUGAUGAAAUGUUCCCUGGAGUUGUUAAAGUCAAGCAGGAAGUAGGAGAACAUUCAGCCACAGAGGUAGAAAGUCAGAGGAUUGCAAAGAUUCAGCCUUCAGAAGUUGAACAAGAGAAGCAGAAAGUCUCUCCUCCAGAAAAAGAGAGGCUCAUUGAGAUUGAGCAGCAACACGAACUUAAUGUGGUGACAGAGAGCGUGUCUCCCACGGAAGGGCCAUGGCCCUAUGAGGAGGUGGGAGAAGAACGAGCCCAAGUGUCAUACGAGAAGAUUAUGUCCCCUGUGGGCCACCUGAAGGUUUCAUUGGCUCAGAUGGAAGUCUUGACUGAGACGCUAACGGAAGGAAAUAAAACGUCUGAAUUGAGAAGUGAGAUGACUGAACUUAUCGUCAAGAAGCAGAGUGGAGUAACUCCAGAACCAAUCAAAAAUCUAAAUGUCGAGAGUGCACCGGAGCAUAAAAGUGAGCAAACUACAGAGCAGGACCCUACAAAAGACAAACCAAUGAUACAAGGUACAGAUGAGAGGAAAGACACACAUCUGUCUGGCAAAAAGCAGAGGACAGUCAAGAAAGAAACAACUGUUCAAAAAGAAAGCAAGGACGAAACUGCCAGAGAUGACAUACACACAAUGACGUUUCCGACUGUCGCAGGUAAACAGGAGGUAGAAGCAGAGAUUAUUCCAGUUUCUUUGAGGAACAAACAAAGUCAAACUCCAGAAGGGAGUGUUGUGGUUGAGCACAGCGACAUCAUAGGUGACCUGCUAAAAGAUGAACAUUUAGCACUGAGCCAUAAGUCAGCAAAAAGACACCAGUUAGCUGAGAAGAAACAAGCAUCUGACCGGCUCGUUGGCAAAAAAACUCUAUUAGAAGCAGAAGUGUCUGACAUGCUGCCUCAGCAAACCAAAACCAUCAGACAUGACAAAACCCCUGAAGAAGAAUCAAGUCCACAAAUGGAAGACACCAUCCAAAAGAAACCUUCAAUCACCACCAGACAAAGACAAGAGAUGGAAGAAAUUCCUUGUGAAGCUACUCCCAAAGAGGCCAAGUUGUUUCCUGCCCAUCUGGAGAUGCUGGAAAGAAGAGCAGAGAGAGUGAAAGAGUCACAGGUACAGCCCGAAGAACCAGCAGUGAAGCCUGCUGCUGCCCAAGAAGAGAUUGAAGUACCUAGAGCAGUUGAAGACAAAAGGCCUGAGCAGCUGCUAACAGGACCUACCAAGCCAGUCAAACCUGUUGUAAAAGCUGAAGAGUCAACCGCAAAGGUUGUGGAAGAAGUAAAAACUGUCAAAGUGGAUAAAGUAGCACCUGAGACAGAUGAAACCAAGGGACCUGUUCAAACACCGGGAGGAGUCAAGAAAGCUCUGCUCAAAAAAGUUAAAGUACACAAGGAAGAGACAGGGACGUUUGAGCUUCCCUCUCUGAGGAAAACCACUCCAAUUACAAAAGAUGAGGAGCAAGCACCAGAAAUGAUCAAACUGAGGAAGAUUCCAUCUGUUCCACCCAAAGAGUCAGAGGAGGAACAGAUGUCUCAGAAUGCCACCAGGACCGUAUGUGUUGAUAUGGUUGAGGUGGUGCAUGAAGAAGAGACAGCUGAGGUAUUGGUUACCACCAAGAGGUCUGAAGAGGAGAGGAAGACUAGAGAGAAAGCAGCUGUGUUGAAAAAGCAAGAUAUACCAAAGACGAAAGAAGUGGAAGAAAAACAAGAUACUAAACAUCAAUGGAGCCCUCAGAAAGGAACUCCAAAAGAUGAUAAAUCAGAGGAUACCAUUUCAUGGGAAAAAACUCCCAAAGCUCCACAGGAGGAGGAACCAGUCCAUCCUGGUGCUGCCUUGAAAAAAAUCAAACGACUGUCUUUAGAUGAAAAAGAACCAGAAGUUGUCAAACUAAAACCCUUUGAGAAGCCAGUCAAAGCGACUGAUGAGCCACAGAAAUCUGCAAAGGAUGGACCAGAAAAGAUGGUGGCUUUCCAGAAAGAACAGAGAAUUCCCAGAGAGGUGGAGGCCAAGGAACCUCCCAAGAAAGAUGAUAAAGAACCAGCAGAAGUAAAGGAGCCACUGGCCAAAGUGCUAAAGCCAGUAACGAAAGAUAUCCCUGAGGAAAAAGAGACAGAAGAGGCUAAAGCACCUGCAAAAUUAAAGAAAACUCCCACCCAACAGCCGGAGGCAGAGCUUGUUAAGCUGAAACCUUUUACACGCCCUUCAAAGGAGGCUGUCGAGCCCGAGAAGAAGUCGGCAGAAGAUGAAGUCAGGAAACCAACUGAAGACCUACGCCAGCAACGUAUCAUCACAGAAGACAAACCUGAAGAACAGAUGCUGGAUGCUACAUCAAAAAAACCUGACAUCAUUCAAGCAGAAGAGAAGAAGCCAGAGAAGCUCAAGGAGGCCGAGCCAGUUCCAGCAAGGAAGAUUGCUUCUCAGGUGCCUGAGAAGGUGCCCAAGAAAGCAGACCAAGUUCCCGAAGAGCCCAAACCUCUCAAACUGAGGAAGGCAGUCACACCAAAAACCAAAGAUCAAAAAGAAGAAGUGGCUUUGACACCUUUAGAGCAGCUCAAGAAGAUUCAACUGAAAAAGACACCAUCACCAAAAGUGGACAAACCUAAAGAAGCUGAAAUAGUCCCCACAGAGAGGAAGCUGAGUAUCGAACUAAAAAAGACACCUAAAACAGUUUCACCUAAAGAUUCCACAGAAGCCAUGACUCUUACAAAGGUAACCAAAAAGCCCUUGCAGGAGGAUCUAGAAGCAGAAAAGCCUCCAAAAGAAAAGAUUCCGCUGGUGAAGGAAGUUUCUCCUGGAGCAGUAGAGAUUAAGAAAGUGGCCACACAGCCAGAGGAGGAGGUGUUUGAGGAGGACUUUGGAGUUGAGAACAAAGCUGAGCUGGAGGAGGAAGAGGCUUGGGGCUGGGAACUGGUUCCUCAGGAAAGCGGCGAAGAUUGGGAAGGCGAAGGGGAAGAGGGCGCUCUGGAGGUACCGGGGGUGGCCAGGAGAGAGGGACAACCAGCAGAGGAGGCAGGACGAGGAAGAGGGCGAGGUCUCAAACUCAAGCAGACACCAUCGCCGGGUGAAGGCAGAGGGCGUGGCCUCAGGCCUGCUGGAAGAGGCACGCCGCCUCCAGAGGAACCUUUUGGAGGAUUCAAGCUCAAAGCUGUUCCACUGAAGUUCAUCAAGAAGCUUCAGGAUAUUGUGUUGCAAGAGGCAGAGUCUAUCGGCUCGUCAGCUGUGUUCGAGUGUGAGGUCUCGCCGUCCACCGCUGUCACGUCUUGGAUGAAAGAUGGCAGCAACCUGCGCGAGAGCCCCAAGCACAAGUUCACAUCUGAUGGCAAAGAUCGCAAGUUGAACAUCAUCGAUGUCCAACUGUCAGACACUGGAGAAUACACCUGUGUUGCUAAGAACGCUGGAAAGGAAAUCUCCUGCACUGCAAAGCUUAUUGUUGAAGAGCUUCCUGUGAAAUGGAUCAAGGAGUUGGAGGCAGAGACUUCAGCUAUAAAGGGACAGCCACUGUACUUGUCCUGCGAGUUGAACAAAGAGAGAGAUGUGGUUUGGAGGAAGAAUGGUGAGGUACUUAAGAAAGAGGCUAACAAAAUCCAGAUCAACAUUAUAGGUAUGCAGCAUGCAGUGACCAUCCAGAACUGCACUGAAGAGGACGCCGGUACAUAUUCAUGUGAAGUGGCUAACCAGGAGGAAGUGAAAACAUCAACAAGUGUGAAAGUGACCGAGAUCAUCAAAGAUUGGAUUGUGAAGCCUCUGAGGGACCAGCAUGUAAAACCGAAGGCCAACGCUACAUUUAAAUGCGAGCUGUUUAAGGACACACCCAACUGGAAGUGGCUAAAAGGAGAGAAGGAGCUGGCUCCCUCUGAUAAAUUGGACAUCAAGCAGGACGGGAAAGAUUUGACGCUGACCAUCAAGAACUGCCAGCCUGAUGACGUGUCAGAAUACUCUAUGGAGGUGGAGGGACGUGUCUACACAGCCAAACUGACGCUAGGAGAGCGCGAGGCGGAGAUCCUGAAGCCCCUGGCCAGUGUGGAGGUGGUGGAGAAGGAAGACGCUACAUUUGAGACGGAAAUAUCUGAGGAAGAUAUUCCAGGAGAGUGGAAGCUCAAAGGGGAGCUUCUGACAAGAUCUCCAACCUGCGACAUCCAAACUGAAGGUGGUGUCCGCCGGAUCACGUUGAAAAAGUGCCAGCUGGACCAAGCGGGUGAAGUGUCCUACCAGGCGCUGAACGCUGUAACAAGCGCAAUGCUCAAUGUUAAAGAAAUCCCAAUGGACUUUGUUGUCCCUCUGAAGGAUGUUAGUGUGCCUGAAAAGAAACAGGCUAAAUUUGAAUGCACCAUCACGAAGGAUGUUUCUAAGGUUAUGUGGUACAGAGGCAGUGACAUCAUCACACCGGAUGCGAAAUAUGACAUAAUUGAUGAUGGAAAGAAGCACAUGCUUGUCAUUAACUCCUGUGAGUUUGAUGAUGAGGAUGAGUACAGGAUUGAAGUUUUGGGCAAAGCGUCCACGGCACGACUCACGGUGGAGGGUAUCAGGCUCAAACUCAUUUCACCAAUAAAAGACCAAACAGUGAAGGAGGGCAGCACUGUUUACUUUGAGCUGGAGCUGUCUCAUGAAAAUGUUCCCGUCACCUGGUUCAAGAACGACGUUAAAGUCCAUCCUAGCAGAACUGUGCUCAAGCACGUAGAUGGGAAGCGACAUGUGCUCGAAAUAAAGGACGUGACCCUUGAUGACACUUGUCAGGUCAAGGCUGAGGCUAAAGGAAUUUCAACCAUGGCCAACUUAACAGUCAUAGAGGGAGAUGCAUACUUCACAAUCAAGCUGCAGGACUACACUGCAGUGGAAAAAGACAAGGUGUUGCUAGAAUGUGAACUCAACAGAGAUGUCCAGGUUGUAUGGUACCACAAUGAAGCUGAAGUGAAGGCCUCCAAAAUGGUGGCCAUUAAGGCCGAGGGCAAACACAGAUCACUUGUCAUCAGGAAAGUCGUAGACAACGAUAAAGGACAGUAUGUGUGUGACUGUGGAACAGACAAGACAACAGCAAUGCUUCACAUUGAAGCCCGCAACAUCCGAGUGCUGCGCCCAGUGUAUGGUGUAGAGGUGUUUGAAGGCGAGACGGCUCGCUUCGAAGUCGAGCUGAGUGAAGACGAUGUACACAGCCAGUGGAAACUCUGCGGCCAAGUCCUUAGUCCAUCUCCUGAUGUUGAGAUGGUGGAGGACGGUGCCAAGCACACGCUGGUGUUGUACAACUGCAAAGUGCCGCAGACGGGCGAGGUGGCGUUUAGCGCCGCCAACGCCAAAUGUUCGGCCAACUUGAAAGUGAAGGAACUUCCCAUCUCUUUCCUCACCCCAUUGGCCGACGUGCAUGUCUUUGAAAAGGAUGAAGCAAAGUUUGAGCUGGAAGUGUCCAGGGAACCCAAAAGUUUUCGCUGGCUCAAAGGAUCUCAAAUGCUGUCAAACGAUGAUAAGUAUCAGAUUCUGGACGAUGGCAAGAAACAUGCUCUUAUUGUGAAAUCCGCCAGAUAUGAAGACGAAGCCAAGUACACAUUUGAGGCAGAAGACAAAAGAACAUCAGCAAGGCUGAUUAUUGAAGGUAUUCGUCUCGAAUUUCUCAAACCUAUCAAAGACGUGACAGUGAAGGAGCGCGAAACAGCUGAGUUCAGUGUGGAACUCUCGCAUGAAAAGAUCCCAGUGGUUUGGUACAAAAACGGUGCACGCCUGCACCCCAGCAAGGUGGUGCACAUGUCUGAGGAUAGUCGAGUCCACAAGCUGGCCUUCAAGGAGGUCACGGUCGAUGACACAUCCAUGAUCAAGGUGGAGGCCAUAGACAAGACAGCGGAGGCCAUGCUCACCGUGCUGGAGGGCGACCUCUACUUCACGCUGAAGCUCCAGAACUACACUGCCAUAGAAAAGGAUGAGGUGGUUCUGUCCUGUGAGCUGAGCAAGGCCACAGGAGUGGUCCGAUGGUUCAAGGACGGCAAUGAAAUCUUUGCCUCCAAGAACAUUCUGGUCCAGUCAGAUGGCAGAAAGCGCAUGCUAGUCAUCAAGAAGGCAACCAAGAGCGACAUGGGAGCCUUCACCUGUGAUUGUGGCACUGACAAAACCACAGCCCAGCUCAACAUUGAAGAGCGUGACAUCAAGGUUGUACGUCCGCUAUACAGCGUGGAGGUGACCGAGACCGAGACGGCUAAGUUUGAAACCGAGAUUUCAGAGGAAGACCUUCAUGCCACGUGGAAGCUGAAGGGGGAGACGCUCCAUCCCUCUGCUGAUGUGGAAAUCAAGGAGGAAGGAGUGAGACACACCUUGAUCCUCUUCAACUGCCGCAAAGACAUGGCUGGGACUGUGGACUUCUCAGCAGCCAAUGCCAAGUCGUCGGCUCAGCUCAGGGUCAAAGCCCGAGUUAUCGGGUUGACGCGGCCUCUGACUGACGUGACGGUGACUGCCGGGGAGACCGCCACCUUUGAAUGCGAGCUUUCCUACGAAGACAUUGCUGUUGAGUGGUUCCUGGAGGGUACCAAGCUGGAACCCAGCGACAGAGUGGUGCUCAAGUCGGAGGGUAAAGUUCACAGCUUGACCUUGCGAGACGUCCAGCUAAAAGAAGCGGGACAAGUCCGACUGACCGCCAAGGACUUCCAGACUGAAGCCAACCUCUUUGUAAAAGAACCGCCGGUGGAGUUCACAAAGCCUUUGGAGGACCAGACAGUGGAGGAGGAAGCCACCGCCACACUGGAAUGUGAGGUAUCCAGAGAGAACGCCGAGGUGCAAUGGUUCAAAGAUGGACAGGAAAUCCGCAAGAGCAAGAAGUACGAGAUGAUCGUGGAUGGCCACAAGAGGAUACUGCUCAUCCACGGCUGCGCUUUGGAUGACUCGAGAACAUAUUCUUGUGACGCGAAAGACUUCAAAACUUCCUGCUUCUUAAAUGUUGAACCUCCGCAUGUUGAGUUCUCCAAGCCGCUCCAGGAUGUUGAGGUGCGAGAAAAAGAAUCCGCCAGGUUUGAGUGUGAAGUCUCCAGAGCAGAUGUUAAGGUCCGCUGGUUCAAGGACGGAAGUGAAAUAAGAAAAGGGAAGAAGUACGAAAUUGUAGCUCAGGGACGCCAACACAUCCUUGUUGUCCACAAGUCAGUGUUUGAUGACGAGGCCGAGUAUGAAUGUGACGCAAAAACUUGCAAAUCCUCUGGAAUGCUCACUGUUAUUGAGGAAGAGGCCAGGUUUACCAAGAACUUGUCCAAUGUGGAGGGAACCGAGACAGACAGCGUGAAGCUCAUCUGCGAGGUCUCCAAACCCAGCGCUGACGUCACCUGGUACAAAGGAGACCAAGAGCUGCCGGAGGGCGGCCGCUAUGAACAGAUUGUCGACGGGAAGAGGCGAAUUCUCCUCAUUCAGGACCUGAAGAUGGCCGAUGCCGGAGAGUACAACUGCCGGCUGAGUCCUAGCAUCAAAACGUCCGGAAACCUCAAGAUUAAUGAACUGGCAGCAGAGUUCAUCUCCAGGCCUCGCAACAUAGAGGUGGUGGAAGGUGAAAAGGCAGAGUUCACCUGCACCGUCUCCAAGGAAACCUUUGAGGUCAAAUGGCUGAAAGACGACAAAGAGCUGGAGGAUGGAAGCAAGUAUCAGAUGAGUCGCGACGGAAAGAGGCGGACUCUGGUCAUCAAUGAUUGCGAGCCCAAAGACGAGUGCAAAUAUGUGGUGAAGGUCGGCCCAACUAGAGCGACCGCUGACCUUACUGUGCUUGAGAAAUUGAAGAUCAUCACACCAUUGAAGGACACCGAGACCGGCGAAGGCCAGGAAGUGGUCCUGAACUGCGAGGUUAACAAUGAGGGAGCAAAGGCCAAGUGGCUAAAGAAUGAAGAGACUAUCUUUGAGAGCAGCAAGUACAUGAUGGCCCAGCGAGACAACGUCUUCUCGCUGAGGAUCAGAGAUGCACAGAAAGGCGAUCAAGCCAACUAUAGCAUCAGCCUGUCCAAUCAGAGAGGAGAGCAGGCCAAGAGCUCCUGCAGCCUCUCCGUCAAAGAGGAGAGUUUGAGGAUUGUUGUUCCUCUGGAGGACAUUGACACCCAGGAGAAAAAGACAGUCAGCUUCUCGUGCAAGGUCAACCGGCCCAACGCCACUCUGAAAUGGAUCAAGGCCGGCGAGGAGAUGGUCUUCAACAAACGCGUCAUCUACAAAGUCGACAAAGUCAAGCACACGCUGAUCAUCAAGGACUGCACGCUGGCCGACGAGGGCGAGUACACCGUUGUUGCCGGUGAAGACAAGUCUACAGCCGAGCUGAUCAUCAGUGAGGCGCCAACCGACUUCGCCAUGCAGCUGAAGGACCAGACUAUCACUGAGUUUGAGGAUGCAGAGUUCACAUGCAAGCUGACAAAGGAGAAGGCUGAUGUGAAGUGGUACAGGAACGGCCGUGAAAUUCGAGAAGGGCCAAGAUACACAUUUGAAAAAGAUGGUAAGACCUGCACCUUGCAUAUCAAAGAGUGCCGACCUGACGACGAGUGUGAGUAUGCAUGCGGUGUCGACGAGAAGAGAUCCAGAGCGAGACUCUUUGUUGAAGAGACCCCAGUGGAGAUCAUCAGGCCACCGCAGGAUGUGUUCCAACCUCCCGGCUCUGACGUGGUGUUUGAGCUGGAACUCAACAAGGACAGAGUGGAGGUGAAAUGGUUACGGAACAACAUGACAGUUGUCCAGGGAGACAAAUACCAGAUGAUGAGUGAAGGUAAAGUCCACAGACUGCAGGUCUGUGAGAUCCGUCCUCGAGAUCAGGGCGAGUACAGAGUCAUCGUCAAGGACAAAGACGCCAAGGCCAAGCUGGAGAUGGCAGCGGCGCCCCAGAUAAAAACCACUGAUCAAAAUUACGUCACAGACGCUGGGAAGCCUCUUGUCAUGGCAGUUCCCUACAGUGCAUACCCACAAGCUGAGGCAGACUGGCUGUAUGACAAUUUAAGUCUUCCCCAGGAUAGUGUCUACACGUCCUCCGAAUGCUCAGAGUACCGUCUGAAGGACCCUAGAAAAUCUGAUGAGGGUCGUUACAAGGUCAUCAUUAGGAACAAGCAUGGAGAGGGCGAAGCCUUCAUCAACCUGGAUGUCAUUGAUGUUCCAGGACCUGUGAAGAACCUGCAAGUGGUCGACACUGCUGACAGCGAAGUCAGUUUGGCAUGGGAGGAACCAGAGAAUGAUGGAGGAAGCAAAGUCAUUAGUUACUUGGUGGAGAGACGAGACGUGAAACGCAAGACCUGGACGCUGGCCACUGACCAUGCUGACAGCCCCGAGUACACAGUGACAGGACUCCAGAAGGACUCCAUGUACCUGUUCAGAGUCUGUGCUCGAAAUCGUGUUGGCAGCGGACCCACUGUAGAGACAGACAAACCUGUCCAGGCGAAAAACAAGUUUGAUGUUCCUGACGCUCCUCUUAAUGUGAUUGUUGGGAACGUCUCCAAGUUUGGUUGUACUGUGUCCUGGGAGCCGCCUGCAUCAGAUGGCGGUACUCCCAUUACCUCUUACAUCAUUGAGCUACGUGACAGGACGUCCGUAAAGUGGUCACCUGUCCAGGUGACAACCUCUGAUGAGCUCAGCGCCAUCAUUAAUGACGUCAUUGAGAACAAAGAAUACAUCUUCAGAGUCAAGGCUCAGAACAAAGCUGGUGUGGGCAAGCCCAGUGCUGCUUCCCAACCUGUGAAGAUCAUGGAUCCCAUCGAGCGUCCCAGCCCCCCCCAGAAUCUGGCCUAUCAGGACCAGAGCAAGAGCUCUGUGCAACUCAGCUGGGAGACACCUCUGAGGAAUGGUGGAAGCAUGAUCACAGGAUACAUCAUUGAGCGCUGUGAGGAUGGAACCGAUAAGUGGCUCCGCUGCAAUGCCCGCCUCUGCCCUGAACUAUUCUACAAGGUUUGCGGUCUCAAGUGUGGAACAAAUUACAACUAUCGAGUGUUUGCAGAAAAUGCAGCCGGAAUCUCAGAUCCAUCCAACAUCAUUGGACCUCUGCUGGCCGAUGACCCACACACUGGUCCGACUCUUGAUCUGAGCGCGUUUAAAGACGGCCUGGAGGUUAUCGUCCCGCAGCCGCUCACUAUCAAAGUCCCCAUCACUGGAUAUCCCACCCCCGUCGCCAAGUGGACGUUCGGCGAGAAGGAGCUGACUGCCACUGAUGAUCGGGUCACUCUGACCACGAGGUCCACAUUUGCAGAAUUAGUUGUCACGCCGAGCGUUCGGCCAGACAAAGGCAUCUACACCUUGCAGCUGGAAAAUGAUAUCACGUCUGUCUCUGGCGAAAUUGAAGUCAACGUCAUUGCCGCGCCCAGUGCACCAAAGGACUUCAAGGUGCAGGAAGUGACCCGCGAGCAUGUUCACCUGGCCUGGGAAGCUCCAGAGCAUGACGGAGGAAGUCCUCUGACAGGCUACCAGGUUGAAAAACGAGAGGUGUCCCGCAAGACCUGGGUCAAGGUGGCGACAAGUAUCCAGGAUCAGGAGAUGACUGUCACUGAUGUGGUUGAAGGGAAGGAGUAUCUCUUCAAGGUCACAGCCUGUAACAAGUGUGGACCAGGAGAACCUGCAUACAUUGAUGAGCCCAUCAAUGUAUCCUCUCCUGCCACUGUCCCUGAUCCUCCGGAGAACCUGAGGUGGAGAGACAAGUCAGCCAGCAGCAUCUUCCUAACCUGGGAGCCUCCCAAGUAUGACGGUGGCAGUGGCAUUCGUGGCUACAAUGUUGACCGUUGCCAGAGAGGAAGUGAUAGGUGGGAGCCCUGUGGAGACCUGAUCCCUGAGCUGAAGUUCCAAGUGACGGGUCUGACUGAGGGCCAGUGGUACUCGUACAGAGUCCGAGCCUUAAAUCGUCUUGGAGCCAGCCGGCCCUGCAAGGCCACAGAUGAGAUCCAGGCUGUAGAUCCCAAAGAGCCACCAGAGAUCCAUCUGGACUCCAAGCUGCUUGCUGGUCUGACUGCUAAAGCUGGUAGCAAGAUUGAAUUGCCCGCCGAGGUGACGGGCAAACCUGAGCCCCGGGUGAAGUGGACCAAGGCUGACCUGGUCCUCAAAGCUGAUGAUAGAGUCGCCAUCAACACCAAACCAGGACACUCCACCGUCACCAUCUCCAAGACCAAACGAGAUGACAGUUCCACCUACAUCAUUGAGGCCACAAACAGCUGCGGCCGCGCUACUGCCACUGUUGACGUCAACAUUCUUGAUAAGCCCGGCCCCCCAGCUGCCUUUGACAUCUCUGACAUUACCAAUGAGUCCUGUUUCCUGGCCUGGAACCCACCACGUGAUGAUGGUGGCUCAAGGAUCACCAACUACAUAAUAGAGCGACGUGCUGCAGACAGUGAGAUUUGGCACCGGCUCUCCUCCACUGUCAAACAAACAACCUACAGGGCAGUGGGACUGGUAAAGUUCAAGGAGUACAUUUUCAGGGUCUUUGCUGAGAACCAGUUUGGUGUGGGUCUACCAGCGGAACACCCAUCCAUCAUCGCUAGAUAUCCCUUUGAUACCCCCGGCGCACCCUACAAGCUGGAACCCUCGGACAUUGCCAAGGACUCACUGACUCUGAGCUGGUACGAGCCUGAUGAGGAUGGAGGAAGCCCAAUAACAGGGUACUGGGUGGAGCGAUAUGAACCUGACCACGACAGGUGGAUGCGAUGCAAUAAGCUGCCGAUUAAAGACACCAACUACAGGGUCAAAGGUCUUCCCACCAGGAAGAAGUACAAGUUCAGAGUCCUCGCUGAAAAUCUUGCUGGAACUGGAAAGCCAAGCAAGGAAACAGAACCAAUCCUUGUGAAAGAUCCAAUUGAUCCCCCAUGGCCUCCUGGUAAACCCACAGUGAAAGACGUAGCAAAGACUUCAUGCUUCCUGAUGUGGACCAAACCAGAGCAUGACGGGGGAGCAAAGAUUGAUGGCUAUGUCAUUGAGAUGCUCAAGAGUGGCACAACAGAUUGGAUCCGUGUGGCAGAGAAUGUCAACAUGACCGAGUACUUCUUGAAGGGCCUGAUGGAGAAGCAGGAGUACUCGUUCAGGGUGCGUGCAGUCAACGUGGCUGGAGAGAGUGAACCCAGUGAGCCCAGCGAUCCUGUUCUCUGCAAGGAGAGACUCAACCCCCCUUCAGCACCGCGCUGGCUUGAGGUCAUCAGCAUUAGCAGGAACAGUGCUGAGUUGAAGUGGACGCUUCCCGAGCGCGAUGGAGGCUCGCCCAUCACCAACUAUGUGGUGGAGAAACGGGACGUCAGACGUAAAGGCUGGCAGGCUGUGGACACCACUGUCAAGGAGCUGAAGUACACCGUGACCCCACUCAAUGAAGGCUCUCUAUACGUGUUCCGUGUCGCAGCUGAGAACGCCGUUGGCGUCGGCCCAUUCUGCGAGUUAGAGGACUCUGUGCUGGCCAAGGACACUUUCACCACUCCCGGGCCACCAUACGCCCUCGCUGUUAAUGCAGUGACUAAAAGAUACGUGGACCUGCAGUGGGAGGCACCUAAAAACGAUGGUGGCCGACCAAUCCUUCGGUAUUCUAUUGAGAAGAAGGAGAAGCUUGGAACUCGCUGGGUAAAGUGUGGAAAGACUUCCGGGCCCGACUGCAAGUACAGAGUCACUGACAUCAUAGAGGGAACUGAGGUUCAGUUCCAAGUCCGGGCGGAGAACGAGGCUGGAGUCGGACAUCCCAGCGAACCCACCGAGAUCCUAACUAUUGAAGACCCAACAGGUGUCCCAUCUCCUCCCAUCGAGCUGCAUGUGACUGCCGCCAGCAGGGACUUCCUGUCCAUCAGCUGGAAGCCUCCACAGAGGGACGGUGGCUCCCCCAUCAGUGGCUACCACAUUGAGAUGUGUGAGGCCGGAACAGAGAAAUGGAUGAGGGUCAACUCUCGUCCCGUGAAGGAGCUGAAAUACACUGUGGAAGAUGGAAUCGUUCCUGAGAAGGAAUAUAUUAUGCGAGUGAGAGCAAUAAACGCUGUGGGAGUCAGCGAGCCCUCCGAAAUCUCUGAAAACGUUUUUGCCAAAGACUCAGACUGCAACCCCACGAUAGACUUCCAGACUCUUGACCUGGUUGUCGUGGAGACAGAGAAGCUGCACAUUCCAGUUCCUUUCAAAGCCGUCCCCUCGCCCAAAAUCACUUGGCACAAAGAUGGGAAAGAGCUUAAGGCCGACGAUCGUCUCGGCCUGAGGAGAGAGUAUACAUCCUGUCACCUAGAAGUCGAUAGCAGUCUUCAUUCUGAUGCAGGCCAAUACAAAGUGACACUGGAGAAUAAACUAGGGUCUGCCAGCGCCACCAUCAACGUCAAAGUCAUUGGUCUUCCGGGCCCAUGUAAGGAAAUCAUGGCCUCAGAGAUUACCAAAAACUCCUGCAAGAUCUCCUGGGAUCCUCCUGACUAUGAUGGUGGAAGCCCAAUUCUUCACUACGUCCUGCAGCGGCGUGAGGCUGGCAGGAGGACAUAUGUCAACAUGAUGUCCGGAGAGAACAAGGUGAGCUGGAUUGUCAAAGACCUCAUCCCCAAUGGAGAGUACUACUUCAGAGUCCAGGCCAUAAACAAGAUUGGAGGAGGAGAGUUUAUUGAGCUACGCAACCCCGUAAUUGCUGAAGACCAGAAACAUCCACCUGACCCACCUGUGGAUGUGGAGACCCACAAUCCCACAUCAGGCACUAUCACGCUGACAUGGAAGCCUCCAAUGUACGACGGAGGUUCCAAGAUUAUGGGCUACAUCCUGGAGCGACAACAGAAGGGUGAGGACAAGUGGGAGAGGUGCAAUGACUUCCUGGUUCCGGUGCUUUCCUACACCGUCCGAGGACUAACAGAGGGCAAGAGCUACGCCUUCAGAGUCAAAGCCGAAAAUGCUGCCGGGGUUAGCGAGCCAUCACGCAGCACCCUGUUUGUCAAGGCCUCAGAUGCUGUUGAUCCUCCCAAAGUCUUCCUCAGUGGGAGUCUGCAAUCUGGCCUGAGCGUGAAGCGAGGCUGUGAGAUCUGCCUGGACGCCAACAUUUCCGGCUCACCAUACCCUCAGAUCACCUGGUACUGGAACAACCAGGUGAUCCGACCCGAGCCACUCCGCAAGAGGACAGAGAAACCACUGAAGAAAAAGGUGGAGAAGAAGAAAGAGAUAAAGAAGGAGGAAAGUGAAGGAGAAAAGAAAGAGGAGCAGAAGGAGGAAGCAGUAAAAGACACAGAGGAGAAAGGAGAAGAGAAAAAGGAGGAGGUUACCGAGCCUGAGGUGGAAGAGUCAGACUACCCAACUCUUGGCGAGCGUCUAUCCAUCAACAACAGCAGGAGGGGUGUAUCUUCUGUAGUUGUCAGAGACUCCAUCCGUGCUGACCACGGCAUCUACAUGGUGAAGGUAGAGAAUGACCACGGCAUUGCUUCAGCCACCUGUGAGGUCAACAUCCUUGACACCCCUGGACCUCCACUCAACUUCCAGUUUGAAGAGGUGAGGAAGAAUUCAGUCAUCUGCAAGUGGGAUCCCCCUCUGGAUGAUGGCGGCAGUGAGAUCCUCAACUACACACUGGAGAAGAAAGACAACUCCAAGUUAGAGCUUGGAUACAGUUGUGUCACCUCAACACUGAGAGGAUGUCGCUAUCUUGUGCCCAAACUCAUUGAGAAGAAAGAGUACAUUUUCAGAGUUGUAGCUGAGAACAAAUAUGGAGCUGGUCCACCCUGUAUCUCCAAACCUCUUGUUGCUAAGAAUCCCUUUGAACUACCCGAGGCUCCUGAAAAGCCACAAAUCGAUGACAUCACAGCCAACAGUAUGCUGGUCACCUGGAACGAGCCAAAUGACAACGGCAGCCCCAUUCUGGGAUACUGGGUGGAGCGGCGUGAGAUCAACAGCUCUCAUUGGACUCGCGUCAACAGAAACAUCGUCUCUGCCACCGAGCUGAAUGUUGAAGGACUCAUUGAGGGCCUGACUUAUAUCUUCAGAGUGGCAGCCGAAAACCAGGCAGGGCCCGGAAAGUUCAGUGUCCCUUCAGAUCCUAAGACAGCCCAAGCCCCAAUUUUACCUCCUGGACCACCAGUUCCACGAGUGACUGCAACAACGGACCACUCUAUUGACGUUGAAUGGGAUGCGCCCACUAACAAUGGAGGAGGAGAGAUCCUGGGAUAUCACGUGGAUAAGGCUAUCGCUGGUACCAAAGAUUGGUCCAGGUCUACAGAACGUCCAUGGAAGAGUCGAGCAUUUACUGUAUAUGGAGUCCGUGAGGGAGCCAAGUACCUAGUCAGGGUCAUUGCCUGCAAUGCUGCUGGAGAGGGAACACCGGGUUUCACAGAGUCUGUGUUCGUAAGGAAUCCGGCAGAGAUGCCUGUGGUCGAGCUGGACAUUUCAGUCAAGAAUGGUGUAGUCAUCAGAGCUGGUGAGAUGCUUCGUGUUCCAGCCACAGUCACCGGUAAACCCUACCCAUCUAUCACCUGGACAGUGGAUGACGCCAAACCUGACAAAGACCGUGUGGAGAUUCUCACAGAAGGCAAUGACAGCAUUGUUUCAGUAAAAAAUGCACAGAGGAAAGACUGUGGCAAAUACCAGAUCUCUGCAUGUAACCCAAGUGGCACCAAGUCUGCCUCCACUCGGGUGGAGGUCAUGGAUGUUCCUGGACCCGUCACAGACCUGAAGCCAGUGGUUGUAACCCGUAAGAUGAUAUUCCUGAACUGGGAUGACCCAGAGGACGAUGGUGGAAGUGACCUGACUGGCUUCAUUGUGGAGCGCAGAGAUGCCAAAAUGCACACAUGGAGGCAGCCUGUUGAAACUGCCUCCUCUAAGUGUGAAUGUGUCGGCAUCAUGGAGGGACAGGAUUAUAUGUUCCGUGUCAUUGCCAAGAACAAGUAUGGUAUGGGCCCACCGGUUGAGCUGGGACCCAUCAAGGCUGUGGACCCACAAGGACCACCAUCAUCCCCUGAGAAGUUCCACUACACAGAGCGCACAAAGAAUUCUAUCACCCUGGCCUGGAGGCCUCCUCGCAAUGAUGGAGGCAGUCCUGUCAUCGGGUAUUUUGUGGAGAAGAAGCGGCAAGAUCAGCAAGCCUUUGAGCCCUGUAACGCAGAGAUCUGUCCCAAUAUGACCAUGACUGUGGAGGGCUUGGAUGAGGCCUGGAUGUACGAGUUCAGGAUUAAGUGUGCAAACUUGAUUGGAGAAAGUGAGCCAUCUAUUCCACUGACCGUGGUCAUCCAAGAUGAUGAAGUGGCUCCUGAGAUACACAUGCUGAAGAUAUUCAAAGGCGACUGCAUCACUGUGAAAAAGGGCGAACCCAUCGAGAUCCCCACUGAAGUCCUGGGCCUUCCCAUACCCAAAGUGGAGUGGUCCAAAGAUGACGUAGUGAUUGAGAAGCCGACAGAAAAUCUGCUGAUGGACACUGAGGUGACCGGCAGGAUGAACUGCAAGUCAACGCUGUCUAUCCCUGCAGCCAACAGGAGGGAUCGUGGCUGCUACACCAUAUGUGCCUCCAACAACAUGGGCUCAGCCAAGCACACUGUCUCCGUCAUGGUGCUAGACCGGCCCCUUCCUCCUAGGAAUGUGACAGUGUCGGACAUCAAGGCAGAGUCCUGCUACCUUCAGUGGGACGCGCCCUUAGAUAAUGGUGGCAGCGAGCUGACUAACUAUAUUGUUGAGAAGAGGGACAUGACACCAGAGGAGCCAGAGGAGGAGGGACAGGAAGUGGAGCCCCAGUGGGUGGAGGUUACCAACAGCAUCAUUGACAGGAAAUAUCGGGUGUGGAACCUGGAAACCAACAAAUCCUACCUAUUCCGCGUAAGAGCUGAGAACCGCUAUGGCAAAUCUGACCCCUGCACAACGGAGGAAGUUCAGAUCACAGACCCCUUCGGCCUUCCAGGCCCACCAGAGAAACCGGCCAUCACUGAGUAUUCAAAGAACUCCAUGACCCUGACCUGGGAGCCACCACGAGACAAUGGCGGCUCCAUGAUCAUCGGCUACUGGCUGGAGAAGAGGGAAAGAGGCUCAGCCUAUUGGGCCAGAGUCAAUAAGAUGCCGGUCACCAAAAGGGGAAUGAAAGGCUGGGAGUACCAGGUGACUCGGUUGAUUGAAGGAAGUGAGUACGAGUUCAGAGUUGCUGCCUUCAACUCAGCAGGAACUGGACCAUUCAGUGGACCAUCUGACCCAGCUUUUGCUGUUGACCCUCUGACACCUCCCAGCAUGCCUGCAGCUCCCGUGGUGGCUGACAAGACGAAGCACAGUGUCACGCUGUCUUGGAAGCCACCGGAGAAGGACGGAGGAAGCCCCAUCAAGGGCUAUAUCAUCCAGAUCCAGGAUGAGGGCAAAUCAGAUUGGGUGAGGGUGAACGAUCCAGACCAGCUGCAUCCCACCACUGAGUUCACUGUGCCGAGUCUCCGUGAGCUUAAACGCUACAGAUUCAGAAUUAUUGCAGUCAACGACAUAGGCGAGUCAGAUCCCAGCCCCCGCACCAGCGAGGUCCUGGUUGAAGACGUCAAGCUCCCACCUUCCAUCACCAUUGACAUCGUGGUAGAUGACCUGCUGUAUAUCCGUGCUGGAGAUCCAAUCAGGAUCCCUGCCAUCAUCAAGGGACGUCCUGCACCAAAGGUGACAUGGGACUUUGAUGGGAAAGCCAAAACUCACAAGAAGAAAAAACUGCACACACUUCCUGUGGACUCUGAGGUUGAGUCCACAGACACCACGUCCACUGUAACCAUCCCUGUCAGCCUAAGAAGCCAUUCUGGACGCUACACCAUCACCGCGAAGAACAAGUCUGGACAGAAACAUGUCAAUGUCAGAGUCAACGUCCUUGAUGUUCCCGGACCUCCAAAAGAGCUGAGGGUGACGGACAUCACUCGUUCAACCAUGAGGUUGAUCUGGAAACUGCCUGACAAUGAUGGUGGAGAAAGAAUCAAGAGCUACUUCAUUGAGAAAAAAUGUGUCACAGACAAGGCCUGGACCAAGGUGAAUGCAGCCUGCGCCAGUCAAGCUUUCGUGGUACCUGGCCUGCUGGAAGGACAGAACUACCUGUUCAGAGUGCGAGCCGAGAACAGGCUAGGAUUUGGCCCAUUUACCGUUACAACUGAUCCUGCUCAGGCCACAGACCCAAUCUACCCACCGGACCCCCCCACCCAUCUGAAGGUCAAUCUGGUGACAAAGAACACAGUCACUCUGAGCUGGGAGCCUCCCAAAAAUGAUGGUGGCUCUCCUGUUAAGCAUUACGUCAUUGAGCGUUUGAGCUGGGACACCAGCGGCAAAGAAAAGGAGACGUGGAAGCAGUGCAACAAGAGAGAUGUUGAGGAGCUCACGUUUGUGGUGGAGGACCUGAAGGAGGGAGGCGAGUACGAGUUCAGAGUGAAAGCUGUAAACGCUGCCGGACCAAGUAGACCCUCCGCCACCGCCGGACCAUUGGUCAUUAAGGAUCAGACAUGCGCUCCCACCAUCGAGCUGCGCGAUGUCAUGGAGGGUGAGGAAGGCUGUGACAUUAGUAUUGUGGCUAAGGUGAGCGGAUGUCCUUUCCCGAUGCUCACCUGGCACAAAGCCAGUCUAUCCAAACCCGAGGAGAAGGCCGCCAUCCAGUACGACCAGCACAUUAACAAACUGGUGAGCCGGGACAAGUGCACACUGCUGAUCCAGCAGGCCAGCAGGGAGGACAGCGCCCUAUUCAGCCUGAAGGCCAGCAACAGCCUGGGCACGGUCACAAAGGACAUUAAGCUUUUUGUGCUUGGACCUCCUGGUCCUCCCGUAGGACCAAUAAAGUUCACCGAGGUGUUUGCAGAGAGGAUUGGGCUGGCCUGGAACCCGCCCACAGACGACGGUGGCUCCAAGAUCACCAACUACGUCAUUGAGAAGCGCGAGGACAACCGGAAGUCUUGGGUCCACAUCUCAAACGACCCUAAAGAGUGCGCCUACCUGGUGACCCGCCUGACUGAGAACCACGAGUAUGAGUUCAGAGUCAUGGCGCAAAACAAGUUUGGUGUUGGGCCACCGUUGGUCAGUGAGCCAGAGAAGGCCAGAAACCUCUUCACGGUGCCUGGUCAGUGUGAGAAGCCUACAGUGAGUGAAGUCUGCUUGGAGUCUAUGACUGUCAACUGGGAGGAGCCUAAGUACGACGGCGGUUCCUCCAUCACUGGCUACUUCAUCGAGAAAAAGGAGACCACCAGUAAGCGUUGGACCCGCAUCAGCCGCGAGCCAAUCCGGGCGCUGCCGCUGGGCAACAAUUGGGACGUCACCGGCCUGCUAGAGGGUGCCAUGUACCAGUUCAGAGUCAUCGCAGUCAAUGCUGCCGGCUGCGGCCUGCCCAGCGUGCCCUCUGAUCCCAUGCUCUGCAGAGACCCCAUCAAGCCUCCCGGGCCACCGACUCCAAAGGUGAUAGACUGGACCAGGUCAACGGUGGAGUUGGAAUGGAUUCCGCCACUGCUGGAUGGAGGUUCAAAGGUCACAGGCUACAUUGUGGAAUUCAAGGAGGUGAACAAGGAGGAAGAGGAGAAGAAGGCUCAGAGGAGGCUCCUGCUGAGCACGGGUGAGGAGGAGAAGGAGCCUGAGGCCGAGGAGAGCUGGGAGAAGGCCAAGGACACAGAGAUCAGGGGAACCAAGUUUGUGGUGGCCGGUCUCAAAGAAGGCGCUCUAUACCGCUUCAGAGUCCGAGCCGUGAAUGCCGCUGGUGUUGGCGAGCCGGGACUUGUGUCCGAGUUGAUCGAAGUCAAAGACAGGACAAUUCCACCUGAGAUGGACCUGGAUGCCUCAGUGAAAGAGAAAAUUGUCGUUCACGCUGGUGGAACAAUCCGAAUCAUCGCCUACGUGUCCGGCAAACCAGCUCCGGUGAUCAGCUGGUGCAGAGAUGAUGCUGAGGUGCCCAAAGAAGCCAUUGUGGAGACAACAGGUAUCUCCAACUCUCUGGUCAUAAAGAACUGCAGACGGCAGCAUCAGGGCAUCUACACGCUCUGCGCAAAGAACGAGGGUGGCGAAAGGAGGAAGGCUGUGAUUGUGGAGGUCCUGGAUGUCCCCGGACCAGUCGGCCUCCCCUUCGCAGGCGACAACCUGACCAAUGACUCCUGCAAGCUGACCUGGUACUCUCCUGAAGAUGAUGGCGGCUCUGCCAUUACCAACUACAUCAUCGAGAAGAGGGAGUCGGAUCGCAUGGGCUGGACCUCUGUGUCCUACACAGUGACCAGGAACAAUGCUGUGGUGCAAGGACUGCUCGACGGUAAAGGCUAUUUCUUCAGGAUUGCUGCAGAGAACAUCAUCGGCAUGGGACCUUUCAUCGAGACAGAUAAAGUGGUGCUCAUCAAAGAUCCCAUCUCCGUACCAGAGCGUCCAGAAGAUCUGAUCAUCACCGCCGUCACCAAGGAAUCAAUCUCUGUUGCCUGGAGGCCACCAAAGUAUGAUGGUGGUGCAGAGGUUACAGAGUAUGUCCUUGAAUCUCGCAUGAUUGGCAGGGACAACUUCAUUCGUGUUGGAGGUGAAGAUAAGCUGAUGGACAAGAAGUUCAUACUUACUGGACUGAAAGACGGCUCAAGUCAUGAGUUCAGAGUGUCAGCUGUCAAUCAAGUGGGACAAGGCAAAUCUUCCUUUGCCACCAAACCUGUCCAGUGCAAAGAUGAGCUCGAACCACCAUCUUUGGACCUGGACUUCAGAGACAAGAUGAUGGUGAAGGUGGGAGACAGUUGUACACUGUCUGGACGUUACAGUGGCAAACCAGUCCCAACUAUUACAUGGACAAAGAAUGACGAGGAGCUGAAGGCAGACGAGGACAUCAGCUUCCACAGCACCAGCCGUCACCUCAGUCUCAACAUUAGCAAAGCCAAGCGGGACCACAGCGGACACUAUUGUGCCAGCGUGGAAAAUGCAGCUGGAACUCGCACAGGAAUCUGCACCAUCACUGUCGUCGACGUUCCUCAGCCUCCACAGGGCCCCGUGGUGUUUGACGAGGUCUACGGGAACCACAUGGUCAUUUCCUGGAAGCCUCCUCUGGACGACGGAGGCUGUGCUAUCUCCAACUACAUCGUUGAGAAGAGAGACACCAACAGAGACCUAUGGAUGCCCGUCACCUCAUCCUGCACCAGGACAACCUGCAAGGUGCCAAAACUGAUUGAAGGUCGCGAAUACAUCAUCAGGAUCAUGGCACAGAACAUCUACGGCAUCAGCGGGCCGCUGCUGUCCGCAGAGGCAAAGGCCAGAGACAUUUUCAAGGUACCUGAUGCUCCCAAACAGCCUACGGUGAAGGAGGUGUACCAUGACUGUGCCCUCAUUAGCUGGGAGCCUCCUGCGGAUGGAGGAAAGCCAAUCACAGGCUACAUUGUGGAGAGGAAGGAGACUAUGGCCAACAGGUGGGUUCGGUGCAACACAGAGAGGAUCCAUCCCAAGGUGGAAUACUUGGUGAUGGACCUGCUUAAGGGCUGUGAGUACGAGUUCAGAGUCAGUGCUGAGAACAUGGUGGGUGCUGGAGACCCCAGCCCACCAUCUAAGCCGGUCUUUGCCAAAGACCCCAUCGUGAAGCCCAGCCCUCCACUUAACCUCAAAGCUGUGGACCACACCAAAGAGUCAGUGACUCUUUCCUGGCAGCCACCCACUGACACUGGUAGAGGAAAGAUCUUUGGCUACCUGCUGGAGUUCCAGAAAGCUGGAGAGGAGGAGUGGCAAAAGGUGAACCAGACUCCAGAUUCUUGCCAAGACACUAAGUUCAAGGUGAUCAACCUAGAUGAGGGAGCUCUGUACCGUUUCAGAGUUAUGGCUGUCAAUGCUGCUGGGGAGUCUGACCCUGCUAACAUAAAAGAACCAAUCAGAGUGCAGGAUAGACUUGAGCCUCCAGAGUUGAUUCUGGAUGCUGGGAUGACUCGGGAAGUCAAGGCCAUGGCUGGCACCCAUAUCACUCUAAUGGCUGCCAUCAAGGGCAUCCCCUUCCCCACUGUCCUCUGGAAGAAGAACGAUGCUGAGGUGCCAACCAGGGCAGACAUUGAGACCAACCAAGAGAGCACCAAGCUGGAGAUAAGGUUCUGUAACCGUGGCGACUGUGGAGACUACACACUCACCGUGGAAAACCCUGCUGGGUCUAAGACUGUCACCUGCACAGUGCUGGUCCUUGAUAAACCUGGUCCUAUUCAGCACCUUCGAGUAUCAGAUGUUAGGAGCGACUCAGCCUACCUGUCUUGGAAAGACCCGGAGGACAAUGGAGGCACUCGCAUCACUAACUUUGUGGUGGAAAAGAAAGACACAGCCUCCACUCAGUGGGUUCCUGUCUGCUCCACAUCAAAGAAACGCAGCAUGAUGCUGAAGCACCUGAUGGAGGGAAUGUCCUACACAUUCCGAGUUGCUGCUGAGAACCAAUAUGGCCGCAGCGAAUACGUGGAGACGCCAAAGGCUAUCAAAGCAAUGAAUCCACUCUUCCCACCUGGUCCUCCCAAAGACCUGCAUCAUACUGAUGUGGAUAAGACAGAGGUGUGGUUGGUCUGGAAUUGGCCUGACCGAAACGGCGGAAGUGAGAUCACCGGCUUCCUGGUGGAGUAUCAAGAGGAAGGAGAGAAGGAAUGGGAUGAGUGGCAGACUGUCAGCAUCCCAGAGAGUCAUGUGACAGGCCUGGAGGAAGGGAAGACCUUUCGCUUCCGAGUGAGAGCGGAGAACGCCAUAGGCCUCAGCAGACCCGACACCACUGUUCCUAUCCUUUGCCAGGAGAAGCUGGUGCCUCCAAUCGUCGAAGUUGAUGUCAAGCUGACAGAGGGCAUCACUGUUAAGGCUGGGACCACUAUCAGGCUGCCUGCUAUCAUGAGAGGGAUUCCAGUCCCUACCGCCAAAUGGUCCAUUGAAGGAGAGGAGAUCACCAGCGAAGGGAAUAUUAAGAUCGACACAGACAAUUUUUCCACAGUACUCAGCAUCAACGAGUGCACCAGAAAUCACACUGGCACUUACUUGCUCACCGUUUCAAACCUUGCUGGGACAAAGACAGCGGCUCUGAAUGUCACAGUCCUGGACGUCCCAGCUGCACCCAUUGGACCAGUCAACAUUCUGGAGGUCACUCCUGACUCCAUGAUGAUCGAGUGGCGUCCUCCUAAGGAUGAUGGUGGCAGCUCUGUCACUAACUACAUUGUGGAGAAGAGAGAUUCCAAUAAGGAAACCUGGGGAGGAGUUAGCUCUGGAAGCCUUGCCACAAAGCUCAGGAUAAUCCGCCUGCAGAAGGGAGUUGAGUAUGUGGUUCGCAUUCGCGCUGAGAACAAGAUGGGCAUUGGUGCUCCUCUGGAGAGCAAGCCCACUGUUGCUGAGCAUUCCUUCAUGCCACCUAGUCCUCCUGGUAAGCCACAGCCACAUGAUGUUUCGGAGGAUGGUGUUACUCUUGGGUGGACCAUGCCGUUGUCUGACGGUGGGAGUCAGAUCACUGGCUACAUAAUUGAGCGAAGACACAAAGGAGGAAAGUGGAUCCGUGUGAACAAGACACCUUGCAGAGACCUCAGAUACAGAGUCUUGGGCUUGUUUGUGGGAAAUGAGUAUGAAUUCAGGAUAUUUGCUGAGAAUAGCGCCGGCUACAGUGGCCCCUCUCCCAUCUCUGACCCCUGCAAGCCUUGCAGACAGAUCACUGCCCCAAGCCCCCCUGUCAACCCAAAAGUUAAAGAUUACAGCAAGUCUACGGCAGACUUAGUAUGGAUAAAACCCACCAAAGAUGGAGGCAGCCCAAUUCUGGGGUACACUGUGGAAAUGAAGAAGGCUGAUGCAGAAGGCUGGAAGAAAAUCAAUAUGGAUGACUUCAUCAAGCAGUGUGCAUACACAGUGAAGGGGCUUGAGGAGGGUGUCACUUACAGGUUUAGAGUUUAUGCCUCAAAUAUGAUUGGAGAUGGUGAGUCUCGAGAGAUUCCAGAGUCCGUCACUGCUCAAGACAUACUUAUUCCUCCAGAGAUUGAAAUGGAUGCCACAUGUCGUGAGCGUGUCACUGUUCGUGUUGGACACAACAUUAACAUCAUCGGCUAUGUUAAAGCCCGUCCCGACCCUGAAGUGCUGUGGUCAAAGGAAGAGACUAUUCUGGAGAACAGCAAGCGUGUAGCUAUCAUUCAGAACCUACCUGUGGUAAAGCUGAGGAUCAAGGAGGCUACCAGAGCUGACCACGGCAAAUAUAUUCUGAAGGCCUCAAAUGAGGGUGGAGAAGCCUCCUGUGCCAUCACGGUAAAUGUGCUGGACAGGCCCAGUCACUGCCAGAACCUCCACAUGACCUACGUCACCAAGGACUCAUGCAUGAUCAACUGGGAGGCACCUAAAGACAACGGUGGAUCUGAGAUCACCAACUACAUUGUGGAGUGCCGAGAACCUAGCAUCAGCAUGUGGUCUAUGAUCUCUUCACACUGCACCAAUCGCAAGAUCAAGACCAAACUGAUGGAGGGCCACGAAUACUUUUUCCGUGUCUGUGCAGAAAACAAGAUGGGACCUGGACCCACUGUGGAGACCAAGGUCCCUUUGCUGGCCAUCGACCCCAUUGAAAAGCCAGGCGAGCCUGAGAACUUUAGGGCAACCGAUAUAGGCAAGAAUCAUGUUUACCUGAGAUGGAGGAAGCCUGACUAUGAUGGUGGUAGCCCCAACCUUUCUUACAACCUGGAGUACAAAGCCAAAGAUGCAGAGGAGUGGGAAAAACUCAACACCAGCAUCCUAACUGACACAUUCUUUUUGGCGGACAAAUGUAUCGAAAACCAGACUUACACUUUCAGGGUGCAGAGCAUCAAUGAAGGGGGGGAGAGUGGCUGGGUUAAACUUGCAGAUAUUUUGGUGCGAGAAGAAAUUCAAAAGCCCGUCAUUGACCUGAGGCUGGCCGGAACACUUACAGUAAAGGCUGGAGAGUCGGUCAGGAUAGAGGCCGGCCUGAGAGGGAAGCCUCAGCCGGAAGUCAAGUGGACAAAGGACAAGGCGGUUGGAGACAACCCCAGAAUCAGCUACGAAACUGGUCCUGAUUACUCCAAGUUCCUUUUGACUAAGUCAAAACGUACAGACUCCGGAAAAUAUAUCAUCACUGCCUCCAACUCCGCCGGAACCUUCACUGCAUAUGCUAAUGUUAACGUCCUGGACGUUCCUGGCCCUGUCAGGAACCUCAGAGUCACUGGCAUUGGAGCAGACAAGUGCAGAGUGGUUUGGGAUGCGCCAGAGGAUGACGGAGGCUGUGAAGUUGACAGCUAUAUCCUGGAAAAAUGUGAAACCAGAAGGAUGGUCUGGUCCACAUAUUCUGCAUCUGUAGUUACAUCCUACUGCAAUGUCAUUCGUCUCGUAGAGGGCAAUGAGUACAUCUUCAGAGUGAGGGCUGAGAACAAGAUGGGAACUGGCCCGUCAAUGGAGACCAAGCCUGUCACUGUCAAGACUCAGUUCAACAGGCCUGGACCACCUGAUGCCCCAGAGGUUACAAAGGUGAGCAAAGAAGAGAUGACAGUUGUCUGGGCUCCUCCUGAGAAUGAUGGAGGAAAGUCCAUCACCGGCUACAUUCUAGAAAGAAAGGAAAAGAGGGCAGUGCGCUGGGUUCCAUGCACUAAAAGUCCCAUCUCUGAGAGACGCAUGAAAGUGACCAACUUGAUCCCCAACCAUGAGUAUCAGUUCAGGGUCAAGGCUGAGAAUGAAGUUGGUCUGGGAGAUCCUAGCAAACCCUGUAGACCUGUUACAGCCAAAGAUCCCAUUGAACCUCCUGGCCCACCUGCAAGCCUGAAGGUGGCUGACAGCACCAAGAACUCGGUCACACUUUCCUGGUCUAAACCUGUAUAUGAUGGGGGUGCCCCGAUUAUUGGCUAUAGCCUGGACAUAAGACUGAAGAGUGAGGUGGACCCUGAGAAGCCCACAGAAGGCUGGAAGAGGAUUGACACACAUGGGCCACUGGUCCUCACAGAGUUCACCAUAGGGCAGCUUGAUGAGAAGCAGGAGUAUGAGUUCAAGGUCUCCGCCCAAAAUCAGGUGGGCUGGGGACGUCAUGCUUACUUAAAGGAGGCCGUCUCCCCUAAGGAGAUCCUGGAGGCUCCCGAGAUUGACCUGGAUGCAAGUUUGAGGAAAGGUCUUGCUGUAAGGGCUGGCUGUCCAAUAAGACUUUUUGCUGUUAUCCGAGGACGGCCCGCACCUAAGGUGACCUGGAAGCGAUUGGGUGUGGACAAUGUGGUUCGCAGAGGUCAUGUAGACCAAGUGGACACCAUGUCCUUCCUGGUCAUCCCUGAAAGCAGCAGAGAAGAUUCUGGAAAAUACUCACUCACUCUGUCCAACUCUGCUGGAGAGAAAGCCGUCUUUGUUCGUGUCAAAGUUCUCGACACCCCUGGUCCUGUUGGUGGCCUCGAGGCAACUGAUCUCACGAAAACAACAGCUCAACUGUCCUGGUUGCCACCAGAGAAUGAUGGUGGAAGCCCCAUCCUCAAUUACAUUGUGGAAAAACGGGAGGUGGACAGGAAGACCUGGACGAAGUGCACAGAAGACCUAAAGAAGACUAGCUUCAAGGUGACCAACAUGUCACCUGGCACUGAAUACUACUUCCGUGUGAUGGCAUGCAACAAGUAUGGAAUUGGCGUUCCUCAGGAUUCUCCCAGGUCUUACCUGGCUGUGGACCCCAUCAGUGAGCCAGAUCCACCAAAGAAGAUGGACGUUUUGGAGAUCACAAAGAACAGUGCCACACUUGGCUGGCUGAAGCCGCUCAGAGAUGGAGGAGCAAAGAUCAAUGGUUAUGUUGUGGACUACCAGGAGGAGGGUGCCCCAGAGGACAAGUGGACACCAUAUUCAGUGGUCAAGGACUUGACUAUUGUGGUUGUUGGCCUGAAGGAAGGAAAGAAGUACAAGUUCAGGGUAGCAGCCAGGAACUCAGUUGGAGUCAGUCUUGCUCGGGAGGCCGAGGGAGUAUUUGAGGUCAAGGAGCAGCUCAUGGCUCCAAAGAUCAUUAUGCCUGAUACUGUGACAGUCAGAGCCGGAUCCAAAAUGGUCAUUGAGGCUAUUGUGGCGGGUAAACCCGCUCCCUUCUGCAAGUGGAAACAGGGCAACGAAGACGUGCUGACUUCUGACCGCCUUUCUGUCUUCAAGACACUUACAAGUUGCACACUCAGCAUUAAGAAUGUGACUAGGACAGACAGCGGCUACUACAGCCUUUCGGCCGAAAAUAGCACAGCCAAGAUCAACCAGAUCCUCAAAGUCAUUGUCAUGGACAUCCCAGGACCACCUGGAUGUCCUCUUGAAAUCACCGAGCAAGACAUUGAUGCCUGCACGCUCCUCUGGAACUCUCCUCAGGAGGAUGGUGGCAGCAAUAUCACCAACUACAUUGUGGAAAAGUGUGACAUUAGCCAGGGCGACUGGGUUACCAUGUCUUCUUCCUGCACCAAAACCAGCUUCAGGGUGACUAAACUGACACCCGGCAAAGAGUACAGCUUCCGGGUUCGUGCUGAAAACAGGUUUGGUAUCUCUGAGCCCAUCUACUCUGAGAAGAUGAUUGCCAGAUAUCCGUUUGAUCCUCCCAGUGAACCCAGAAACCUGCAGGUUAACAAGAUCAACAAGGACUUUGUCAUCCUCUCAUGGGAGCGUCCCAGCAGCGAUGGAGGAAGCCCAAUUACUGGGUACUGCAUUGAGAAAAAGGAGAGGAACAGUCUACUGUGGGUCACGGCUAAUGAGUCUGUGGUGAAAGCCACCCAGUACACCUGCACUGGUCUGAUCGAGGGCCUGGAGUACACGUUCAGGGUGUCUGCCCUUAACAUUGCUGGACAGGGCAAACAUUGCAAGCAGACUGAUUUCAUCACCGCCAGGACUGCUGUCGACCCUCCAGGUAAGCCUGAGCCCAUGGAUGUGACCAAGAGCUCAGUCUCAUUGGUGUGGACCCGGCCCAAGCAUGAUGGUGGCAGUAAACUGAUUGGCUACUUUGUGGAGUACUGCAAGCUUCCAGAGGAGAAGUGGACACGCUCCAACAGUAACUGCAUAAGCAUCCAGGCAGAAAACUAUGUGGUGACUGGUCUGGAGGAGGGGCAGCAGUACCAAUUUAGAGUAAUCGCCAAGACGGCUAUUAACAUCAGCCAGCCCUCGGAGCUGUCUGAUCCCAUUCCUGUCAUCGCAGAGAAUGUUCCUCCUCGUGUGGAGUUGGGAGUCAACAUGAAGAACCUGAUUGUGGUAAAAGCCGGAGAGAACGUCUUCCUGGAUGCUGAGGUCUUUGGCAAGCCAUUGCCAAAGGUAAGCUGGAAGAGAGACGGCAUACCUCUGGUACUGGCAGAGGGAAUGAAGAUGACCCAGAAGAAACACCUCCACCUGCUGGAGCUGUAUUCUGUCACCAGGAAGGAAUCGGGCGACUAUGCUAUUGUUGCUGAGAACAUCAAUGGGAGCAAGUAUGCCACCAUUAAAGUGAAAGUGCUUGAUAAACCAGGUCCUCCAGCUUCAGUGAAAACCACCAAAGUGUUUGCGGACCGUGUCAAGCUGCGGUGGGAACCCCCGCUGGCAGACGGCGGGUCUGAAAUCACUAACUACAUCAUCGAGAAGCGUGAAACCAGCAGGGCCAACUGGGCGCUUGUCACCUCCAACAUUCACGGUCACAUUACUGACUGCUCAGUGGAGAAACUUAUCGAAGGACACGAGUACCAGUUCAGAGUCAGUGCUGAGAACCAGUACGGCGUAGGAGAUGCUGUCAUGACUGACCCUGUCGUGGUCAAGAACCCGUAUGAUGUUCCUGGCCCAUGUGAUCCGCCUGUCAUCACCAAUAUUACCAAGGACUCCAUGACUGUUAGCUGGAAGGCGCCCGCUAACGACGGUCGAGCAACCAUCCUUGGUUAUAUGGUAGAGAAGCGUGAAGCCACAGAGUUGACCUGGGCCAAAGUCAACCGCAGGCCAGUGAUUGACAGGACCAUCAAAGCAGCUCAGCUAACUGAGGGCUCUGAGUAUGAGUUCAGAGUCAUUGCCAUGAACAAAGCUGGGCUAGGCAAACCAAGCGAUGCAUCCAAUGCUGCUCUGGCUGUUGACCCCGUCUACCCCCCAGGCCCGCCUGCCUUCCCCAAGGUGGUGGAUUCUACAAAGAACUCCAUCAGCCUGAGCUGGACUAAGCCAGCCUAUGACGGUGGUUGUGAGAUCAUUGGCUACCUGGUAGAGUGCAAACUAGCAACUGCAGAGGACUGGAACAAAUGCAAUGUUCCCAAGAAGCUUCAGGCUACCAAGUUUUUGGUGACAGGCCUGAUGCAUAACACAGAAUACCAGUUCAGAGUCACUGCUGUCAACAAGAUUGGCUACAGUGAGCCUAGCGAAGUCCCUGGAAACCACAUGGCCAAGGACAUCCUCAUUGCUCCGGAAGCUGAACUGGAUGCCGAACUGAGGAAAGCAUUGGUUCUCCGUGCUGGCGUCACCAUGAGGCUCUACGUUCCCCUGAGAGGGCGCCCAGCACCAAAAGUGACAUGGAGCAAAGUGGAUGCCAAUCUGAAGGAGCGAGAGGGCCUCUUGAUCAAGACAUCUGAGUGGGAUACCCUGCUCAUGAUUGAAGACAUUAACAGAUAUGAUGCUGGCAAAUAUGUCCUGACCCUGGAGAACAGUAGUGGUUCCAAAAGCUACACCAUUGUGGUGAAGGUUCUUGAUUCUCCUGGGCCACCUCUUAACCUGACUGUGAAGGAGACUUCCAGAAACCAUGCUUGCAUCACCUGGGAUGCACCAUUGAUCGAUGGUGGCAGUCCAGUCAAGAGCUACAUUGUUGAGAAGCGUCUAGCAGAGAGGAAGGCCUGGACCUGUGUGUCAGCAGAGUGUCACAAGAUCUCCUAUAGAGUCACCAACCUGGAGGCAGGACAAGCUUACUGCUUCAGAGUGCUGGCCGAGAAUGCUUAUGGCAUCGGAGAGGGCUGCGAGACCACAGGCAGUGUGCGAGCCUCAGAGCAACCUGGUCCAGUGAUGGACUUGAAGGCCAAGAAGACCACUAAGGAUUCGAUCACUCUGGCUUGGAAAAAGCCUGUCAGUGAUGGCGGAAGUCAUGUAAGUGCCUACAUCGUGGACCAGAGUGAAGGCGAGAAGUGGAAGCAGAUUAUGAGGGGCAAAAAUACCUCUUUAGCAGUCAGUGAGCUCACUGAGGGCAAGGAGUAUUUAUUCAGAGUCAGGGCACUCAACGAAUCUGGAGAGGGGCCACCCACUGAGCUCAGUGCUGUUGCCAAGGACCAGUUUGUCCUGCCUGACUGCAACCUGAGCAGUCUACAUGAUGGCUGCUAUGUGGUGAAGGAAGGCACUACCAUCCGCAUUAACAUCCCUAUCCUUGGUGUGCCAUAUCCCACUGCCGCAUGGAAAAAGGGUGACGUAAGCCUUGGAGACACUGGGCGCAUGUGUGUUGAGGCAUCUCAAGGCAUUACCACCCUGCUAAUCAGAGACUGCCAGAGGGGAGAUGCUGACACAUACAACAUCAAUGUCAGGAACAGCACAGGCUCCAAAGAUUGCAAAUUCCAGCUCAAGGUUGUGGGCAAACCUGGUGUCUGCACUGGGCCCAUAAAGUUUGAUGAGAUCACAGCAGAUGGCAUCACGCUGGAAUGGGAGCCACCCACAGAUGAUGGCGGUGCAGAGGUGUCCAACUAUAUUGUUGAAAAAAGGAGGACAACAGACAACAAGUGGGCAACGGUCGCUUCAGCAAUUCAGAAAACCACCAUGAGAGUGAUUCAUCUGCACGAUGGAGUCGAGUAUAUAUUCAGAGUGUUUGCUGAAAACAAAUACGGUAUUGGAGAGUACCUGAGGUCAGACCCUGUCAUUGCGCAACAUCCUUUCAAUGCCCCAGAGGCGCCAGCUCCUCCAGAGAUAGUCAGUAUCCGCCACGAGUCAGCCAUCUUAACCUGGGCUGAUCCCAAAGACACAGGUGCAUCCCCAAUUACAGGGUAUCAUGUGGAGUUUAAGGAGAGGAACAGUCUGAUGUGGAAACGAGCCAGUAAAACUCCUCUAAGAGUGAAGGAGUGCAGAGUCACUGGUCUGAUAGAGGGACUGGAAUACGAGUUCAGAGUGAUGGCCAUGAACAUAGCUGGUCUUGGGAAAGCAAGCAGGGCCACUGAGGCGGUGGUUGCUCUAGAUCCAAUUGAUCCUCCUGGCAGGCCUGACGUCAUUAAUGUCACCAGGACCUCAGUCACUCUGAUUUGGACUCCACCCAAAUAUGAUGGUGGUUACAAGCUCACUGGGUACAUGAUAGAGAAGCUAGAAGCUGGUGGUAAGACCUGGAUGAAGGCUAACCAUGUCAACAUUCAAGGAUGUGCCUUCACUGUGACCGACCUGACAGAGGGAUCUCAGUAUCAGUUUCAAAUCAGGGCCAAGAAUGCGGCUGGUGCGGUUAGUGUUCCCUCAGAGACGACCAAGCUUCUAACUUGCAGGGAUGAGUAUGAACCUCCAAGCAUCACCAUUGACCCAGACAUGAAGGAUGGUAUAUCAGUCAGAGCAGGAGAAACGAUCGUGAUAUCUGCUUCCAAAAUUGCUGGCAAACCUCCACCCACUGCUGUCUGGUCGAAGGGAGGCCGUGAACUCAAGAACUCAGACAUUGUCAAUGUCACGAGCACCCCAACCUCCUCCACUCUGGUUAUCAAAUACGCCAGCAGGAAGAACACAGGAGAGUACACAAUUACGGCCAGCAACCCAUUCGGCAUCAAAGACGAACAUGUAAAAGUAAAGGUUCUGGAUGUCCCAGGGCCUCCAGGCCCAAUUGAGGCCAGUCACAUUUCUGCUGAAAAGUGUACUUUGACUUGGCUUCCACCAGAGGAGGAUGGAGGUUGCUCCAUCAAAUCUUACAUCCUUGAGAAGCGAGAGACCAGCCGCCUACAGUGGACCAAGCUAGCGGAAAAUGUAAUGGACUGCAGAUAUGUAGCCAGCAAACUGAUCAAAGGCAAUGAAUACAUCUUUAGAGUAUCUGCUGUGAACCAGUAUGGCACUGGAGACUCAAGCCAAUCUGGCCCAGUCAAAAUGGUCGACAGUUUCCGCCCACCAGGCCCACCCUCAAUCCCAGAGAUAGAUAACAUCAGCAGGAACGCUAUCACCAUUUCAUGGAAGAGACCAGCACAGGAUGGGGGGAGUGACAUCAGAGGGUACUGUGUUGAAAGAAAAGAGAAGAGAGGAAUGAGGUGGGUCAGAGCUUCUAAGAGAACAGUCCCAGACCUGCGCUUUAAGGUUCAAGGCCUUAGCGAGGGGGUUGAGUACGAGUUCAGAGUUACUGCUGAAAACAAGGCUGGAUUUGGAGAACCCAGUGAGCCAUCGCGUCCGGUGAUGACCAAGGACAUAGUGUAUCCACCAGGGCCUCCUUCCAAUCCUAGGAUUACAGACACCACUAAAACAUCUGCAACCUUCAACUGGGGCCGACCCCACUAUGAUGGAGGACUGGAAGUGGAGGGAUACAUAGUCGAGUAUAAAAAGGAAGGGCAUGAUGACUGGGAGACUGAGACAGAGUACCACCUCAAGGUUACUGAAUAUGUUAUUGGUAAACUGCAAAAGGGAGGCAGAUACCAUUUCAGAGUCAGAGCCGUGAACUCGGAGGGAGUUGGUGAGCCUGCAGAAGUUGAAAAAGUCACUGAACUGAUAGACCAGGAGUCUGUUCCAGACUUUGAGCUGGAUGCUGAACUUCGGAGAACCCUGGUAGUCAGGGCCCGUACAUCAAUCCGCAUGUUUGUUCCCAUCAAGGGGCGCCCUGUUCCUGAAGUCACCUGGAGUAAAGAUGACAUCAAUCUGAAAACCUGCGCACAUAUUGACACAACAGAGUCCUACACUCUUCUGGUCAUUCCCGACUGCACUCGAUACGAUGCUGGAAAGUACAACCUGUGCCUAGAAAACGUUGCCGGAAAGAAGACAGGCUUUGUGAAUGUAAAGGUUUUGGACACACCAGGGCCACCGGUUAAUCUCAAACCCAGAGAGAUCACCAAGACAAGCAUAAUCCUUCAGUGGGAGAUUCCCAUCAUUGAUGGUGGCUCUAAGAUUCACAACUACAUUAUUGAGAAGAGAGAUGCCACAAAGAAGGCAUACACUGUCCUGAUCACCAAAUGGCAGAAGUGCUCUUUUAAAGUACCUCAUCUAGAGGAGGGAGCUUACUAUUACUUCCGUGUCUCUGCUGAGAAUGACUUGGGUGUAGGUGAGCCCGCUGAAACCCCUGAACCAAUCAGGGUCUCUCAAGCCCCGUCUGCCCCUGAAAACUUGUAUGUCACUGAUAUUACUGCUGACAGUGCCAGUUUGGCAUGGACCAAGCCCCUGCAUGAUGGUGGUAGCUUGAUCACAGGAUAUGUCAUUGAGACUCAAAAGAAGGACACUGACGAGUGGUUCCAUGCUGCUGCCAUCAAAGCUUUGGACUACACUGUACCAAAUCUGACGGAGGGAGCAGAAUAUACUUUCCGCAUAAUGGCAGUCAACGCUUCAGGUAGAAGCGAUCCUCGUGAGAGCAGACCUACAGUGAUCAAAGAGCAAACAUCAAGUCCUUCCUUUGACCUUCGUGGCGUCUACCAGAAGACAGUCAUCGCCAAGGCCGGGGACCGUGUUAAAGUGGAGAUUCCAGUCCUUGGAAAACCCAGACCUGUAGUUUCUUGGAAGAAAGGUGACACUGUGCUAAAAGAGACACAGCGGAUUAACACUGAAACCACGUCAACAUCAACCAUCCUCAACAUCGGUGAGAUCAGAAGGAAUGAUGGAGGCCAGUAUUCAAUGACAGGAAAGAACAUGCUGGGCACAGUCACCGAGACAAUCACAGUGGUAGUCCAUGAUAUUCCAGGUCCUCCCACUGGUCCCAUCAAGCUGGAUGAGGUAUCAUGUGAUUAUAUUCUCAUGUCCUGGGAAGCUCCAGAAAAUGAUGGAGGUGUUCCCAUCAACAAUUACAUUGUUGAAAUGCGGGAGACCACUGGUACUUCCUGGGUGGAGUUGGCAGCCACAGUGAUCCGGACGACAUUCAAAGCAACUCGGCUCAUCACUGGAACUGGUUAUCAGUUCCGUGUAAAGGCCCAGAAUAGAUAUGGCAUUGGACCAUCCAUCGUCUCUGAUCAAGUGGUGGCUGCUUAUCCAUUUGAUGUGCCAGGGCAGCCAGGAACCCCUGCAGUCACAUCUUUCAAUAAGGAUGCGAUGACUCUGAGCUGGAACGAACCAUCCUCUGAUGGAGGCAGCGCUAUACUGGGCUACCACAUAGAAAGAAAAGAGAAAAAUAGCAUUCUGUGGCAGAGGAUAAGCAAAGCUCUUGUUGUUGGAAAUAUCUUCAAAUCAACAGGCCUGGUUGAUGGAAUUGCAUAUGAGCACCGUGCUAUUGCUGAGAACAUGGCUGGUCUCAGCAAACCUAGCAAACCCUCUGAGGCUAUGUAUGCUUUGGACCCAGUGGACCCACCAGGCAGACCUGUGGCACUAAAUAUCACAAGACAUGAGGUGACUGUUGCAUGGACUAAACCAGAGGCAGAUGGAGGAUUUUCCAUCACUGGAUACACCGUGGAGAGGAGAGAGUUGCCAAAUGGCCGGUGGCUCAAAGCUAACUUCAACAACAUUCUAGAGACAGUUUACACAGUCAGUGGUCUGAUUGAAGAUGCUGUUUAUGAAUUCCACGUAUUUGCUCGGAACUCAGCUGGCGCUGUAAGCGCACCCUCUCAGCCGUCAGAAGCAAUCACAUGCAGAGAUGACAUUGAGGAGCCCCGGCUUGAUGUUGACACACUUUACAGUAGCAAUGUUGUUGUCAUGGCAGGAGAGGUGUUUAAACUGGAGGCCAAUGUGACAGGCCGGCCGAUCCCAUCACUUGUAUGGACCAAAGAAGGGAAGGAGCUUGAAGACACAGCUAAGUUAGAGAUAAAGACUUCUGAUUUCCACACAACUCUGAUAACCAAAGACUCUUUGAGAAGGGAUGGUGGUGCUUUCACGCUGACUGCCAGCAAUCCUGGUGGCUUUGCUAAGUUCACAUUCAAUGUCAAAGUUCUCGAUAGACCUGGACCACCGGAUUCCUUGAGUGUUACAGACAUAACUGCAGAGAAAUGUGUUCUGAACUGGCUGCAUCCAACACAAGAUGGUGGUGCCAAGAUUGAAUAUUUCAUCAUUCAGAGGCGUGAAACCAGUAGGUUGGCCUGGACAAAUGUGGCCACAGACCUUCAGGCUAACAGGUUCAAGGUCACAAAGCUUUUGAAGGGCAAUGAGUACAUCUUCAGAGUAAUGGCCGUUAACAAGUAUGGUAUUGGUGAACCCCUGGAGUCUCAGCCUGUCAUCUGUGCCAAUCCCUAUGUUCCCAGUGAUCCUCCAUCACAGCCUGAAGUGACAACCAUUACCAAGGACUCAAUGGUUGUCUGCUGGGAACGCCCUGAACAUGAUGGGGGCAGCAGAAUCAACACUUACAUUAUUGAGAGAAGGGACAAGACUGGAUUGCGCUGGGUCAAGUGCAACAAGAGGACUGUAACGGAUCUUCGAUUCAAGGCCUCUGGCCUCACACCAGGUCAUGAGUAUGAAUUCAGAAUAUUUGCAGAGAACAAUGCUGGUCUAAGUCAGCCAAGUCCCUCAAGUCCAUUCUACAAAGCCAUGGACACAAUCUUCCAACCUGGACCUCCAGGAAACCCCAGAGUUCUUGACACAACAAAGUCAUCUAUAACGCUUGCUUGGAAUAAGCCUGUCUAUGAUGGUGGUUCUGAACUCACUGGCUACAUUGUGGAGACCUGCCUACCCGAAGAGGAUGAAUGGACAAUUCACACUCCUAAGAAGGGAUGGACAGCCACCUCAUUCACCAUCACUGGCCUGAAAGAAAACCAAGAGUACAGAAUCAACAUCUGUGCCACCAAUUGUGAAGGUGUAGGAGAGCCUGCUGCUGUUCCUGGGACCCCAAAAGCUGAAGAUAGGUUACUACUCCCUGAAAUUGACCUUGGGGCAGAGCUCCGUAAGGUAGUCUGUAUCAGAGCCUGUAGCACUCUCAGACUCUUUGUCCCAAUCAAAGGCAGACCAGCACCUGAGGUAAAAUGGUCAAGAGAACAUGGAGAGUCCCUGGACAAAGCUAACAUUGAAAUCACACCAUCAUUCACCACUCUUCAAGUUGAAAAUGUUGACAGGUUUGACGGAGGUAAAUACAUGGUUACUGUGGAAAAUGCAUCUGGAAGUAAGACAGCUUUUGUUAAUGUUAGGGUGCUCGACACCCCUGGAGCACCUCAGAACCUUGUCAUCAAGGAAGUUACUAAAGAUUCAGUGUCACUCAUUUGGGAUGCACCUUUAAUUGAUGGUGGCUCCAGAAUCCGCAAUUAUGUUGUGGAAAAGCGCGAGUCAACCAGAAAGGCCUAUUCGACAGUCUGUGCAAACUGCCAUAAAUCCAGUUGGAAAGUUGGAGACUUGGAAGAAGGAAAAAUGUACUUCUUCAGAAUCCUGGCUGAGAAUGAAUAUGGCAUUGGCCUCCCAGUGGAGACGUUUGACCCGGUGAAAGUGUCAGAGAAACCUUUGCCUCCAGGAAAAGUGUCUCUCCGUGAGGUGACCGGUACCAGCGUUACACUAACCUGGGAAAAGCCCGACCAUGAUGGUGGCAGCAGAAUCAGUGGCUAUGUUGUUGAGAUGCAGGGUAAAGGCAGUGAAAAGUGGACCCAGGUAAUGGCAGUAAAGACUAAUGAGGCUGUUGUAACUGGUUUAACUCAGGGAGAAGAGUAUAUGUUCCGUAUCUCAGCCACCAAUGAAAAGGGAGUUAGUGAUCCACGCCCUCUAAGUGUGCCCGUGGUAGCUAAAGAUCUGGUUAUCCCACCAACAUUUAAAUUGGCUUUCAGCACAUUUAGUGUGCUAGCUGGAGAUGAUCUGAAGAUAGAUGUACCAUAUAUUGCCUGUCCCAAACCUACUGCAAUUUGGUUCAAAGAUGGUGUUGCCCUUAAAGAGACGACAAGAGUUCAUGCUGAAAGCGCAGACAAAAACCUUCUUCUGGUCAUUAAGGAGGCUUGCAGAGAUGACGUGGGUAAAUAUUCUAUCAAACUGACUAAUACAGCUGGAGAGGCGACUUCAGACAUCAGUGUGGUUGUUCUAGAUCGGCCAGGCCCUCCAACUGGCCCCAUCAAAUUGGAUGAAGUCAGUGCUGACAGUGUGAUUUUGUCUUGGAAUCCACCAGAGUAUGAUGGUGGUUGUACCAUCAACAAUUAUGUUGUUGAGAAGAGAGACACGUCUACCACCAACUGGCAGAUAGUAUCAGCUACAGUGGCUAGGACCACCAUCAAGGCUGUGCGUUUGAAGACAGGAUGUGAAUACCAGUUCAGGAUUGCUGCAGAAAAUCGAUAUGGGAAGUCCACAGUGCUGCUCUCUGAAACCGUUGUGGCUCAGUAUCCAUUUGAGGUGCCCAGUCCACCCCGUUCAGUUGUUGUUCAGUCAGCCACAAAGGAGACCAUGCUGGUUGUAUGGGACAAACCUAGCAGUGAUGGUGGAAGUAAAAUCCUGGGCUACCACUUGGAGCUCAAAGAGAAAAACAGCAUUUUGUGGGUGAAGCAGAACAAGCAACUUAUUCCAGAGCCCAGAUUCAAAGUUGUUAGCCUCGAGGAAGGCAUUGAAUAUGAGUUUAGAGUUUAUGCUGAGAAUAUUGUUGGCGUAAGCAAAGCCAGCAAUGUGACUGAACUGCAUGUAGCCAGAGACCCUUGUGACAGACCAGGAAAGCCAGAGGCAGUCAUUGUAACCAGAAACCAGGUUACCUUGCAAUGGUCCAAACCUGAGUAUGAUGGUGGCAUAAAAAUCACUGGGUAUGUGGUGGAGAAAAAGGAAGGAGCCAGCCGCUGGAUGAAGGCCAGUUUCACAAACAUCAUUGACACUUGCUUCGUUGUCACAGGUCUCACUGAAGAUCAGAUUUAUGAGUUCCGUGUCAUUGCCAGAAAUGCAGCAGGAGUCAGCAGUCAGCCCUCUGAUUCUACUGGAGCUAUCACUGCAAAGGAUGAAGUAGAUCCACCCAUAAUUGACCUGGAUGCUAAGUAUUCCCAGGCUGUUGUGGUAAAUGCUGGGGAGACAUUCAGGCUUGAGGCAGCUAUCAGCGGCAAACCUGUACCCACUGUACACUGGCUGAAGGAGGGCCAAGUCAUUAGUGAAGCAGCACGCCUUGAAGUCAAGAACACAGACUUUUUGCCCUGUCUUGUUGUUAAAGAAGCAAUUCGUGUUGAUGGGGGUCAGUAUACUUUGAUGGUAAAGAAUGUUGGAGGAGAGAAAUCUGUUAACAUCAAUGUCAAAGUUCUGGACAGACCAGGACCACCUGAAGGACCCAUUUCAAUCUAUGGUGUCACAAAUGAGAAGUGUUCUAUUUCCUGGAAACCACCUUUACAAGAUGGAGGCAGCGAUGUUUCCCAUUACAUUGUUGAAAGGAGAGAGACUAGCAGACUGGUCUGGACUGUAGUUGAACAAAAGGUUCAGACUCUGAACCUGAAGAUCACCAAGCUUCUUCCUGGUAAUGAGUACAUCUUUAGAGUGAUUUCAGUAAACAAAUAUGGAGUAGGUGAGCCUCUGGAAUCUGAGCCCAUGAUUGCCCGAAAUCCAUUUGUCACUCCGAACCCACCAACACAGGUAGAGGUCUCCACAAUCACCAAAGACUCUAUGGUGGUGACUUGGGAAAGACCAAGUAAUGAUGGCGGAAGUGCCAUUCAAGGUUAUAUUGUUGAGAAACGUGACAAGGAUGGUGUUAGAUGGACCAGGUCCAACAAGCGCACCGUGAGCGAGCUCCGCUUCAGAGCUACAGGGCUCCUCGAAAACCACAGCUACGAAUUCAGAGUUUCUGCUGAGAAUGCCGCGGGUGUUGGAACGCCCAGUCCUCCAACAGCAUACUACAAAGCUUUGGAUCCCAUUUUCAAACCAGGCCCACCAAAUAAUCCCAAGGUGGUUGACACAUCAAGGUCAACUGUUUCCCUUACCUGGGGUAAACCCAUCUAUGAUGGUGGCUGUGAGAUUCAGGCCUACAUUGUUGAGGCAUGCAAUGGUGCAUCAGAUGAGUGGUUCAUGUGCACUCCUUCCACUGGAAUCGCAGACACACAGUUUAUGGUGACAAAGCUUCUCGAGAAGCAUGAGUAUCAGUUCAGAGUGUGUGCCAUCAACAAAGUUGGUGUUGGUGAACAUGCUGACGUUCCAGGAAAAAUCACUUUGGAAGAGAAGCUUGAGGCGCCAGAUCUUGACCUGGAUGCAGAUAUGCGAAAGAUGAUCAAUAUUAGAGCCGCAAGUACUCUCAGGCUUUAUGUUCCUGUGAGAGGUCGUCCAGCCCCUGAAGUUAAAUGGGGCAAAGCUGAUGGUGAGAUAAAGGAAACAGCCCAAAUUGACAAUACAGAUAACUAUGCUUUACUUGUGAUUGAGAAUGUGGACAGAUUUGAUAGUGGCAAAUACACCCUUACUGCAGAGAAUGCCAGUGGAGUGAAGUCAGUCUUCAUCAGCGUCAGAGUCCUAGACUCCCCAAGCCCUCCAAGUAACUUUAUGGUUAAAGAGAUUACCAAGAAUGCUGUCACACUCACAUGGGAACCUCCAUUACUCGAUGGUGGCUCAAAAAUUAAGCAUUAUAUAGUCGAGAAGCGCGAGAGCACCAGGAAGGUUUACUCUCCCAUCGCCGUCUGCAAUAAGAUGACAUGGAAGGUGGAACCUCUCCCAGAGGGUGGAAUAUUCUUUUUCAGAGUCCUGGCUGAGAAUGAAUAUGGUGUAGGUCUGCCUGCUAAAACCACAGAACCAAUUAAGAUUUCUGAGAAGCCCCAGCCUCCUGGUAAAGUCAGUGUUGUUGAUGUUACACAUAGCACUGUAACCCUGAGAUGGGAGAAGCCUGAACAUGAUGGUGGUAGUAGAAUAAGUCACUAUGAAGUUGAAGUUGCACCUAAAGACAGCGAAUCCUGGUCUGUGUGUGCUAGUGGGAAGGCAACUGAGGCAAUGGUGACUAACCUGCUUAAGGGGGAAGAGUAUCAGUUUAGAGUUGUUGCUGUCAACGACAAGGGCAGAAGCGACCCCAGACAACUGGCUACCUCAGUUGUCGCAAAGGACCUUGUGAUUGAGCCUGCUGUUAGACCUAAAGUAAGCAGCUAUAGUGUUCAAGUGGGUUAUGACCUCAAGAUAGAGGUGCCAAUUGCUGGUCACCCAAAGCCAACCAUCUCUUGGACCAAGGACGGAGCUGCCCUCAAACAGACCACAAGAGUCAAUGUCACAGAUUCUGCACGGCACACCACACUUACUAUAAAGGAUGCCACCAGAGAGGAUGGAGGCAUGUACAGUAUUAGUGUUGCCAAUGACCUAGCAUCGAAGGAAGCUACAAUUGAGGUUAUCACCUUGGAUAAACCUGGGCCACCUACAGGCCCUGUUAAGUUGGAGGAUGUUAGUGCUGAGAGCAUCACACUUACAUGGGAACCUCCUACGUAUACAGGUGGUUGCCCAAUAUCCAACUAUGUUGUGGAGAAAAGAGAUACAACCACAACCAACUGGGUAGUCGUGUCUGCCACCGUGGCAAGAACCACACUCAAAGUGGGCAAUCUCAAGACAGGCGCUGAAUAUCAAUUCCGAAUCUACGCUGAAAAUAGAUAUGGAAAGAGUUAUGCAAUUGAUUCUGAGCCUGUUUUGGCACAGUAUCCCUUCCAAGAGCCUGGGCCCCCAGGUACACCAAUUGUAUCUUCAUACUCUAAAGACUACAUGGUGGUUGAGUGGCACAAACCCCCAUCUGAUGGAGGCAGCACUAUCUUGGGCUAUCAUCUUGAAAGGAAAGAGAAGAACAGUAUUCUUUGGACCAAGAUUAACAAAACUCUAAUCCAAGACUGCAGGUUCAAAUCCACUCCUUUGGAGGAAGGCAUUGAGUAUGAAUACAGAGUCUAUGCCGAGAACAUUGUUGGCAUAGGAAAGUGCAGUAAAGUCUCAGAGGUUUAUGUGGCCCGUGAUCCAUGUUAUCCUCCUGGCUGUCCAGAAGCAGUGAUAUUGACCAGACACUCUGUGAAGCUGAGGUGGACACCCCCAGAGUAUGAUGGUGGAAGUUUAAUUACCGGUUACAUAGUGGAGAAACGCGAUCUCCCUGAAGGAAAGUGGAUGAAGGCCAGUUUUGCAAACAUCAUGGAGCGUGAAUUUACAGUUACUGGCUUGACAGAAAAUAGUAAAUAUGACUUCAGAGUCAUUGCAAGAAAUGCAGCUGGUGCUAUCAGUAAGCCUUCUGAGAGCACGGGAUCCAUCACAGCUAUAGAUGAAGUUGACCCACCCAAGUGCGAGACGGAUGCCAUGUACAACCAAACCCUUGUCAUUAAUGCUGGGGAGACAUUCAGUCUGAAGGCCACUGUCAAAGGAAAGCCCAUUCCCACGGCUCAGUGGUUUAAGGGGGAUGCUGAAGUGGAAAACUCGGCUAGAGCUGAGUUAAAAAAUACAGAUUUUAAGGCUCUUCUUGCUGUGAAGGAUGCCAUCAGAGUGGAUGGUGGGCAGUAUACACUAGUACUUACUAAUGUGGCAGGAAGUAAGACUGUCCCAUUCAGUGUGAAAGUUCUGGACAGACCAGGUCCUUCAGAGGGACCUCUUACUGUUAGCAAUGUCACUGAGGAGAAGUGUUCACUGUCUUGGCUUCCACCCAGACAUGACGGAGGCAACAGUAUUUCUCACUAUGUUAUCCAGAAGAGAGAGACAAGCCGCCUGGCAUGGACUGUGGUCUCCAGUGACUGCGGCGCCACUAUGUUCAAAGUCACCAAACUUUUGAAGGGCAAUGAAUACAUUUUUAGAGUCAUGGCAGUCAACAAAUAUGGCGUUGGUGAGCCCCUGGAAUCAGCACCAGUUAUCAUGAGAAAUCCAUUUGUCCCUCCUGGCUCACCUCAGGAGAUUGAGAUCACCAAUAUUACCAGGGACUCUAUGACUGUCUGCUGGAAUCGACCAGAGACUAAUGGAGGAAGUGAAAUCGUUGGAUAUAUUGUUGAAAAGAGAGACCGUGCAGGGGUGAGGUGGACCAAGUGUAACAAGCGCAGAGUAACAGACUUGCGUUUUAGAGUGACAGGAUUGACUGAGGACCAUGAUUAUGAAUUCAGGGUGUCUGCUGAGAAUGCAGCUGGCAUAGGUCAGCCAAGCCCAGCCACUCCUUACUUGAAAGCCUGUGACCCCACUUUUGAGCCAGGCAGUCCCACCAAUGUUCAUGUCACUGACACUACUAAAGACUCCAUAAGUCUGGCCUGGAACAGGCCAAUCUAUGAUGGUGGCUGUGAAAUUCAAGGUUAUGCUGUUGAAAUCACAAAGGCUGAUGAGGAGGAGUGGACAAUUUGCACACCACCCUCUGGAGUAAAGGCAACCAAGUUUACCAUCACCAAGUUGAUUGAGCAUCAGGAAUACAAAGUGCGCAUCUGUGCCAUCAAUAAGCUUGGCAUUGGGGAGCCUGCCGAAGUCCAGGGCACAGUGACACCUAUUGAUAAAAUGGAUGCUCCAGAGAUGAUUCUAGAUUCAGAACUUCGAAAGGGAAUUGUGGUUCGUGCAGGAGCCCCGCUGAGGAUUUGCAUUCCAUUUAAAGGUCGUCCUACACCUGAGAUUAGCUGGGCCAAGGAGGAUAGCGAACUGCCUGUGAAAGCUCAAAAAGAAACUGGAGAAGAUUACACCCAGCUCUGUAUUGACAUUUGUGACAGAUAUGAUGCUGGAAAAUACAUCCUUAAUUUAGAGAAUAGUGCUGGCACCAAAUCAGCAUUUGUAUCUGUCAAAGUUCUGGACACUCCAGGAGCCCCUGUGAAUCUCACAGUAAAAGACAUUAAACGGGAAAGUGUCACCCUGACUUGGGAGCCCCCUCUUAUUGAUGGCGGCGCAAGGAUAAAGAAUUACCUAGUUGAAAAACGUGAGUCCACUAGGAAGGUUUACUCUUGUGUUGACAACAAGUGCACAAAGACAAGCUACCGAAUUACUGGCCUCACAGAGGGAACAGUCUACUAUUUCAGAGUUCUUGCUGAGAAUGAGUUUGGUGUAGGACAGCCAGCUGAGACAGAAGACUCAAUUAAGGCCUCUGAGCCUCCUCUAUCCGUAGGUAAAGUCACUUUAACUGAAGUUACUAAAACAACUGCCUCACUCUCCUGGGAGAAACCAGUCCAUGAUGGAGGCAGUAGGAUUAUUGGCUACUACAUUGAGAUGCAACCUUUGGGCUCGGAGGAAUGGGUGGUGGCAACCACAGUCAAAACCUGUGAGGGCACUGUCACAGGUCUUAGUGCAGGAUAUGAAUAUCUUUUCAGAGUGUCUGCCUUCAAUGACAAGGGUAAGAGUGACCCAAGGGCUCUUGCUGCACCAGUCAUGGCAAAGGAUUUGACAAUGGAGCCGGGCUUCAAAAUAAGAUUUAACACUUACAGUUUGCAGCAUGGUGAAGAUUUGAAGAUUGACAUUCCAGUGAUUGGGCGUCCAGUUCCAACGGUGGAAUGGAAGAAAGAAGGACAGGCUCUUAAGGAGACAACCAGGUUAAACGUAUCUAGCACACCCACAUCUACAAAGCUGUACAUCAAGGAUGCAAAUAGGGAAGAUUCUGGCAAAUACACUAUUACAGCAACCAGCAAUGUCGGAACUGCGACUGAGGAGAUUACUGUUAUAAUUCUCGACAAGCCAGGCCCACCCACGGGUCCUGUGAGGAUUGAUGAAGUGAGCUCAAAUUAUGUUACUCUAUCCUGGGAACCACCAGGGUAUACCGGAGGCUGCCAAAUUAACAACUACAUUGUAGAGAAGAGGGACACUACCACAACAGCUUGGCAGAUUGUGUCUGCAACCAUUGCCAGGACAACCAUCAAGGUCAGCAAUCUGAAGACAGGAGUUGAGUAUCAGUUCAGAGUGUCUGCUGAGAAUAGAUAUGGAAAAAGUUCUGCUAUUGUCUCGGCUUCUGUCAUUGCUCAGUAUCCAUUCAGUGUGCCUGAUGCCCCAGCAAUGCCUAUUAUUACCGCUGCAACCAAAGACAGUAUGGUUGUUGAGUGGAAGCCUCCUGCAAACAAUGGUGGCAGUCCCAUUCUGGGCUAUCAUCUGGAAAGGAAAGAGAAGAACAACCUCUUGUGGAUUAAACUCAAUAAGCUUCUCAUCCCUGAUGCACGUUUCAAGACCACAGAACUGGAAGAGGGCAUUGAAUAUGAAUUCAGGGUUUAUGCUGAAAACAUAGCAGGACUGAGUGUAGUUAGCAAAGUCUGCGAAAGCAUGGUAGCUAGGGAUCCCUGUGACCCACCAGGUACUCCAGAGGCCAUUGAAAUAACCCGGAACCACGUGACACUCCAGUGGACACGGCCCCAGUACGAUGGAGGCAGCGUGAUAACUGGUUAUAUGAUUGAAAGGCGGAAGCACCCUGAUAACCGCUGGAUGAAGGCCAGCUUUACCAACAUCAUUGACACACAGUUCACCCUCACUGGCCUGACCGAGGACUGCAUUUAUGAGUUCAGAGUUGUUGCUAAGAAUGCAGCUGGUAUUUCCAGCAGUCCUUCUCAAAGCACAGGAGAAAUAACUGCCAAAGAUGAAAUUGAGGCUCCAGAAGCAACCAUGGAUUCUAAGUUUAAAGAUCUGACAGUUGUUCAUGCAGGUGAGACGUUUGUCAUUGAUGCAGACUACACUGGCAAGCCUCUUCCUGAGGUUAUAUGGCUGAAGGAGGGAAAGGAGAUUGACAAAACCACCCCAAGAAUGGAGAUCAAGACAACACUUACUCGUUCCAUCCUCACAGUAAAGGACUGCAUCCGAAUGGAUGGGGGCCACUUUGUUCUUAAACUUGUGAAUGUUGGUGGAGUAAAAAUGAUCCCGGUCAAUGUUAAAGUUCUGGAUAGACCCGGCCCUCCAGGUGGCCCGCUCGAGGUCAAAGGGGUCACAGCUGAAAAGUGUUAUCUGCAUUGGAAUCACCCCUCACAAGAUGGUGGCGCGAGUAUUUCUCACUAUGUAAUUGAGAAGCGAGAGACUAGUCGUUUGUCAUGGACUAUGGUAGAGCCCAAGAUUCAAGCCAUCAGUUAUAAAGUCACAAAACUGCUGCCUGGAAAUGAGUACAUCUUUAGAGUGACAGCUGUUAAUAAAUAUGGUGUUGGUGAGCCACUAGAGUCUGAGCCUGUAAUUGCUCGCAAUCCCUUCACUACUGCAAGUCCUCCAUCCACUCCAGAAGCCAGUGCCAUCACCAGAGACUCCAUGGUGCUCACCUGGGAAAGACCAGAGAGUAAUGGAGGAGCCGAGAUUGAGGGAUACGUCCUUGAAAAACGUGACAAGGAUGGCAUCCGAUGGAGUAAAUGCAACAAGAAGAGACUGACAGACUUGAGGUUCAGAUGCACUGGUCUCACAGAGAGCCACUCGUAUGAAUUCAGGGUGUCUGCUGAAAAUGCUGCUGGUGUCGGGAAACCCAGUGCACCCACUCAGUACAUCAAGGCAUGCGAUGCCAUUUACCCGCCAGGACCUCCAAAUAACCCUAAGGUCAGUGACCAUUCUAGUACCACCACCUCCUUAAGCUGGUCCAGGCCUAUAUAUGAUGGUGGAGCACCCAUCACAGGUUACAUGGUUGAAUUUAAGGAGGCGUCACUUGAUGAAUGGGUGAUUUCCACACCACCCACUGGUGUCCAGGCUACUAACUAUACCGUAAAAAAACUGAAGGAGAAUGCAGAGUACAACUUCCGUAUUUGUGCUUUUAAUUGUGAAGGAAUGGGUGAGCAUGUGGACCUGCCUGGGUCCGUUAUUGCUGCUGAAAAGCUGGAAGCUCCUGAAAUUGAACUGGAUUCAGAUCUGAGAAAGAUGGUUAACGUCCGUGCCACUUCUACCUUGCGUCUGUUUGUCACAAUUCGAGGGAAGCCAGAGCCAGAGGUCAGAUGGUCAAAGGCAGAUGGCAGUCUGAAUGAGCGUGCCCAGAUUGAAGUGACAAGUUCCUAUACAAUGUUAGUGAUUGAGAAUGUGGACCGAUUUGAUACCGGCAAAUACGUACUAACCCUUGAGAACCUGAGUGGGUCAAAAUCAGCUUUCAUAAAUGUCAGAGUUCUGGACUCACCCAGUGCCCCUACUAAUCUUGAGGUCAAAGAUGUAAAAAGAAAUUCAGUCUCUCUCUCCUGGGAGCCUCCUCUUAUUGAUGGCGGAGCUAAGAUAUCUCACUAUGUUGUGGAGAAGAGAGAGCAGAAGAGAAUGGCUUUCACCAGUGUAUGCACAAAUUGUGUGAGGAACUCCUACAUCAUCUCGGACCUACAAGAGGGAGGUCGAUAUUAUUUCCGUGUGCUGGCUGUGAAUGAACUUGGUGUAGGUCUGCCUGCCUCUACAGAGCAAGUCAAAGUUUCUGAAGCUCCUUUGCCUCCAGGUAAAAUUAUGCUGGUAGAUGUGACUCGUCACACCGUCACUCUUUCAUGGGAGAAACCAGAUCAUGAUGGUGGCAGCAAGAUUACAGGCUAUAUUGUGGAGAUGCAGCCCAACGGAGAAGAUAAAUGGAGUUUGUGCAGUGAAGUCAAAGCACUGGAGGCAACUAUUGAUGGUCUCACAACAGGAGAGGAAUAUUCUUUCAGGGUCACUGCAGUCAAUGACAAGGGCAAGAGUGACCCCAAGCCUCUAGCUACCCCUGUGACUGUGAAGGAUAUCACAGUAGAACCAAUCAUCAACCUACUGUUCAACACAUAUAGUGUUAAAGCAGGCGAUGACCUUAAGAUUGAUGUUCCAUUCAAAGGCAGACCGCAGCCUGAGUUGAUCUGGAAAAAGGAUGGGCAUGUGCUGAAGCAGACAACUCGAGUCAAUGUUCUCACUUCCAAGACCUCAUCUAAAAUUGUCAUUAAGGAUGCGACCAGAGAGGAUGUAGGAAAGUACGAGAUCACCCUUACUAAUGCAGUGGGCACUAAAACAGCUGAAAUCUCAGUUGUAAUCCUGGACAAGCCAGGACCACCCAGUAACAUCAAGGUGGACGAAGUGAGCGCUGAAUUUAUAUCUCUGUCUUGGGACGCUCCAACCUAUGAUGGCGGAUGCCAGAUUAAUAAUUAUGUGGUGGAAAAGAGAGACACAACCACAACCGCUUGGCAGAUUGUGUCAGCCACUGUUGCCAGAACAUCAAUUAAAGUGUCCCGUCUCAUUCAAGGAACAGAGUACCAGUUCCGUAUUGCAGCUGAGAACCGAUAUGGCAAGAGUCCUGCCAUAGACUCUACUCCUAUUGUUGCUCAGUAUCCAUUCGAACCUCCUGGCCCUCCCAUCAACCUCUGUGUUUCCCAUGCCACCAAGACUUCCAUGCUCGUUGUUUGGGAAAGACCUGCCAGUGAUGGUGGAAGUCCCGUUAUUGGUUAUCACAUGGAAUGCAAAGACCAAAGCAGCAUCCUUUGGACUAAAGUCAACAGGGGUCUUCUGGCUGAGAGACAGUUUAAAAUGACAGGCAUUGAAGAAGGCUUGCUGUAUCAGUUCAGAGUUUAUGCAGAGAACAUUGCUGGCAUUGGCCCAGGUACUAAAGCCAGUGACCCAGUGGCAGCCAGAGAUCCAUGUGAACCUCCAUGUAACCUUAGGGUCACCAACAUCACAAGAACUUCAGUCUCCCUCUUCUGGGAGAGGCCAGAGCAUGAUGGUGGAGCCAGGAUUACUGGCUACAUUGUUGAGCGUAAAGAGCUUCCAAAUGGCCGGUGGCUGAAAUGCAACUUCACCAACCUGCACGACACCCAUUUCGAUGUCACAGGCCUCACAGAAGAUGUCCAAUAUGACUUCCAUGUUAUCGCUAAGAAUUCUGCUGAGUUGUUAAGUGCUCCUUCAGAGAGUACUGGACCUAUCACAGUCAAGGAUGACGUGGAUCCACCCACAAUUAUCUUGGAAGAAAAGUUCAGACAGCUGGUUGUCAUUAAAGCCGGAGAAGUCAUUAGAAUCGAUGCUGAAACCACAGGUCGCCCACUCCCUGUGGUCACAUGGUCUAAAGAGGGAAAAGAAAUUGAAGCCAAGGCCAGAUGUGAAAUCACCACCACGAAUUUCACAACUACCCUGCUGGUAAGAGAUGCCAUCAGGAGGGACUCUGGUCAGUAUGUCCUGACACUGCACAAUGUGGCAGGAACAAGGUCUGUUGCUAUCAACUGCAAGGUUCUGGAUAGGCCUGGACCUGCUUCGGGGCCCUUGGCUGUGUCUGGCCUGACAGCAGAAAAAUGUACCCUGACCUGGGGCCCCCCUCAGGAAAAUGGUGGUGCUGAGAUUAUGCAUUACAUUGUUGAAAAACGUGAGACUAGCCGCUUAGCAUGGACUCUUGUCCACGGUGACAUGAAGGCCACCACCUGUAAAGUGACCAAGCUUCUCAAAGGAAAUGAGUAUAUCUUCAGAGUUAGAGGAGUCAACAAAUAUGGGGAUGGUGAGGCCCUUGAAAGUGAACCAACAAAGGCCAUGGAUCCAUUCACAGUCCCUGCAGCUCCAGCUAAUGUGCAGGUCACCUCGGUUACAAGUGAGGCAAUGACUAUCUGUUGGGAAAGACCAGUUGUUGAUGGCGGCAGCAGCAUCGCUGGGUAUGUCAUUGAAAAGAGAGAGAAGACCGGACUUCGCUGGUGCCGUGUUAACAAGAAACCAGUUUAUGACCUUAGAGUCAAAGCCUCACACCUUCGUGAGGGUUGUGAAUAUGAAUACAGAGUUUUUGCAGAGAAUUCUGCUGGCCUCAGCGCUCCCAGCAUUCCCUGCCCCCUCACCAAAGCCGAAGAUCCGCAAUUCUUGCCUUCACCACCUGCUAAGCCUAAAAUCAUUGAUUCGACGAAGACCACAGUCACUCUGUCCUGGAAUAAGCCAUUGUUUGAUGGUGGGGCACCUGUGACUGGUUACAGAGUGGAAUACAGAAAUACUUUGGAUGAUGAAUGGAUAGUUGGGGUCCAGAACACCAAGAAUACUGAAUUUACUGUUGUGGCACUGAUACCUGGUGCAGAGUAUAUCUUUGUUGUCAAGUCCAUCAACAAAAUUGGUUUGAGUGAUCCCAGCCCAGAGUCAGACAAACAGGUGGCCAAGGAAAGAGAAGAGGAGCCAGUUUUUGACAUUAGCAAUGAGAUGAGGAAAACUCUGAUUGUGAAGGAUGGUAGUUCAUUCACCAUGACAGUGCCCUUCAGAGGCAAACCCAUCCCCAGUGCUACUUGGAGCAAGCCUGAUGUUGACCUAAGGGUCCGUGCUGUCAUUGACACCACAGACACCUUCACCUCGAUCACUCUGGAGAAAGCCAGUCGCAACGAUUCUGGAAAAUACACUGUUACCUUAUCCAGUGUGGCUGGUACUGCCGCCUUGACCCUCAAUGUCAGAGUUCUGGAUUCUCCCGGCCCUCCAUCUUGUGUAGAGAUCAAGGAUGUGACCAAAAACUCUGCUACUGUGACGUGGGACACUCCUGAAAAUGAAGGAGGUGGACCAGUGAAGAACUAUCUGGUUGAUAUUCGUGAGGCCAGCAAGAAAGGAUGGACUCAGUUGACCAGUACAUGUCACAGGCUGACAUACAAGGCAUCAGACCUGCAGGAGGGUGGAGUAUACUACUUCAGAGUGACUGGCGAGAAUGAGUAUGGGGUAGGAGUUCCUGCUGAGACCACAGAAGGAACCAAGAUCACAGAAAAGCCAAGCCCACCACCCAAACUUGGUGUGACCGAUGUGACCAAAGAGAGCGUAUCCCUGGCUUGGGCCAAACCUGAACAAGACGGAGGCAGCCGGAUCUCUGGAUACUUGGUGGAAGCUUUGGAGAAAGGCCAGGAGAAGUGGGUCAGGUGUGGUGUAACCAAGUCAAUCCACUACACAGUGUCUGGUCUAAGGGAGAACAUAGAGUACUUCUUCAGAAUCAAAGCUGAGAACUAUGCUGGAUUCAGUGAUGCCAAGGAAAUGGUCACCCCAGUGUUAGUCAGAGACCAGCAUGAAUCUCCUGAGGUUGUUAUGAAGAACUACCCUCAUAACACAGUAUACGUUAGAGCUGGCUCCAACCUCAAAUGUGAGAUUCCACUUAUCGGCAGGCCAUUGCCUAAGGUGUCUCUCUCCAAGGACAAUGUGCUGCUCAAGUCAACAAUGAGGUUCAACUCCGAGGUCACUCCUGACAGCAUCAAGAUCACAUUGCGCGAGAGCAUCGCAGGAGAUUCUGGACGUUAUGAUAUUAUUGCAUCCAACUCUAAUGGAACCACCAAGUCCUUCAUCAACAUUGUGGUUCUGGACAGGCCCAGCAUUCCCCUGGGACCUUUGGAGCUGUUUGAUGUCACAGAGGACAGCGUGAGCCUGAAGUGGCUCCCACCGGCUUAUGAUGGUGGCAGCCCCAUCACAAACUACAUCCUCCAGAAGAGAGAGACCACUACAGCCAACUGGACAGAUGUCUCCUCUGCUGUCGCUCGCUGUACCAUGAAGAUCAUGAAGCUUACAACAGGCCUGGAGUACCAGUUCAGGAUUAGGGCUGAGAACAGAUAUGGAGUCAGUGAGCAUAUUGACUCACCACCUGUCACUGUCAGCCUUCCUUAUACUGUCCCUGAAGCUCCGUCGACUCCAGAGAUCACUGCUGUGACCAGGGAAACCCUCACAGUUGCUUGGAAGGAGCCCAAGUCAGAUGGAGGCAGCGAUGUGUUUGGUUACCAUCUCCAGAUGAAAGACAGGAAUAGCCUCCUGUGGCAGCGAGUGAACAGAAUGGUGAUCCGUGCCACACACUUUAAGGUCACAAACAUCCACGCUGGUCUCAUUUAUGAGUUCAAGGUGGCAGCUGAGAAUGCUGCUGGAGUCGGUGAAUUCAGCACGGUUUCAGAUGCAGUACUGGCUAUUGAUGCCUGUGAGCCACCCACCAAUCUGCGCAUCAGUGAUAUCACCAAGAACUCCAUUAGCCUUGACUGGCAGAAGCCCAACUAUGAUGGAGGCUCCAAGAUCACAGGCUACAUGGUUGAAAAGAAGGAGGGAGUAAAUGGAAGGUGGUUCAAGGCAAACCUCACCGAUAUCACUGACACCCGCUACACUGUGACUGGCCUAACCCAGGAUGAGACCUAUGAGUUCAGAGUGAUGGCCAAGAAUGCUGUUGGCUCAGUGAGUAAUCCGUCCAUGACAGCUGGACCCGCCACAUGCGUCGACACUUUUGGUGCUCCAGAGAUUGAAAUACCUCCAGAGUACUUAAACGAGGUGAAGCACAAGGCAGGCUCAAACAUUGAACUUAAGUUUAACAUCACUGCCAAGCCUGCUCCCACCAUCGAGUGGCUGAAGGAUGGAAGAGAACUCAAACCAAGCGCCCAGCUCUCCUUUAAACACACAUUUGAGUCCACAAGUUUGUUCUUGAGGGAAACAGCUCGCCUGAAUUCUGGCACAUAUGAGGUCAAGGUGAAGAACUCCCUGGGAUCAACUUGUGCCCUUGUCAGAUUGCUUAUCCAAGACAGGCCAGGGCCUCCUGAUGGAGAGAUUCAAUUUAAGAAGGUCACAGCUGACAACAUCACAAUCAUGUGGUCUCCUCCUGCUGAUGAGGGAGGUGCCAUGGUAACACAUUACAUUGUAGAAAAGAGGGAGACCAGCAGAGUCAUGUGGUCCAUCGUCUCAGAGAAACUAGUUGACUGCAUUGUGAACGUGCCCAGGCUCAUCCAGGGCAACGAGUACAUCUUCAGAGUCCGAGGUGUCAACAAAUAUGGCAUCGGAGACCCUCUGGAGUCUGAGGCCAUCAUUGCCAAGAAUGCCUUUGUGCCUCCCAGUGAACCAUCCAAACCUAAAGUCACCAUGAUCACCAAGUCAACCAUGACAGUAAUUUGGGAAAGACCAGCUCUGGAUGGAGGCAGUGACAUUGAUGGAUACUACCUUGAGAAAAGGGAAAAGAAGAGUCUGCAGUGGUUCAAGGUGGUGAAAGGCACUAUCAGAGACACCAGGCAGAAGGUCACUAACCUUGUUGAGAACAAUGAGUACCAGUACAGAGUAUGCGCGGUCAACAAGGCUGGAGCCGGAAACUACUCUGAGGCCUCUGAUCUCUACAUGGCCUACGACCCGAUAGAUCUUCCUGGAGAACCAUCCAAACUGCGUGUGGUAGACUCCACAAAGACCUCAAUCACUCUUGGAUGGGAGAAGCCUGUUUAUGAUGGUGGCAGUGAAAUCACACACUACGUUUUGGAGCAAAUGAACACAGAGGAAAGAGAAUGGGUGACGGUCAAUCCGCAGGUUAAGACCUGCGAGUAUGUGGUGUCUCAUCUUAAACCUGCAACAUACUACUUCUUCAGAGUGUCGGCUGUCAAUUGCAAGGGCAAAGGAGAGGAUAUCAAGAUGUACCAGCCUGUGCAAGCCAAAGAUAUCUUGGAGGAGGCUGAUGUGGAUCUAGACAUUCCCAUGACGACCCAGUAUACUGCCAGAGCCGGACGUGACGUGGAAGUGUUUAUUCCUCUGAAAGGACGCCCUACCCCCAGUGUCACCUGGCGCCGUGGUGACCGUAACAUGGCUGCUGACAACCGCUAUACCAUCACCAGCACUGAGUCUGCCACCACCCUUCUCAUUCCUAAGGUUACCCGCAAUGACUGCGGGAAGUACUUGCUGGAGAUUGAGAAUGGUGUGGGAGAACCUAAGAUCAUGACAGUGUCCCUGAAGGUUCUGGACAGUCCAUCCACCUGCCAAAAGUUAAUGAUUAAAAAUGUCACAAGAGGAAAACUGACACUGAGCUGGGAGGCCCCUCUAAUUGAUGGUGGUUCCCCCGUCACCAAAUACAUUGUUGAGAAGAAGGCAUCCACCAUGAAAGCUUACCAGGUGAUUACUGAUGAGUGUGCCAAUACAACAUACAAGGUGUCAGCCCUAGAAGAGGAUGUUGCUUACUUCUUCCGUGUGUCUGCUGAAAACGAGUUUGGUGUGGGUGACACUUGUGAGACUUCUGAGCCAGUCAGAGCCACAGAGACCCCAGGAGCAGUUAAAAACUUGGUAAUGCUUGACUCGACAAAGACCUCUAUUACCCUGCAGUGGACCAGGCCCGACCAUGAUGGCGGAAGCCACAUUACUGAAUACAUAAUUGAAAAGAGAACUGAGGAUCGCCUCACCUGGAUCUUGGCUGCAACUUGCAAGCGCUGUACUUGUGAGGUGACAGAUCUUAAGGAGAAUGCAGAAAUGAACUUCAGAGUGUUCGCCAAGAAUGAGAAGGGCAACAGUGACUUCUCCCAAAUUGGUCCAAUCACAGUGAUGGACUUCGUUAUUCCACCUGAGGCCAACCUCUGUGACUACCCCAAUGGAGAGCUUGCUGUUCGUGUUGGCCAGAACAUCCACAUUGAGCUGCCCUUCAAGGGAAAACCAAGGCCUACAAUCAGCUGGCUGAAAGAUAAUUUGCCUCUGAAGGAAAGUGAGAAGGUCCGCUUCAGGACCACUGACAACAAGACAGCGGUUACAGUCAGAGGAGCCAAGAAGGACCAUGCUGGCCAGUACACCUUAGUUCUGGACAACAGAGCUGUCAAGAACUACUUUGACAUCAAUGUGAUCAUUUUGGGACCCCCAUCCGUGCCUAUUGGUCCCAUCCGUUUUGAUGAAAUCAAAGCCCAGAGUAUUAUCAUCUCUUGGGAUGAGCCCAAGGAGGAUGGCGGUGGUGAAAUUACCUGCUACAGUGUGGAGAAGCGUGAGACUUCCCAGGCCAACUGGAAGAUGGUCUGUUCUAGUGUGGUCAGAACUACCUUCAAGAUUCCUAACCUCGUCAAGGGAACCAUAUAUCAGUUCAGAGUUCGUGCAGAGAACAAAUAUGGGGUCAGUGAAGCACUUAACUCCACAGAAAUUGUCGCCCAGCAUCAGUACAAACCUCCAGGAACUCCAGGAAAGCCUGUGGCCUACAACAUUACCAGCGACGGUAUGACCAUCAGGUGGGACGCUCCAGAUUUUGAUGGUGGAUCCCCCAUUCUUGGUUACCACAUUGAGAAAAAGGACAGGAACAGUCUCCUGUGGCAGAAGGUGAACUCCACCAUUAUCUCCAACAGAGAGUACAGGAUCAUCAGCCUUAUGGAAGGGCUGGAGUACUCUUUCAGAGUCUAUGCAGAGAACAAUGCUGGACUCAGCCCUGUUAGCGAACAGAGCAAACAUGCUCUCGCUAUAGCUCCUGUUGAUCCACCUGGCACCCCAGUGUGCAUCGAUGUGACUAGAGACUCUGUCACGUUGACGUGGGACAUUCCCAAGAGGGAUGGCGGUAGCAAGAUUGUGGCUUACAGCGUGGAGAGGCGCCAAGGCAGAGGGAAGUGGCUGCGGUGCAACUUCACAGAUAUCAGUGAGACUCAGUUUACUGUGACCGGUCUGUCAGCUGGAGACAGAUUUGAAUUUAGGGUGAUUGCCCGGAAUGCUGUGGGCACUGUCAGUCCACCGUCCAACUCUUCCGGCUAUAUCAUGACAAAAGAUGAGAGCAUUUCUCCUGAGAUUGAGUGGUCCCCAGACCAGGUGCUGACGCUGCGAGCUGGAGAGAAUGUCAAGCUCAGCUGUAACAUCACUGGUCGUCCAGUACCCCAUGUUUCCUGGUACAAGGAUGGAAAAGAAAUCGACAAGAGGACCACGAUCGACAUUGAGAUUACAACUGGUAUUGGUGCAAGCAGCCUGUUUAUUCGUGAUGCAAACAGGAACCACCGUGGCAUCUACACUGUGGAGGCCAAGAACAGCUCUGGUGCCAAGAAAGCUGAUGUCAAUGUCAGAGUUCAAGAUACCCCUGGGCCUGUUGAGGGUCCCAUCCGUUUCACUGGCAUCACAGCUGAGAAGUGCACAGUAUGGUGGAACCCUCCAGAGAAUGAUGGUUGUGCCGCCAUUACACACUACGUAGUUGAGAAGAGGGAGACAUCUAGGAUUUCCUGGGCAAUGGUCACCUCCAAGUGCAAAGCCUGCUCAUUCAACGCCACCAACCUCAUCAAGGGCAACGAGUACCAGUUCAGAAUCUCUGCUGUCAACAAGUUUGGUGUUGGAAAAUCACUCGACUCUGUUCCAAUCUUUGCACAGAUGCAGUACACUGUGCCUGAGGCUCCUGGUAUCCCAGAUGCUACACAUGUGACAGGUGACAGCAUCACCCUGUGCUGGACCAGGCCGAAAUCAGAUGGUGGGAAUGAGAUCAAGCACUACAUUUUGGAGAGACGUGAGAAGAAGAGUCUGCACUGGGUAAAGGUCUCUUCAAAGAGGCCCAUUGCAGAGCUCAGGCACAGGGUCACCAAUCUCACUGAGGGCAAUGAGUAUGAGUUCCGUGUCAUGGCUGAGAACGGUGCCGGUGUCGGACCAGCCAGUGGCACCUCCAGGCUCUUCAAAUGCAAAGAGCCAACCAGUCCUCCCAGUGCCCCCACAGUCAUCAAGGUUAUUGAUUCCACCAAAUCCUCUGUCACCUUGGAAUGGACCAAGCCAGUCUUUGAUGGUGGCCUGCCAGUCAUCGGCUACAAUAUUGACAUGUGCAAGGCCAGUCUUGAAGAGUGGCAUCGGGUAAAUAGUCAGAUUUGCAUCCACACCCGGUACACCGCUAAGGGCCUGGUUCCCGGUGAGCUCUACAAGUUUAGGGUCAGUGCUGUAAACGGGUCUGGGGAAGGUGAAUCCUCAGUGAUGCCCAAUGCCGUGCAGGCUUUGGAUAGGCUAACAUCUCCUGAGAUCGACAUUGAUGCCAACUUUAAGCAGACACACACUGUGAAAAAUGGUGGCACUGUCUCCCUUCAUGUUGCCUUCCGUGGCAAACCAUCACCUCUCGCCACCUGGUCCAGAGUAGAUAGUGAACUGCCAGUGAUGGCUGAUGUCAACACGACAGAUUCCUACUCGACUCUGACCAUCGAGGGCUGCACGCGGUAUGAAGCUGGAAAAUACACACUCUCCUUGGAAAACAACAGCGGACGCAGAUCCAUCACGUUCACUGUCAAAGUGCUGGACACACCCGGACCUCCGGGAAUCAUCAGUUUCAAGGAUGUUACACGCGGCGCAUUAACCAUGAUGUGGGAUGCUCCGAGCAAUGAUGGUGGAUCCAGAAUUCACCAUUAUGUUGUGGACAAGCGCGAAGCGAGCCGCCUGGCCUGGCAGGAAGUCAGCACCAAGUGCUCUCGCCAGAUGAUCAGGGUAACUGGUCUAGAUAUCGGUGUACCGUACCUGUUCAGAGUGAUUGCUGUUAAUCAGUAUGGCCAGGGGGAGCCUCAUGAGAUGACAGAACCCAUCAUUGCCACAGAGGAACCUGCCCCACCUAAAAGACUAGACGUGGUGGAUACCACCAAUUCUACAGCUUCGCUGGUGUGGCUUAAGCCUGAGCAUGAUGGAGGCAGCCGCAUCAGAGGCUACAUAGUUGAGUUCAGAGCCAUGUUCACAGACCACUGGGUCGUUGCCGGAGAGACCAAGUCCUUAAAGAUGCUAGUGGAGGGUCUGACUGAAAACACAGAGUAUGACUUCAGAGUCAAGGCCAAAAAUGACACUGGAAUUAGUGAGCCUCAGGGCACCUUCAGCUCUGUGGUCAUCAAAGAGCCUCGCAUUGAACCCACAGCUGACCUCAGCAGCAUCACCAAUCAGCUUAUAACCUGUAAGACCUCCAACACCUUCACCAUUGACAUCCCCAUUAGUGGCAGACCAGCACCCAAAGUCACCUGGAAGCUGGAAGAAAUGAAAUUGAAGGAGACGGACCGACUUUCCAUAAAAACCACGAUGGAAAGAACCAUUCUGGUGGUGAAAGACAGCAAAAGAAGUGACAGCGGCAAAUACUACUUAACCCUGGAGAAUACUGCAGGAGUCAAAACCUUCACGGUGACCGUGGUGGUCGUUGGGAGACCCAGCCCUCCGACAGGCCCUGUGGAGGUUUCUGGUGUCUCCUCUGAGAAUUGCACAUUGUCCUGGUCCGAGCCCUCUGAUGACGGCGGUACUGAUAUCAGCAAUUAUAUAGUUGAAAAGCGUGAGUCUGGCUCAACCUCCUGGCAAGUGGUCAAUUCCAGUGUCAAGAGAACUACCAUCAAGGUCACUCAUCUUACCAAAUAUAUGGAGUACACAUUCAGGGUGUGUGCUGAGAACAAGUUUGGAGUCAGCAAGUCCAUCGAAAGCACUCCUGUGGUCAUUGAACAUCCUUUUGUUCCUCCAAGCCCUCCAACUCGUCCAGAUGUGGUGUCAGUGUCUGCCAAUGCCAUUGGCAUAAAAUGGGACGUACCCUAUGCCGAUGGUGGCAGCAAGGUGACGGGUUACUGGAUUGAAAAGAAAGAGAGGAACACAAUUCUGUGGGUGAGGGAGAACAAGCUGCCCUGUCUGGAGUGUCACUACAAAGUGUCCAACCUGAUUGAGGGUCUGGAGUACCAGUUUAGAGUCUAUGCCAUGAACCUAGCUGGACUUAGCAAGGCCAGUGAGGCCUCCAGACCUGUGGUGGCACUCAACCCUGUUGACCCUCCUGGAAGCCCUCAAGUGACAGAUAUCACUCGCUGCUCGGUGUCUUUGUGCUGGACUGUGCCCGUCAAUGACGGUGGCAGCAAGAUAGUUGGCUACGUGGUGGAGAGAAAAGUCUACAGUACUGAUGAGUGGGAUGACAAUCGCUGGCUCAAAUGCAACUACACAACCAUCACAGAGAACUACUUCACAGUCACCAACCUGGGAGAAGGCGAAACCUUUGAAUAUCGCAUCAUUGCCAAGAAUGCUGCGGGAGUCCAGAGUGUGCCCUCCGUAUCCACAGGACCUGUUACAUGCAAGGAUGAAUAUUCUCCUCCUAAAGCAGAGCUGGACAGUAAGUUGGUGGGUGAGACUGUUGUUGUCACCGCUGGCUCUGACCUCGUCCUGGACGGUGUUAUUGGUGGCAAACCAGAACCCACCGUCUACUGGUCAAAGGGUGACAAGGUUCUGGAGCUGGGAGAAAAAUACUCGCUGACCUACACAAGCACUAGAGCAAUGGCUGUCAUCAAGAACUGUGACAGAUUUGACACUGGCAGAUACAUCCUCACCGUCAAGAAUGCCAACGGAAUCAAGACUGCUACUGUGACCGUUAAAGUCCUGGACACUCCUGGGCCUCCAGCUGAUAAGAUUGUGAUAAGCAGAGUUACGGAGGAGAAGUGCACGGUGUCCUGGAAAAUCCCGCUGGAGGACGGUGGUGACACGGUCAGCCAUUACAUUGUGGAGCGCCGUGAGACCAGUCGCCUCAACUGGGUCCUCAUGGAGACUGAGUGCAAGAGCUUGUCAUGUGUCAGCACCAGGCUGAUCAAGAACAAUGAGUAUAUCUUCAGAGUUCGUGGAGUCAACAAGUUUGGACCUGGUGUUCCACUGGAAUCUGAGCCUGUCAUUGCUCGGAAUGCUUACACCUUCCCCUCCCAGCCGGGCACACCAGAGGCCACAACAGUGGGUAAAGAACAUAUCAUCAUCGAAUGGUUGAAGCCGGAAAGUGACGGAGGCAGUGAGAUCAAAAAUUACAUCGUAGACAAACGGGAGAAGAGCAGCACUAGGUGGACACGAGUCAAUAAGACUUACACCAUCUAUGAUACACGUUUAAAGAUCACUGGUCUACUGGAAGGAAGUGAGUACCAGUUCAGAGUGACGGCCAUCAAUGCGGCAGGAGACAGCCAGCCCAGCGAUGCCUCGUCAUACAUUCUCUGCAAAGACCCAACAUACACCCCAGCGCCUCCAUCAAUGCCUCGCAUCACAGACACAACCAAGCACAGUAUCAGCAUGAUCUGGACCAGGCCCAUGUACGACGGUGGCUCAGAUGUCACAGGUUAUGUGGUUGAAAUCCUAGAGGAAGGUUCUGAGCAGUGGUACCGUGCCACCACCAAGGCUCUUAAGACUAAUGAGUAUGUGGCCCCUGGCCUGGUUGCAAAUAAGAAAUACAGAUUCAGGGUGGCAGCUGUCAACAACAAUGGCACCGGAGAAUUCAGUGAACCCAGCGCUGAGACCGAGCCACUGGAGAAAAUUGAAAUGCCUGACCUGGAACUAGCUGACGACCUGAAGAAAACGGUUUGUCUUCGUGCUGGAGGAACCUUGCGACUGUUUGUGACUGUUAGUGGUCGCCCAACACCAGUGGUGGCCUGGAGAAAGACAGGGGUGGAGCUACAGAGCAGAGGCUACAUUGAGACAACAGACAGCUACACCAUGCUGAUUGUAGAGAAGGUUGACCGGUAUGACUCUGGAAAAUAUAUUGUGGAGGCUGAGAACCCAUCAGGCAAGAAGACUGCCACGAUCCUGGUCAAAAUAUAUGACACUCCUGGCCCUCCAGGUUCUGUGAAAGUGAAGGACUAUACCAAGGAAUCAGUUGUCAUCAUGUGGGACGUCCCAAGUAUUGAUGGUGGUGCCCACGUUAGCAACUACAUUGUAGAGAAGCGUGAAGCUAGCAUGAAGUCUUACAAGACUGUCACCACAGAGUGUAGAAAGACUCUGUUUAGGAUCACUGGGCUGGAGGAGGGCGUGCACUACUUCUUCAGAGUCCUGCCGGAGAACAUCUAUGGCAUUGGCGAGCCCUGUGAGACAUCUGAUGCUGUGCUGGUGUGUGAAGUACCUUCAGUGCCACUGAGCCUCCAGAUCAUUGAUGUCACAAAGUCCUCUGUCACUCUGCACUGGGAGAAACCACUGCAUGAUGGUGGCAGCAGACUGACGGGCUUUGUUAUCGAGGCCUGCAAGGUGCCUUCAGACAGGUGGAGCACUGUGGCAACUGUCAAAGCCUCUAUUUGUCAGCACACCAUCCAGUCGCUAACAGAGAAUGACCAGUACUUGUUCAGGAUCCGAGCCAGUAACGGUAGAGGAACCAGUGAGCCUAUGGACAUGGUCACACCUGUCACCAUCCAGGAAAUCAAAGUGAUGCCAAAGAUAGACAUAACCGGCAUUCCUCAGAAGAUUGUCCAUAUAACUCGUGGUAAACCCAUUGACCUCAACUUGCCCAUUAAGGCAAAACCACAGCCAGUCUGCUCCUGGUUCUUUGGUGGUGUAAAGCUGAAGGACACCUUGGACCGUAUCAAAAUUGAAAGCAAUGGCAAAUACACCCAUCUUGUUAUCCGCGAGACCACUAUUGAUGACACAGGAGACUAUAUGUUAGAGGUGAAGAAUGCCCUUGGUGUGGCAAGUGAAGUAAUCAAGGUCAUCAUUCUUGACAAACCUGGCAUACCAGUUGGUCCCAUAAAGAUCGUGGAGGUUGACGGUGUGUCAGUGACGGUUAGGUGGGAACCUCCAGAGAAGGAUGGAGGUGCAAAUGUCAGCGGCUAUGUGGUGGAGCAGCGUGAUGCCCACCGGCCUGGCUGGAUUACCAUCUCAGAAUCAGUGACAAGACCUUGCUUCAGGUUCACCAGACUUUCUGAGGGAACCGAGUAUGUGUUCCGCGUUGCUGCCAUGAACCGCUUUGGCGUUGGUGGCUUUCUGCAGUCGGAAGUGGUGGAAUGCAAGAGCACCAUAACCAUCCCUGGACCGCCAAGCAGACCAGAGGUGCUUGAUGUUACUCAUGAGGGCAUGACCCUGACCUGGCAUCCGCCAGAGGACAACGGAGGCUCAACCAUAGCUGGCUAUAUCAUUGAGCGCAAGGAACCACGUUCUGAUAGAUGGCUGAGGAUCAACAAGAACCCUGUUACUAUGACUCGGUAUCGUUCUUCUGGUCUGAUUGAAGGCCUAGAGUAUGAGCACCGAGUCACUGCCAUUAACUCCAGAGGAACAGGCAAACCCAGCGAGAGCUCUCCUAUCACUGUUGCCAUGGACCCCAUAGAACCACCAGGUCCUCCAAUUCAGCCAAGAGUCACAGACACUACCAGAACUUCUGUGUCUCUGGCCUGGCUACCUCCUGAGGAGGAAGGUGGCUCUAUUGUCACUGGUUACCUGAUUGAGAUGCAGAAAGCGGAUCAGGUGGAGUGGACCCUGUGCAACACGACACCCACCAAGAUGUGCGAGUACACACUGACACAUAUGCCCCAGGGUGCUGAAUACAAGUUCAGAGUCAUUGCCUGUAAUGCUGGUGGCACUGGAGAAGCUGCAGAGAUUCCUGGGGUGGUUAAAGUCCAGGAGAUGCUCAAUUAUCCUGAAUAUGAGCUUGAUUCUAAAUAUGAAGAAGGCUAUGUAGUGCGGCAAGGAGGAGUCAUCUGCCUGUCUGUACCCAUCAAGGGUAAACCCAUUCCUACCUGCAAAUGGACCAAAGACGGCCGGGAUAUCUCCCACAGGGCCAUGAUUGCCACCCAUGAUGACAUAACAGAGCUAGUCAUCAAGGAGGCACACAAGGACGACACGGGUACCUACGACCUGGUGUUGGAAAACAAAUGUGGCAGAAAAGCUGUGUACAUAAAGGUGAAGGUAAUUGGCCGUCCUGAUGCUCCAGAGGGACCUCUGGAGUUUGAUGACAUUCAGGCCAGAUCAAUUCGAGUCAGCUGGAGGCCCCCGUCAGACGACGGUGGCUCUGACCUCCUGGGAUACAUCGUAGAGAGGCGAGAAGUCCCCAAGGCUGCUUGGUACACAGUGGAUGCUCGGGUCACAGAGAACUCCCUGGUCGUGAAAGGCCUUAAAGAAAAUGUGCAGUACCACUUCAGGGUCUCAGCUGAGAACCAGUUUGGUGUGAGCCGGGCUCUAAAGUCUGAGGAGUCUGCCAUACCAAAGACACCACUAUGCCCACCGGAGGCGCCUAGCAAUCCUCCAGAGAUCAUGGAAGUGGCUAAGUCCUCUGUGUCUCUGUCCUGGGCCCGGCCCCGUGACGAUGGUGGCUCCCGUGUCACAGGAUACUUUGUUGAGAGGAGGGAGGUUUCGACAGAGAAGUGGGUUCGCCACAACAAGACUCACAUCACCACCACCAUGUACAACAUCACUGGCCUUAUCCCCGAUGCGCAGUACAUGUUCAGAGUUGUUGCUCAGAACGACAUCGGACAGAGUGAGCCAGGCCCUGCUUCUGAGUCGGUGCUCUGCAAAGAUCCAUUUGACACACCCAGCCCACCAGGAGAGAUUGACAUUAUAUCUGUCACAAAAGACUGCAUAACCAUCCACUGGCUGCGUCCCGAUUUUGAUGGGGGCAAGGAGAUCCUGGGUUACUGGAUUGAGUUCAGGCAGGCCGGUGAAAGUGCCUGGAAGAAGUGCAAUAAAGAGCGCUCUAAAGACCGUCAGUUCACCAUGGGUGGCCUGAUGGAGGCAACAGAGUACGAGUUCAGAAUCUUUGCAGAAAACGAAACUGGAUUCAGUAGGCCUCGUCGCACCCCCAUGGGCAUCAAGACUAAGUUGAGCGUUGGCGAGACUCCAGCUUUGAAGGAAGACAUCCAGGAUGUAACAACCAAGCUUGGAGAGUCUGGCACUCUGUCCUGCUGCAUCAUCGGCAGACCUCUGCCUGAGAUCAAGUGGUACCGCUAUGGCAAGGAACUGAUCCAGAGCCGCAAGUACAAGAUGAGCUCAGACGGACGCAACCACUCUCUCAGCAUCCUGACAGAUGAGCAGGAAGACGAGGGUCUGUACACCUGCAGAGCCAUCAAUGAAGCUGGAGAGAUUGAGACCAGCGGCAAACUCCGGCUACAGGCAGCACCUCAGUUGCACCCUGGCUUCCCACUGAAAGAGAAGUACUAUGCUGGAGCUGGCACCAGCCUCCGCCUCCACGUCGUCUACAUUGGCCGUCCAAUUCCCCAGAUUAUGUGGUUCUAUGGCAAGAAGCCUCUGAACACAUCUGAGAACGUGAUUAUUGAAAACACAGAGAGCUACACCCACCUGGUGGUGAGGAACGUUCAAAGGAAGACCAACGCUGGCCGUUACAAAGUGCAGCUGAGCAACAAGUUCGGAACCGUUGACACUGUAUUACGGGUUGAAAUCCAAGAUAAGCCAUGUAUCCCGGAGGGCCCAUUGGUGGUUGAAGGUCUGCUCAAGAGCUCCGUCAUUAUCAGCUGGAAGGCUCCCAAAGAUGACGGCGGCUCCAUGAUCACCAACUACAUCGUGGAGAAACGCAUGGCCAAAGAGGGAGAGCUGUGGCACCUUGUGUCUUCUUCUGUCUCUGGAACCACAUGUCGAGUACCCAACCUCAUUGAGAGUGCCGGUUACUACUUCCGGGUUUCUGCUCAGAAUCAAUACGGUGUCAGCGAGCCUCUGGAGAUUCCAUCAGUAGUGAUCAUCAAGAGUCCAUUCGAAAAACCUGGCAUCCCACAGCAGCCCUUCAUUGUCAGUUCUACCAAAGACUCUUGUGUUGUCUGCUGGAAGUCACCAAGCAGUGAUGGUGGAGCUAAAAUCUCUGGUUACUACCUGGAGAAACGUGAGAAGAAACAGAACAAGUGGAUGUCAGUUAUCAGUAAGAAGAUCGUGGAGACCAGCUACGAGGUCACAGGCUUGAUAGAAGGCUUUGAGUAUGAGUUCCGUGUCAAGUGUGAGAAUGUGGGUGGAGAGAGUGACUGGAGCGACAUCUCUGAGCCUAUUAUUCCAAAGUCUGACCAGUCUCUGCGAGCUCCUGCAUUCAGAGAAGAGAUCCGAGACAUGACAGUCAAAUACCAUGCAAAUGCCACCUUUGUUACCAAGGUUGUGGGCCAUCCCAAGCCUGUGGUGAAAUGGUAUAGAAGUGGUAAGGAGAUCCAGGCAGAUGGAACCAAAAUUAAAGCCCAGGAAUUCAAAGGAGGUUAUUACCAACUGGUCAUCACUGCUGCUGAUGAGAGUGAUGCCACAGUCUAUCAAGUCAGAGCAACCAACUCUGGAGGAUCCAUCUCCACCACUGCAAACCUGGAAGUGGAAGUUCCUGCCAAGGUUCACCUGCCAAAGGAACUCCAAGGGAUGGGAGCAGUCCAUGCUGUUCGCGGUGAUCAUAUCACCAUCAAGAUCCCAAUCUCUGGCAAGCCCGAACCAGCAAUUACCUGGCAGAAGGGUCAGGAGGUCCUCUCCAACUCUGCUUAUCACCAGGUCAUCACCACCCGCUCUUUCACUUCCCUGGUCUUCCAGAAGGGAGUGCAAAAGAAGGACACAGGCUACUACAGCAUAACUGCAAAGAAUAGGUUUGGAAUGGACAAACAGACCAUCGAGGUGAGUGUGGCUGACAUUCCUGAAGCUCCAAAAGGACUGGUGGUCAGCGACGUAGCCCGGGACUCCAUUACUCUGACCUGGGAGCCUCCUCCCAAUGAUGGCGGAAGUGACAUCACCAGCUAUAUUGUGGAGAAAUGUCCCACUACAGCUGACAGAUGGAUUCGUGCUGGACAGACUACUGACUGCAGCAUCACCAUCAUCAACAUCUUUGGCAAGACCAAAUAUCAGUUCCGUGUCAUUGCAGAGAACCAGUUUGGCAUGAGUCCUCCUUCUGCGCCAACGGAACCCAUCACUACAAAGGAGGACAAGUCUGUGAUUAGGAACUAUGAUGAGGAAGUGGAUGAGACCAGAGAGAUUACCAAAGAAGAAGCUCAGUCCUUCAAGGUCAAGUUGCUGUCCUCAAAGUACACAAUUUCUGAGGAGCUUGCUCGUUGCCAGUUUGGAGUGGUCCACCGUUGUGUGGAGAUUGCUACCAAGAAGACCUUCAUGGCCAAGUUCAUCAAGGUCAAAGGAACUGACCGUGAGCUGGUUCUGAGAGAAAUUGAGGCUUUCAAUAUAGCAAGACACAACAAUAUUAUCUACCUGCAUGAAUACUUUGAAAGUAUGGAAGAGAUGGUCUUAAUCUUUGAGUUUAUUGCGGGAGUUGACAUCUUUGAGCGUCUUGGAACCUGCAAUUUUGAGCUCACAGAGCAGGAGAUUGUCCGCUAUCUAAGACAGGUUUGCUCUGCACUCAUGUUUUUGCAUAGUAACAACUUUGGCCACUUUGAUAUCCGUCCAGACAACAUUGUCUACACAACAAGGAGAAGCAAUGUCGUUAAGAUUAUUGAAAUGGGUCAUGCUAGGUUGCUGGUACCUGGUGAAAACAUCAGAAUGCUCUUCUCAGCUCCAGAGUAUUGUGCCCCUGAAAUUCACCACCAUGACUUAGUUUCAACAGCAACAGAUAUGUGGUCAGUGGGUGUGAUGGCCUACGUGCUACUUAGUGGCCUCAAUCCUUUUGCUGCAGAAUCCACGACACAAAUGAUUGAGAAGAUCUCCACCUGUGAGUAUGUCUUUGAUAGUGAAGCAUUUAAGGACAUCAGUCUGGAGGCUAUGGACUUUGUAGACAGACUUCUUGUCAAGGACAGGAGGCUUCGUAUGACAGCCCAUGAGGCAUUGGAGCACCCAUGGCUAAAGAUGAAGAUUGAACAUGUCAGCAACAAGGUCAUUCGGACACUAAGACACAGAAGGUACUACCAGUCUACAGUAAAGAGGACAGAUACGAUUGUCUCAGCAGCUCGUGUUGCCUACGGUGGUGCCUUCAGGAACCACAGAGGAUUGUCUGUGGGCAAAGUGAAGAUCGGUACUGAGUACCGUGGUCUACGUGCUGGCCCAGUCAUGCAUGGCUCUGCUGAGGAAGGUGGCCAUGUUAGAUUCACCUGUAGCAUUGCCAACUUUGACCACAGCACGCAGGUGACAUGGUACUUUGGCAACCGCCAAUUACACCCAAGUCCCAAGUAUGAGAUUACAUACAGCAAUGGUUUUGCGAGCAUGUACGUGAAAGACAUUCAAGAGUGUGAUGAUGGUGUUUAUAGAUGCAAGGUGUUGAGUGACGAUGGCGAAGAUAGUGCCUAUGCCGAACUCUUUGUUGAGACAGUAAGGUGCAUAAGGGAACACUAUGUCAGCCGUUCAAUCAAGAAACUGAGAAGGAGGGUUGAAAAAAGCCUGCUCCUCUACAGGCCACCAGAGUUCACAUUGCCGCUGUACAAUCGCACAGCCUACAUUGGCGAAGAUGUGCGCUUUGGUGUCACCAUUACUGUCCACCCUGAGCCUCAUGUUACAUGGUUAAAGAAUGGAGAGAGAAUCAAUCCUGGAGAUGAUGAUACCAAGUACACUUUCACAAGUGAUAAGGGUCUCUACCAGUUGAUGAUUCACAACCUGGAUAUAAGUGAUGACGCUGAAUACACUGUCAUGGCAAACAACAAGUUUGGAGAAGAUAGCUGCAAGGCCUGCCUCACUGUGGCACCACACCCUGUAACAGAGGAAACUAUGAGGCCCACAUUCAAACGUCUGCUGACUAAUGUUGAGUGCACAGAAGGAGAGAGCAUCCGCUUUGAUGUCAGAGUGUCUGGAAUCCCCACUCCUUCUCUGAAAUGGGAGAAGGAAGGCCAUCCUCUGCAGUUUGGUCCAAAGACAGUUGUCAUACAAGAGGAUGUUGACCACUAUGUCCUGUACAUCAGAGAGACACUACUUGAGGACUCCGGUGUUUACAAAGUGACUGCAACCAACUCUGCUGGCUCUGUGAGUUGCCAGGCGACACUUAAGGUUGACCGCCUCACAUACAUCAGAAGAGAGUACAAGAGUGAGGAGGAGAAAUGCAGACACAUCCAGAAGCAGAUUGAAAAGACCAACAAGAUGGCUCAGCAGAUUGUUGCCACAGAGGAGCUUGUUCCUCUCAACCCGACAGCCCAAGAGGCUUUGAAAUUUGCUGCAGACAUGUACAAGCCUGCGGUCAGCACCAAAAACGUUGAGGGCGAGUUUGACAUUACAGUGGUGAAAUCAGAGACCAAAAAACUGGUAGAAGAGCGAAGGAUAUUUAUGCCUUAUGAGAUCCCCGAGCCUGUGGUUCAUGACCCCAGAGCUCUGGAUGAAGACAAAGUUAUCAAACAAUUUGUUCCACUCUCUGACAUGAAGUGGUACCGGAAAUUGAAAGACCAGUAUAUGAUUCCUGACAGGACGGAGAGGAUUGUGCAAAAGCGACAACGGCGAAUUCGUUUGUCCAGGUGGGAGCAAUUCUACGUUAUGCCCCUUCCCAGAAUCACAGACCAGUACAGACCAAGAUGGCGGAUUCCAAAAAUGACUUUUGAUGAUCUGGAGAUUGUCAGACCUGCACGCCGUUCACCGUCUGCAGAGUCCGAGAUUUCAUUCAGAUCUCGGAGAAGAUCUUUGGGUGAUCUGAGCGAUGAGGAGCUGCUGAUGCCUGUGGAUGACUAUCUGUCAUCAAGUAGAACUGAGCAAGACAAGCUGAUGCUGGAGGAUGAACUGGAACUCGGCUUCUCUGCCUCCCCUCCAUUAAGUCCAGUUCGCAUUGAACGGCGUGCUGUGCAGCGUGAAGCAAGGUUGCAGGAAGUCAGGCAUGAAGCUAUAGAGGUCACAGAGACAAAGAAGAAACGAACCAUAUCUCAGUUUAUGAGGAGGAGGCGCUCGCUGUCCCCUACAUACAUUGAAUUGAUGCGUCCAGUCUCUGAGCUGAUCCGUCCUCUUCGCACACGGCCAGCUGUAGACGUAGAGGGUGAGGUCAUGGAGAGGCGAUCCCCUACUCCAGAGAGAACGCGUCCCCGCUCUCCCAGCCCCAUCAGAUCUGUUGAGAGGUCAUCCCGUUCCUCUUCUCGGUUUGAGCGAUCUGCCCGCUUUGACAUAAUGUCUCGUUAUGAAGCCAGAAAAGCAGCUCUGAAGUCUGAGAGGAAAUAUCAGGUUGUUAGUCAAACACCGUUCAGCCUGGAUCACGCUCCCCGUGUGACAGUCAGGAUGCGCUCUCACCGUGUUCCAGUCAGCCACGACACCAAAUUUACCCUGAAUAUCCAAGCCAAGCCAGAGGCCGACGUGAAAUGGCUGCACAAUGGAAAUGAGAUCUGUGAAAGCAGUGACAAAUAUGUCUUUAGCAACAUGAGUGGCGUUUUGACUAUCACCAUCUUGGACUGCCAAGAAGAGGACAGUGGUACAUAUCGCUGUGUUUGCUCCAACUCCAGGGGAGAAGCCUCGGACUAUGCCACCCUUGAUGUGUCAGGCGGUGCCUACACAACCUUCUCAUCCCGUCGCAAGGAUGAGGAAGUUCCUAAAGUGUAUGUCCCUGAAGUCACUCGAAUUGAUCACUAUCACACUUCCCAUUUCAAAACUGGCUAUGAAUCCCAGACCCACUUACAAGUGGAAGAGCGUAAGACUAAGCUCACUGAGACACGAGAAGUUGACACAAUGGAAAGAUAUGGGACUUCCUCUGAGAGAUACUCGUCUGCUGAGCGGUAUGAACCAUCCAUCAAGUAUGCCUCUACUGAGUACUUGUCAUCUGCCUCCUCCUACUCCUCAGACAAGUUUUCUUUGACUGAAAAGCAAGCCACAGUGGAAACUAAGUCAAAGUAUUCUACUGCGAAGGUUACAGUCCAAAAGGUGAAGCCCUCUGUCCCAGCCAGAAUCCUCACCAAGCCCCAGUCUGUGACAGUAGAAGACGGCGAAACAGCCCGAUUCUCUUGUGAUAUCGAUGGAGAGCCUGCGCCCUCUGUAAUUUGGAUGCAUGAGGGUAGAGCCAUAGUCUCCUCCCACCGUGUUCUAGUCACUACCACUCAGUACAAGUCCAACCUGGAGAUCUCCUCUGUUACUUCCUCGGAUGAGGGCAGCUACACAGUCAUUGUAGAGAACUCAGAUGGUCGGCAGGAGGCUCAGUUCACUUUGACCAUCCGCAGGCCAGUGCCCAAAGACGUCAAGGGCAUCAAGUCCACAGAGCCAUCUUUGAAGUCCCCUGAGCCUUCAACCCCAUCAUCACCAUUGUCUGUGACCUCACCUGUUCCGAGUGUGAAGGCGCCAAAACCCAUCAUCAAGUCCCCUGAGCCCAGUGUGAAGGCACCAGAGCCUGGUAUCAUGUCCCCUACUCCUAGUGUGAAGUCACCACAACCCAGCAUCAAAUCCCCUGCUCCCAGUGUGAAGUCACCAGAACCUGGCAUCAAGUCCCCUUCUCCCAGUGUGAAGUCACCGGAACCCGGCAUCAAGUCCCCUGCUCCCAGUGUGAAGUCACCAGAACCCAGCAUCAAGUCCCCUAUUCCCAGUGUGAAGUCACCAGAACCUAAGUCCCCUGAGCCCAGUGGUAAGUCACCAGAACGAGGUGUCAAGUCACCAGUUCCGAGUGUGAAGCCACCAAGUUUGAAGUCCCCAUCUCCUGGUAUUAAAUCUCCUGAACCCGAGGGAAUUAAAUCACCCAGGGGUAUAAAAUCUCCUGAUCCAGGACCGAAGUCACCACCAUUAAUCAAAUCUGUUGAGAGAAUAAAGUCACCUGAAGCUGAGGAACUUAAAACAGUACGAGGGGUCAAAUCCCCUGAACCUGCAGGAAUUAAGACACCGCGAGGCAUCAAGUCCCCAGAACCUGCUGGCAUCAAAACAUCAGGAGGCAUCAAGUCUCCAGAACCAUCUGGCAUCAAGUCACCAAGGGCUGUGAAGUCACCAGAACCUGAGGGAGUCAAAUCCCCUUCCAGAAUUAAGUCUCCACCACCCAUACUGUCACCCAAGAGGGUCCUGUCACCCCCUACUGUCAAAUCUGCAAGCCCAAAGCCACCCAAAGUCAUCAGUCAGCUAGCUGCUGAGGCUUUUGAAGACAUGGUGAAGAUGUCUUGUGUGUGUGAGAGUGGCAUCACAGAGGUGUCAUGGUAUUUUAACGGAAGAAGGCUUUCAACAAAUAGCCACUUUGAGAUGCGGCACACUGAGGGCUCGUGCAACCUCCUCAUACACGACCUGACAGACAGUGACCAAGGAGCAUACACAUGUGAGAUGACAUCAGAGGGAGGAGUCUCAAAAUCCUCCUUCUCCUUCACUGGACAGGUGUACCAAUCAAUUCGCAUGAAGAUCACAGCAUACCGGGAACAGCAAGUGACACUUAAGGGAUCCACGAUGAUCAGUCACAAGGAGUCAUCCUCGUCCAGCUCGUCCUCAAUGAUGAAGAGAGAAGUUCGCACAAUGGAAGACUCGUCUUCCUUUUCCUCCUCAGCCCAGCAGGCGAUGAUGUCCUCCAUGAUGGAGUCCAGCUCCUUCAGCAGCAUGGCCGCUGAGAUGAAAUUUGAGACCAUGUCCAUGUCCAGCAUGUCCUCCAUGACCUCUGAGACAUACGCCCUGAGCUCCAGCAGCCUCACGGAAAUGACGUCGCACAUGGCAGGAUCCUCCUUCAGGGCCAUCGGUUCUGCUCCCAGAAUUGAGGCGGUGCCAGAGGACAUCAGUAUUGAGGCUGGCAAAGUCUUGACAGUGGCGUGUGCCUUCUCAGGCGACGCCAAACACAUUGAGUGGUCUCGUGCAGGCAAAAAAAUUGAGGUGUCAUCCAGUGGCCGCUUCCACAUCGAGACCACAGAGGACCUGACCACACUCAUCAUCACAAGUGUGAAGAAGGAAGAUGCUGGUACCUACACCCUCAAACUGUCCAACGAGUUUGGAUAUGAUACCGCCACCGUUCAAAUCAGCAUUCGAUCGGUGUAAAAAAGAUAUAUAUCAAAGAAUAUUCUAGUCACCCUCUUUACACUUUUUCCUUGUCUGUUUAUUUAUGAUUUGAGCUAACUAUUUGACUUCGUAAAAACCUAAGAUUUAUCUUCUUGUAAAUAUGAACUAUUUUUUUAACAAAUAUGACGUUCAUUGAUGCCAAAUUCAAGUCUCACCUUGAUGACACUUUUGCAGUGACAUGUACAUAAUGUAUAUAGCCGGAUUUCACGGUUAUGAGAAAUGUAUGCAUUGUUAUUUAUGACAAUAGUAUGAAGUUAAAGAAGCAAACCAAAUAUGGUUUAACUGGAGAAAGUUCUAUGUGGAACGAAUACCCUGUUAAACAGAGAAACUAAACUGUGUGCCUCAACGCUACGUUGAAGUCUAAGAUUGCCUCGGCAGGUAGAGCUUCUCCCUGCUGACGUUAACUCAACUUGAGACAAAAACACGAGCGCGAGAUCCCAAGUGCUGUUUGCGUCCACCCUCACGUAAGCAGCGCGACUGGACCUCGUGCCGCGAUAGACUAUGUCGUACUGCCAUUUUGAUGACACGCUCACAGUGCGAGCGGCCUGCACUGCAUGAGCACGUGUUUGUUUUGAUGUCAGUGCUCCACCUAUGACCACGAGCGCCCGCGGGGACCCUCCUCACCCUCCACCAACCUGGCCAAUCACACGUGGAGAGUCCUUGCUGUGCUCGUAGCCUGAGAUGGAGCUUCCUCUUGGAGGUCUACAGCGUGUUUGUGUGUUAGUGUUUAGACGUUGACCUGUCAAUCUAGCUGAUGAGCACUGCCAAAAGCCAUCGGCGGCGCACACGAGGAUCUCCUCGCGCCAAGCUCAUCUUUGCUUCGACUGACUUGAUUAUUUUAGUCUGCCUCCUUGAGUUUUUCCCCAUUAUUGAUUUAAUAAAGUGUGAUUAUCAGCACAGCAAAGUGUCUGACUGUC